AUGAAAGGCUCUCCCAUGCAUGUGCGCAAUGCCCGCUCAUCUCAUCUUCAGACACCUCCCUAUGACCGUAAGCGCAUGCGUAGAGUCUUUACACCAACUACCAAUGUAUUCUUUGUCUUCUUUAGAAAAGCUGGUUUAAAACACACAAAAACUUCCUUUUGGAGCCAUGCUGGCGUGAGCGCUAUUUAUCAAAUGAUAACAGUGGCAUAAGCAUAAUAAAAGUUAAUUUGGGGGCUAAGCUAAAUUUGGGGGGCGCUGGGCAGAUCUUUGUAACCCGGCGGUGCAUAUGCUUAAGACGGCCCUGAAUCUGAUGUUGUUGUUGUUUAGUCGUUUAGUUGUGUCCAACUCUUCAUGACCCCAUGGACCAGAGCACGCCAGGCACUCUUGUCUUCCACUGCCUCCCGCAGUUUGGUCAAACUCAUGCUGGUAGCUUUGAGAACACUGUCCAACCAUCUCGUCCUCUGCCAUCCCCUUCUCCUUGUGCCCUCCAUCUUUGCCAACAUCAGGGUCUUUUCCAGGGAGUCUUCUCUUCUCAUGAGGUGACCGAAGUAUUGGAGUCUCAGCUUCAGGAUCUGUCCUUCCAGUGAGCACUCAGGGCUGAUUUCCUUAAGAAUGGGGAGGUUUGAUCUUCUUGCAGUCCAUGGGACUCUCAAGAGUCUUCUCCAGCACCAUAAUUCAAAAGCAUAAAUUAUUCGGCGAUCAGCCUUCUUUAUGGUCCAGCUCCCACUUCCAUACAUCACUACUGGGAAAACCAUUCCACUAGAAAGUUUUUGCCACAAUAUGCUUUGUUUUUCAUUUUUAGCUAAUGCUCCAGAUAGGUUGUUAAAAUUUCUACAUGCAGAACAGCAUAUAUAAACCACAGUCUGAACAUUUAGAGGACACAGGUGAGGUUACAAAACAGUUUUAGAAGACAGCAUUAUACAAGGCACUCUUGUAAAUUCUUAUUUUAUUAAACUCAAUGUAGCCACUGAGUCCAUCUGUCUAAAAUAAAAGCAGAUUAAAGCUAUAUUAAACAUAACAGAAGGUCAAUGGUAAUCUUCUUAACAUGAUUAUUUAAGCUUAUACAAAUAUAUUAAAAUACUUACACCCUAAUCCUAAACAUUUAUAUUGGCAUAUCUGCUUGCAGCACUAAUAUAGCAUCCUGCUUUCAGGUGCUGAGUUAGCACAGCAGUGGGUAUGCUCUUUGUUAGGAAUUUUCCUGCUGAAUUAAAAAGUUUUAGGACCAGACUGUGAAGUCAAAUGCCAUAAAUUUUAACAGGCUAAUUCUAGAAUCCCCAAACUACAGGAGCUCAAAUGGUAGACAAGGAAACUAGUGGCUCUCUUACCAUGGUUUCGGUUAGAAGACCAUGUAACCCCAGUUUAAUAUUCUCUUUUUACCAAGAUGGACAGGCCUUAAUUAAUCAAACCAAUGGCUGCAUCCAUUUCUGCCCCCUCCCCAUAGGUUACUACUUCUACUUGAUCUUAUUAGUGCAGGCACUGAUAAUGAAGUUUUACUAUGCAAAUCACACCCUCCUCAUGUAAUUACCAUUGUGUGAGGAGGGAAGAGUGGGGGUCUGUCACAUCACAUUGCUAUUCUUGCCCCCACAGUGCUUCACACAUUGGAGGCUGAAUUGCUAUAUACUCAGGCUCAUCACGCAAUUUAGAACCCUGAUCUUCUCUACUACAGAAAUUUAGUCUGCAGCGUGUGAAGGGCUGUGAGAUAGGCAACAGUGACAUGAUGGAGGCAGUGGGGACAGGAAGCAUUUCCCCAUGUUCCCCCUGACAUGAUGGUAAUCCCCUGGAGGAAAGCAUGCUUAAUAGUUCUGGAGUUACUUGCUACUUGGUUCUCUGUCUCCUGAACACAACUGAGCAAAUAGCUAAAUCAGGCAAGACCUAGGUCCACAGUGAAUAUUGGUCCACAGUGAAUACUGAAACUGGAAUCUCAGAAUGCAGGAGAGGAGAUUCAGCUAUUACUCAGCUCUGAAAAGGGAAAGGGAUGAAGCUCUGCAGAUGUUUUUGGACUUCAGUUCCCAUAGGCUGCAGACAGCAUGGACAAUGGUGAGGGAAAGUGGGAGUUAUGCUCCAAAAGUAUUUGGAGAAUGACAGCUUCUCUAUCCCUGCUUUAGCCUUCUUCCUUGUCCAUGAAAUUGAAAUUGCUUCUCAGUACCACUCAAGUGGCAAGGUAAGCCAGGAGGACGGGAAACUAGACUUGGCUAUUCCACAGAAUUAGCUAACUGUAUCAUUUACUGUUUUGCAGUCUCUCAUAUAUGAUGAAGCAUCAUGGUAGCCUUUGUUUUGCUGACUUAAGCUUCUUUGCUGAGAAAUCUCAUAUAACACAUACACACACACACACACACACACACACACAUAUGCAGAGCAACUCUUUUAUAGAUAAAACUUCUAAAAUAUUAUUACAUAUUUCAUUAUGUAAUUUAGGUCAUCUUUCAUUAAAGCAAGCAAGCAGAGUGCUAAUUGUUAAUUCAAUCAUGAUUUGCCAGAGAAACUCAAUACUUUUCCCUCUGGAAAGUACUGGAAUCUGGUUAAGUAGUAAUAGUGUUAAAUUACAGUAAUUCGAACAGCAUGAAAUCAAGCGAUGCAAAUUCCAGUAAAUUCUCAAGUUGCAGAUUUGAAAUCUGGUAGUGGUACAAAAUCGCUUCACAAAACUUGGGGGGGGGGGAUAGGGUUCAUGGAAACAGUUCGGACACCAUGGCGACACUAGCCAGUAUCACAUUUCAUGUUAGAAUCAGUGAUGAUGUGUGUGUUUAAUAGAAACAUUAAAAGCAAAAAAUGUUAAGGUACCUAAUCGUGUACAUCUGCUUUUCUUAAUUACAUCUCAUUGCAAUUUCUCAAAACCUACACAGCAAUAUGUAGGGGAACUUCUUUUCCAAUUCAAAAAGAGAGAUUUUUUUUUUAAAAAAGUAACCAUCACCAGAAAAAAGAAAGGUCAACAUAUUUACAUGAAGUUAUUAUUUCUUAAGUCUACUCUUUGGUGCUUGCCACUGAGCUUCCUGCUCAAACUCCUCUCUUACAGUCCCAAUUAUAUUUCCUCCUUUCCCCUCCUAAUGUUUCCUGUCGCAGGCUGCGGCCAAAGACUAUCAAAGCCUUCUCAGCUCCUCUCCCAAGAUGACUCCUUGCCCUACCAUAGUAUAUCCUCUUCACGCCAAGUUCCAUCUCUCUCUCUCCUUUUCUCCCUAUCCCCCUUAACAGCAACAGAAUGUAUUGCUCUGAGCCAAGUCAACCCUAUGCCUCCUGUCACCUACACAUUCUGCUGGUGCGGUGCACACACGUCCUAAUAAUUUGUUGUUGUUUAGUCGUGUCCGACUCUUCGUGACCCCAUGGACCAGAGCAUGCCAGGCACUUCUGUCUUCCACUGCCUCCCACAGUUUGGUCAAACUCAUGCUGGUAGCUUCAAGAACACUGUCCAACCAUCUCGUCCUCUGUCGUCCCCUUCUCCUUGUGCCCUCCAUCUUUCCCAACAUCAGGGUCUUUUCCAGGGAGUCUUCUCUUCUCAUGAGGUGGCCAAAGUAUUGGAGCCUCAGCUUCACGAUCUUAAGAAUGGAGAGGUUUGAUCUUCUUGCAGUCCAUGGGACUCUCAAGAGAGUCCUAUUAGACUCUUGAGAGUCCUAAUAAUAAUAAUUGGCAAAGCAUUCGCCUUCCAGCAUUUCCAUCCCUGCAUUUGGGUGUCCCCUCUCUGGGAAUUAUCUGUAAGAAGGAAACUGUGGCUCCCAGGCUCCAUCAACAGUUUGUGCACAUCCUCCUCCUCCUCACACAACAAAGGUACCUCACAUCCUGAAGCUGAACGCAGUGAGGUGUUGAAUAAUCCAUCAGUGACACAUCACUUGACAUAUGUGUGGAUGCGUGAAUCAGCUCUUAAGAGGUGCCAUCCUACGUGAUGCAGCAGUAAAUUAAAAAGUCUCUCUCGUCAUUACCAGGGAUCUAUGAUUUCCAAGCCUUUCCAAAGCUUACUGUGGCAUCAGGGAGAGGUUACAUGGUUCUCUGGAACCUAGGAAAGUUUGAAAUGGCACUUAGACAUUUGAAAGCAGUGAGACUCCUCAUGGCUUUCCAAUAGUCAUCAGAGUCAGAAUGGUAUAGGGAGUUGUCCUUAUCCUACCCUCCCACCAGUGAAGGCACUAAGAAAGUCACUAGAAGUCAAACAGCUUUCUAAGUUUCUACAACACUGAGUGUGUAACUAGUUGCCAGGGGUGACCAAAUUUGGGAUCUGCAUAUUUUGAUGCAGAAUUUUUUAAACGAGAAGGUGCAGAGACAAUGUACAAGUACAAAAAUACAAGGGAGGGGUUUUUUGCCUGUUUCUGGAUGAAGUGGAGCAAACCCAUCAAUGCUAGCAAUCCAAGUAUCAGUGGAAGCAGUGGUUUCUGUAUGUCAGAGAUGAGGAAUCCAUGGCACUGCAGAUUUUAUUGGGCUUCAACUCCCAUCAGUUUCAGAUAGCGUGGUCAAUGGUCAGGGAUGACUGCAAUCAAACAACAUCUGGAAGGUGAGAGGUUUCAUAUCCCUGCUAUAUGUGUUGCUUUGUAAGAAAGGGCUAUCACUGAUAAUAAUUUAAGAAACUAUUUCAGAUUCAUAGUUAUAAAAACUAAUAAUACUGGAAUCCCCCCCACCACCCAAUGAAAUAAGGGAAAUGUGCUACUGGUUACAAAUGAAAGCUUUAGCUAAAAUUACCAAAACAUUGCCUGUAAGGUACUCAUGAAACAUCUGAGACAGUUUUGUUUCCUUCGUUGGGGAGUAUUCUACAUGCUUUCAGGUAAACUGUCUAGAUGAUAUGAUUCUUUCCCUCUGGAGUCAUAUAAUAUGAAAAUAGCUUUUCAGAGGAUGACAUACAUUGCCCAGGUUGAGAAUAACAAGAACUUUCUCAUUUUCUAAAUAUGUGAGCCGACAACAACUGGGAAAGAACUGUUUAUAAUGUAUUGAACUAAUGUAACUUACUGUACUUUUUUGCCCUAUAGGACACACUUUUUCCCCUCCAAAAAUGAAGGGGAAAUGUGUGUGCGUCCUAUGGGGCGAAUGCAGGCUUUCGCUGAAGCCUGGAUAACAAGGGGGGUCAGUGCGCACCGACCCCUCUUGCUCUCCAGGCUUCAGGAAGCUAUCCGCAGCCGUGGGAGACGCCACUCUCCCAUGACUAGCGGAGAGCUUGCCAGCACCCAGAAGCUUGGGGCGCGCUGAGCUCUGCAUGCCCCAAGCUUCGGGCUUUGCGCAGUGCUCCGCUAGCUGUGGGGCGCUUCCCCCGCCCCAGCCCCGCACCUGGGGGGGGGAAAUAAUUUUUUUUCUUUAUUUCCCUCCCAAAAAAACUAGGUGCGUCCUAUGGGCCGGUGCAUCCUAUGGGGUGAAAAAUACGGUACUCUGUUCAGUGAUAGUGCACACUUAGAUCUUACAGGCAGAAUGGUGGGAAAUCUGUCGUCCAGAAAAGAAUCUUUUAAGAAAACACACAUAUCCAAUAAAAAAUUAAAUAUGUCAAGAUUGCCUAUCUAUAAGGCAAAAAGACUUUACAGAGUUCUGUAGGGACCAGAUAAAUGUCUGCCAGUCUGAGAGGCAGGAAGUCCAAGGGGAGGGAAAGUCCUUUAUCAUGCCACUACCAUGACGACAUUUUACUUUUGGUGGCAGCAGUGUCACAGCUGGGCUAAGUACACAUCCAUCGCUUCUGCUUGGCAUCUUCUCUGGCACUGUCUACUCUGCAUGGGCUGCAGCUCCUUCUCAAGGCGAACUGUUUUCUUGACUUAGCGCUUGAAACUGAAGAGGAUCUAAUGAAUAUGUGCAUUUUAUGAUAAAUGAUAAAUUCACCAUAAAAUGGCAUUUACCAUUAAUUCUUAAAUGCUUCUUUUAUUUAAGCCAGUGCCUUUGGUAUAUGGAAAAUUUUAUCCUUUCCCUCCAUCAUUUACAGGUAAUAUGAGUUCACAGUUAAUGUCCCAAAAAGAAAACCUUGUGACAUAAUUGUUUCACAAUCAGUAUCUUAAGAGGCACCAGCAUUCACUGAAUUUCCAGACAUCUGCUGUUUUCAUAAAAAUAUUUUUUAUGGAACUUCCGUUCAUCAUUUUAACUAUCAUUUGAUGCAAUGUUGUGGUUUAUUUUAAAAUAAAAUGCCCACAACAUUUGUCAUCCAUUUAGAAUACCACAAGGUUACCACUCUGCUAAGCAUAGAUGAUACCAUGAGGUCAACUAACAGAGAACAAGGUCUAGGUACAGAAGUGCCUUCAUAUUUCAUGAUAUUUCAUGCCAGCAGUGGUUAAACUUUAGAUUACCUAAUGAAACAACCAUGUUUUGAAGUCUCUGGCUGUGUGUAAUGAAAGUAUAUCUCUAGGCUACUAUGUUCAGGGUCAAAUACAGACGGGGAAAGAGAAAUCAAUCAUUUACAUAAGCAGCCCAUCUAGCAGUCCUAAAAACCUGCUAUUUGCUCCGUUUUUAAGCAAAGCAUGAGGGUGACAAGGUUAAAAAGGAAGUUGGACUGCUCUGUCAAAGCUUUUCUGAAAUUUUAUUUGAUAAGCAGGCUAAGACAUCCCAGGAAAAUGUGAUUAUUAAAGUAUCUGUAUAAGUGUGAUUGCAUGACAACUGUUCAGUUAAGUGCUGUAUUUAAAACUGUCUUGCCUUUCCAUUUCUACUACACAUACUGGAAACUAACAUUUCUCCUUAACCUGUUAAAUAUUGUUAUGAGUUUGGGGUGUUAAGGUGGAUGCCAGACCCCUCUAAUCUCUGAAUCCAGCAAGUAUUAGAAUUUAAUCAGUGCUUCGAAUUCUUGGAAUAGCCAGGCUAGCCUCCUGGUGAGAUGAUAGCCUGGGAGAUGAGCAAUUAAGGGGGAUUAAGGGGCUCAGUGCAAGAUGGCAAGUGGGUUGGGAGCCCUCCCUUAACACAUAAAGCCAGAGUUUAGGGUAAAACGUUUUGGGGCAGUAUACCAAGAAGUAAAACAGCAAGCUGCAAAGAGAGAAGAGUUUGGAUUUGAUAUCCUGCUUUAUCACUACCCUAAGGAGUUUCAAAGCGGCUAACAUUCUUCUUUCCCUUCCUCCCCCACUACAAACGCUCUGUGAGGUGAGUGGGGCUGAAAGACUUCAAAGAAGUGUGACUAGCCCAAGGUCACCCAGCAGUUGCAUGUGGAGGAGCGGAGACGCGAACCCGGUUCACCAGAUUACGAGUCUACCGCUCUUAACUGCUACACCACACUGGCAGAGCAAUUCUGAGACCAAUGUAUUCUGUUGGAAUCCAAGGCUGUGGCUAUGGAAGAAACAAGACCCUUUUGGGGUGUUAAUGCUGUGAACCCCUGCAUGGUAGGCUUAGGUUGUAUAUAUGUUUAAAUAAACCAUAUAUCAUAAAGACACCGCCGUCUACACUGUGCUCAUUUCCAAAAGAACCCUGAUUAUGUGCCUGGAACAGCUGGAAUUCUGCACCACUUGGAGACUGGGAUGGCGUGCAACAAUAUAAUGCUUCCAUACUUUUCACAGAAUCAUAGAAUUGUAAGGGACCCCAAGGGUCAGCUAUUCCAACCCCUUGCAGAGCAAGAAUCUCAACUAAAGCACCUAUGGCAGAUGGCCAUCCAACCUCUGCUUUAAAACUUUCAAUGAAGGCAAGUCCACAACCUCCCAAGUGAGUCCAUUCCACUGUCAAACAACUCUUACUAUCAGAAAGUUAUUCCUGAUAUUUAGUCGGAAUCUCAUUUUGCAAUCAUUUGAAUCCAUUGCUUUGAGUCCUAGCCUCCAUAUCAGGAAAGCAAGCUUGCGUCAUCUUCCACAUGACAGCCUUUUCCAUACUUGAAGAUGCCUAUUGUAUCUCCUCUCAUUCUCCUCUUUUCCUGGCUAAACAUACCCAACUCUCCAAACCUUUCCUCACAAGGCUUGGUUUCCAGCCCCUUGAUCAUCUUGGUUGCCUUCCUCUGCAUACAUUCCAGCUUGCCAAUAUCAUUUCUCAAAUUGUAGCCUCCAGAAUUGGACGCAAGACAGAAUAGAGUGGUUACUAUUAAUUCCUUUGAUCUUGUCACUUUAUUUUCAAACUCUGUUAUGGAUAAUUCUGGAAUUUCUCAAAAGCUUAUCAUGUGAUCCUCAAUGAGAAGUUCAGUGCUGGAAAGCACUGUUUCUGAAUGUUAGUAUCAUAAUAGUUGGCUAAAGCUAUGCAUGCUUAUGGGGAACAUACUUGGCUAAAUCUAUAUAUGCUCAUACUGUCUACUGCACCAACAGUUUUCCAGAUGGAGAAUACACACAGUGGCAUUUGUGGCACAUAUGGCAAACAGGACCUGGCACAACACAAUUUGAUCCAGAAGGCUCAGGCUCUCUCACUCUCUGGCACUCUAUAAUCUGGAUUAUACACAUAAAUCUGUUUAUGUCUAAAGGAUCACACCGAGUGCAGGCUAGACGACCUUCAGGAUCCUUCAGAUCCUUUAACUUUGCAUACUGGUCAAUACCUGCACUGAAACCCCAUGAAACAUAUUCCAUUGUUAACUACAUACAUUGAGCAGGCUCAGCAGUCUUUUGUGUGAAGUAUCAUUAUUUAAAGAAAUGCAGCCAUGGGAUAAAUUCCUACCUUAAACAUUUCACAAAGGCAAACAUUUUUUCCACUGUUUUGAUUACAGAAACCUGCUCCCAUCUCAGAAUCUAGACUAAAUAAGAGACAGAUGUGCUCAUUGCAUGUACGGCCCCUUAAUACUUGUCUGUCCUGAAAGUGCUUUAAAUUUAUUUGUAGUUUGUUUUGAAAUAGAUAAACCAGAAUAUGGAUCAUGCUGGCUGCAGCUAAUUGGCAAAUGGAAGUCCAGCCACAUAUGGUAGGUCACGGGUUUCUCACCCUGGUUUAGCGCGUAGUAAAGGAUGAGAGCCAAAAUGACUGCAAUAGAAAAGAAUGUAGAACGUGACAGUGCAAACCAGGGUUUCCCAAACUUGGUUCUCCAGCUGUUUUGGACUGCAGUUCCCAUCAUCCCUCACCACUGGUCCUGCUAGCCAGGGAUGAUGGGAGUUGUAGUUCAAAAGAUGGGAGUGGCUGGGCCUGGUGAAAUUUUAAUUCCUUACCCCUACGGUUAUGAUUCGUGGGUUCCCACUUGAUUUUAUUUUGAUUUUAAAUGUGAUUCAAAUUGUAUUUUAAACUAAUCAUUUGAUUUUGUGUUUCUAAUAUAUUUUAUAUAUUUGGUGUUAGCCACCCUGAGCCCGGUCUUGGUUGGGGAGGGCGGGGUAUAAAUAAAAAUUUAUUAUUAUUAUUAUUAUUAUUAUUAUUAUUAAACAGCUGGAGACCUGAGUUUGGGAAACCCUGGUGUAAACAAACAUAUAUGUGUAAACAAGAGUGUGGGUAGAGACAAGCUUUGUGGCACUGCAUGGUCAACUGUAUGACUCCCAUAUUCCCCCUGAUAUAGCAAAGCCAGCAAUUGCAUAAGAUACUGCACACAGGGAAUGAGAGAACGAGGUAUGCCCCACGGAGGACCUUAAGGUCCAUAAAUAGCAACACCUUAGAGGUCCCGGGCCCCAAGGAAGUUAGAUUAGCCUCAACCAGAGCCAGGGCGUUUUCAGCACUGGCUCUGGCCUGGUGGAAUGCUCUAGCUCAUGAGACCAGGGCCCUGCAGGAUCUGAUUUCUUUCCGCAGGGCGUGUAAGACAGAGUUGUUCCGCCUGGCCUUUGGCUUGGAGUCAAUUUGAUCCCCCCCUUUCUUUUUUUCCUUUCUCCUCCUGUGAUGAGGCUGCAUUUUAAUGUUUCAAUGUUUCAAUGUUGUAUUUUAAUCUUGUUUUUAAGUUGUAUUCAUUCAACUUGUUUUUAUUAUUGCUUGUUAGCUGCCCUGAGCCCGGCCUUGGCUGGGGAGGGCAGGGUAUAAAUAAAAUUUAUUAUUAUUAUUAUUAUUAUUAUUAAUUAUUAUUAUUAUUAUUAUUAAAGGUUUUGACCAUGCAUUUACUAAGAGCACGUCAAAUUCCACCCCAGGUUGCAGUAAUAUCACUAACACGGGGGGGAGCAGUUCUGAGUUUUCAAAGAAAAGAAAAUACCUUCAGCCACGUACUAGGAGGCUGCCAAAUUCUGUGUGGCUGCUACAGCGAAUGCUUGCUUCCAAGCCAUAUUUCUCUCGCUUUGUUUCCUCCUGAUGGCUAAGGAUAUAAUCAAUACAUUUUUAUCCUUCCCACGGAACUGUCAGCUCUACAGUGUUAGAAAACGGAACGUUUUCUUUUCAUAUUCAGCUUCCUUUCACACAUUGAUUUUUCUUCCUGUGCCUGGAACAGAGCAGAAACUUUACAUCCCCCCAUUUGUUCAAACACAAACAACUUCAGCUUAAAUCACUGCUCAAAGCAGCAGCUUAUCCAAGUUGAGCGUUUGCUUCCUGACAUCAAGACAGGUUCGGGGAAUAUCAAGUGCUUUGCAAGCAUUCCUCAACAGGUAAGAAGGGAACUAAACGCCUACCUUGCAAUUCAUAAAUUUAAGAAUUUCUCUUGCAAUAACAGAUACUGUGAGACAUCGGUGGAUGGACAACUUAUUUCCUGAUAUGCGGCAUUCAAUGGAACCUGGAAGAACCACUAACAGAAACCUGCGGGAUUGGGUAAGAAAAAGGGCAAAGGAUGGUGCUGAUUUGAUAUGGAGAACCUGUGGUUCAAAUGAAUGGCUGUUUCUUUGUCCUGUACUUGCCUACUCAAACUCUAUCAAGCAAUGAACACUAGAUAAGAAGUAUCUUCAGACUUUGCACCAUAGGGCUUUGCCAUGCUUCAAAGAAGACCCAAGAAGACUAUUUCAUUCCUCUCCGCAAAGCAGUUUACAAAAUCCCAGACUCCUCUAAACUGGCUGAAUUCUGCUCAGCUGCCAGUUACAGACAGGAAUACAUUUCCCCUCAAAUGGUAAAUAUUACAAUAAUAGCUUUAGCAACCAAGUGCAGCAGGAUGAAGCUCCUUCAGUAGCUCAUCAGAUGCAGUUUAGCUCAGUCGAGUUAAAUUAAGGUCACAGGUUCAAGUACAGCUCCCUUCAGCCGACGAAUUCUGGGAUAAGCAUGGCUGGCUCUAUAUUGCUACAGUAGGUCUGAAAAAUGUGUGAGAAAGCUUGUUUCCAUUUCAGCUUAUUUCUAUAUACAGCAAGGCUUAUCACAAUAGCUUUCAUUUACUGGAAGUUUGCCUCAAUGCAGUUUUAAUUGAGUUCUAAUCUACCUGUCUCACAGACUGUCCUACACCUACAGCAGUAAGCUUAAAGGGGGGGUUGGGAGGGGGUAUUCCUCUGUGAAUCACUUAAGCAUGGUUUCAGAUGGAUCUCUCUAUUCAGCAUGCAAAAGUUUCAUUUUUACAGUGUCAAGAAGAAACAUUUCAAAGCAUGCUGACUCAGAAUGAGAGCUGUCCAUGGUUUGAUUUCAUUUCUUUGUCUAAUAACAUUGCACAACCUCUGUCCUUAUAAUUUGUGGGCUCAGUAAAAACUGGCUUACCUUGCCAGACUGUUGUAAUGGUUUUCUAGAGUUUGAAUACCACCCAAGCAACUAAGAUUUACUCAGAAUAGAACUACUGAAAUUAUGGGACCAAACUUAGCAAUGUUCAUUCAUUUCCAUUGGUCUAUGCUGGGUAAAACUUAGUCAACUGCUACUCUGAAGGACUUGGAGCACUUAAGAAUGCAAUACUAAAUAUUAUUUUCAAGGAGAGAGUAUUAGUGUGGAGGAAAGAGCAGAAGGGUACAGAUGUUUACUACAGAUUAUAAUGUAACUUAAGUGGGGGUAGGCAAGAAAUGAAGAUAGGUUUGCUGUGAUUUGAGGUUUUCAAACAGCCUAUUUCAUCAGAUGCCAUCAAAAGCCAAUGAGCUACAUUAAGCUGCAUCUUGAAAUCUUUUGCUGCAGCUUCUCCCUGCCCAUUAAAUAUACUAUUUAUAUUCUUUUGCAUAGAAGAGGAUAAGAUCUCCUUCUAAUACUCGUGUACUAUAAAUAUAAGGUAUAGAUGCCUUAUCAUCUCGCUGGCAAGCACAGAAAGUAUAGAGAGCAACCCAUCUUACUAGUGAAUGCUUCUAAAAUAAGAGCAGAGCAGAACUCACAGAGAUGAUGGACGAGCAGAGUCAUAUCGACCUGCUAUGUGAAAAAUAGCCCACAUUACAAAAUUCCACCCGCAAGUAAUGUUUGCACAUUCUGAAAAGACUUGCAAGGUAAAACAUGAUUAGAAAAGAACUGUGUGUGUGCACGCACACACACACAACGUACUAUAACUUUGUUUUGCCUCAUGUGAGAUCAGUAUAAACAGUGGCAUUAAUCGCUGUCAUUUAUAGCAAAUGGUUAUUAGUUCAGCCGCAUUGAGUAAUAAACUGCAUAUACCCAUCUGCCCAUCCAGCAGCUUGAGUGAGCAUGCUGAGGCUCUAAGCCAUGGGUAGGCAAACUAAGGCCCGGGGGCCGGAUCCAGCCCAAUUGCCUUCUAAAUCCGGCCCACGGACGGUCCAGGAAUCAGCGUGUUUUUACAUGAGUAGAAUGUGUGUUUUUAUUUAAAAUGCAUCUCUGGGUUAUUUGUGAGGCAUAGGAAUUCGUUCAUUUUUAUUUUUUAUUUCAAAAUAUAGUCCGUCCCCCCACAAGGUCUGAGGGACAGUGGACUGGCCCCCUGCUGAAAAAGUUUGCUGACCCCUACUCUAAGUUCUGUGCCAGCACUUUCCCAUUUUUUCCAGUAUUGGGGAACGAUCCAGACAUUUUGCCCAUGAAGCAUUUUCUGACACUGAAGAGCAGUACUCACACAGCUGCACUGGAGCCCUAUUUGACUUUGGAUCACAGCCAUACCACACGAAAACAAUACACUGUAGCUGCAUAAGCAGACGGUUGUAAACAAUAAUGAGAUUCACAUAAUCAUUUAUUUAUUUAUUUAGCGAAAACUUUCUCAGUCUGAAAAUGUGAGCCAUGGCUUACGCCCUACCACAUAAGAAAAGAGAGAAGGGGAUGAUUAUCUUCUUACUAUAACCACACCAUAAAACUUUUGGUUUUCCUCUUGUAGAAAAUUAUAUUUCCCUAUUUUCUUGUGUUUGAGCCAUUUCCUCCACUAUUUGCAAUAUCUGUAUACUAAUCUUCCGUCAUAACAUUCCUAACCAAAAAGAAACUCAAAAUAAUAUCAGUCAAAACAACAAUUUAAACCACAAAUCAACAAUUUAAACAAAAACAAAACCCAGCAGGUUAAACAAGGGCAUACCAUUAAAUUUUCAAAAUUGCCAGGUAAAAAAGGCGUAACAAAAUAAGGGUGCAUUUACUCUCCUCCAAAUGGGAAGAACUAUGCCGCCUGACCUCAAGAGGGAAGGAACUGCUCAGCUUAGAAGCCACUGCAGACAAGACCCUGUUCCUCAUUUAAAACAGUAUAAUGAUCUAUAGCACUACCAGAACACAGAACAACAACAAAAGCAGACAAGCUGAAUCCAAAUCUAAAUUGGAUCAUAACUUUGGUUGGCCAGGUCAAUUAUCCUUAACCAACUGUUCAUCAGCUGUUUCAGUCUCCCGCUGUUUCAACUCAACCUGCUAAUUUCAGGAAGAGAUCAUCCUUCAUUCUAUCUUGCGCUAGGGAGGAACUUGUACUUCUGGUCCAUGCCAAUUUUACACAUUUCCAUCCACAAAUCCAUUCCAUCCCAUUUUCACAUUAACUAAUGUCCUAAGAGGGUGGGAUCUGAACAAACAGCUAGAAUGAGAAUCAGGUAGUCUAUUCCUACCUGCAAGGAAGGGGGGAGAGCCCUGAAUAGCACUCCAUUCUUAGGAAUAAACAUGAAAUGUUAAUUCCUGGAGCUGUGUGUGUGUGAACCAGGAAGGCAUAAUGAGACUCUCCAGCCCUUUAUUAUCACAGUAUUUUUGAGAACCCAGAUACAGAAAACAAAAUGUACUGUGACACUCUGAACAUAUGCAGUUGACACUUGCAUUUUAAUGAGCAGAUACCAUUUAGCCACAGACAAUGGUCUUUCCUAUCACUAAUACACAUGCUUUAGUUUUUUAUUGCUGCAUAAAAAUGCAAUUAUAGCACAGCUACAUGGAGUGGGGGGUGGAAUCACCAAAAUCAAUAACUGAGAUAGGCAUCUCUGGGCAAUAAAUUGUAAAUCUGCAAUAAAUGAUUAAUUAGGCCUUACUAUCCCACAGCUGCAUUCCCAGUUUGGGAAAAUGGAAAAUAUAUUGCACAUAAGCAGCAUCCACCAAGGGUUUAUCUUGCCGCAAGACCAUAUGGAAGACUGUCCCCAUAGAUUCUGUAUCCUGUAGUGGCAUAACAUCUGCUGUGCAUAGCAACACUUAUCUGAUGUAAUAAGGCCUUCUGUUCUCUGGCAUUCUGAGUCAUAAAACAUUCAUUUUUCACCAGCCAUAGGUUCAUCACACAGUCCAUUCAAGGUGGGUUGAACACAAUUAGAGCUUCAGCAUAUAUAAUCAUAAUGAACACACGUUUGGCAGAUUUAUGAUUUCAGGGUGGCCUUUGAACUCCAAGGUGUUUGGAGAGGAGGGAGAAUUGCUGCAGAAAAACAGAGGUCCAGCGCCCCCGUGGCUGCUUAGCUCCAAAGAACCUUUUUUUCUAACAAAAUUGGCUGUCAGAAUUUUGUGACACAUAUUUGCAAGAAGCGUUCGGUUCAACUUGAGGGAUGUAGUGUCUCAAGAGCUUCACACUAUUACAAAACUUUUGGCCAUGUUUGUAAGGCAAGCUUGCCAAAAUAUUCAUUAUAUAAUUAUUGAAUUGUAGAGUUGGACGGAAUCUCAAGGGUCUUCUGGUCCAACCUCCUGCAAUGCAGGAAUCUUUUUGCCCAACAUGGGGCUCAAACCCACAACCCUGAGAUUAAGAGUCUCAAGCUCUACCAACUGAGCUAUCCCACAUACGCUUGCUCUGGGGCCUAAUGGAUACAUCACCAGGAGCCUUCCCCAAACGUAGUGCCCCAAAGUACAUUUGGAUGCAAGGACAGUGAAACAGGUGGUGAUGGAAAUCAUUAAUUGGAGCAGUAUGACACUAUGAGUCAUUGAAAAUUGGGAUCAGGACUCCAAAGGUGUUUGGACCCAAGUUGUAAAGAGUUUGGGAGUUGGAAUUUCUACAAAAGUAGAAAUGAAAUGACAAGCUGUGCACAGACUCCAAUGUCUGCACUGGAGUAUUUCUAAGGUUAGAAUCAGGUCAAUUGACUGUCUAUGACUUGACUGCUAUUUAAUUUUCUAUGAAACAACCAAAAAGGCCCUUUUGAGGGUAGCAGGAGGACAUGUAGUUACAGAGAGAGAUGGAGAGUUCAUUUCAGAAAGUCAUGUAUUGCCAUAUAUAGAGAGAGAGAGAGAGAGAGAGAGAGAGAGUAUUUUAUAUUUCCUUCGUCUGUUUGGUUAGAUUUUGUUUUAAAGAAAAAAUGUAAAAUUCCAGCGCUGGCCCCAGUUUCAGGAUAAAUGCCAAGGAGAACUGUUCAGUCUGGUGAAAAGUAUUCACACAUACUCAUAUUAACAUUGCAUGAUGAGCCAGAAAUAAAGGAUUACAACAGUUUAGAAUUUGAUGCCGCUGUUGUGAAAUAGUGAUGAACUACCUUAGUGGUGGUGAUUUCAUUGUAAAUUAGCCCAAGUCUUUAUCUUCAUUUCCAUUGUUCUAAAUUGGUGCUUUAAAUACAUGACCAUUAUUUCAAAAUAUUGGAUGGGUCCACUGAUAAUCAUAGGGGAGGAUGUGUGAGGAGAGAGCACAUGCCCCUUAUUUUCACAUUCAUACACUUUUCCUGAAGAUAAUCAACAGAUCAGUUAACGGACUGGGGCACUCUGCUGGGAGAACUAGUAGGGCAUAGGAACCUACAGCUGUAUAGUCGAAGACAGGCAAACACAGGGGUAAGAAAGGCAAGUUUAUUCAGGAAAAGAGGCAUACACUCAACUCUCUGACUUUGGACUAUUGGCAUUCACCCAUUUCCUUGAAAGCUACGGAACCUAUUCCAGAAAGUGUUUCAGUGUUUUUCCCAAGGAUACUGCAAGGCCUAAUGAAACCGUAGCAACAGCCAUUUUCAUUGCCACUAGGUAUUUUUUCACCAGGAAAGAGAAGAGGGCAGCUAUGGUGGCUGGGAGAACUAGUGUAGGAACCAUGCCAAACUAGUUAUGAUCUGAGUUUGAAUGUCACUUGUAAUUAUACAGUGGUACCUUGAGUUACAAAUGCCUCAGGUUAUAAAUGCUUCAGGUUACAAACUCCGCUAACCUGGAAGAGUUACCUUGAGUUGAGAACUUUGCCCCAGGAUGAGAACGGAAAUCAUGUGCUGGCGGCGCAGCGGCAGCAAGAGGCCCCAUUAGCGGAAGCACGCCUCUAGUUAAGAACAGUUUCAGGUUAAGAACGGACCUCCGGAACGAAUUAAGUUCGUAACUAGAGGUACCACUGUAUUCCAAACCCUCCAAUUCUACUACUUUGCAAAUCUCAGAGACCUGCUUCCCUUGCCUUGCCUAGAAUCAUAGAACUGUAGAGUUGGAAGGGACCACAAAGAUGAUCUAUUCCAACCCCCUGCAAUGCAAGAAUAUUUUACCCAAUGUGGGUCUUGAACCCACAACCUAGAGGCUGAGAGUCUAAUGCUCUACCAACUGAGCUGUCCUAAUGCUAGCAUGUCAGCCAAGAGGUGCAUCUCAUAGGUUGACUGCCUAACAUUUGUAGAAAUGAGUUUAGGAAUUACAGUGCAAAAGGAACCUUUAAAAACAUAGGGAUAAAGUUUCAAGGGGGAUAUAUAAUGUAUUGUAUAUGAGAAACAGUAUGUGGUCACAUAAUUAAAGACAAAGUGAAUAUGUGAAAGAGGCUGAUAUUAAUUGAAGUCAAGCCUGACCUUGUAUGCUUAGCUGUGGACCAUGCAGUAUAAUUUACAGGAAAAAAUAAUUCCUGCAGAAAAAUAUAUAUUACACAGUACUCGCAGUUACCAGAAUGUUUGGUCACUUACCAGACAAAAAGAAAACACCACAUUCACUACUGGAAUUACAGAAGUGAAUAUCGUUUUAAAGAGGUGUGGAGUACUAAAUACCUUACUUCAGCCAUACAACUUACUGCAGUCCACUCAACUGUCAUGUUCAAAUAAUAGGGCUGGCCUACCUUACAGGGUUAUGGUAAGAGUUGCUGAAAGAAUGACUAUAAAGCUUUUCAAACACUCAAACGAAGUUCCAUGUUUAAUUAUUUUAAAAACAAACUAAAACACAUCUACCCUCAAAGGGCUUAGAGGGAGGGGGAAAUCCUAUUAGUCUAGACUGGCCACAAUCUUCAGAAGCAACUCAGCUUCAUUUAAAUAAACAUUAACAUCUUUAUGGAUAAAGAACAAUUAAUGUGAUGAAGGAAUGAUAUAGUGGAUUGUAUAAAAUAGCAGUAUAUAAUAAGGAGGCAACAAAUCAGAAAUGGAAGUUGAGGGAAGUCCAGGAGGGAGGAGGUGAUGAUGUGUAAUAUGUAUGUUAUUGAUAUGACAUGUUUGUAAUUAUAGAAAAGAAAAUCAAUUAAAAAGAAUUUUUUUAAAAGAAGAAGCAACUCAGCUUCCUCGUGCUAUCACAUUGUGAAUUGUCAGCUAAAUCAUCAUUUUGCUCCAGAUACAACAUUGUCACAAUAUUCAAGGCUCCGUCCUCAUUAGCUACAGCAGAAAUCCAGCCGUUAUAGAGUAAGCAAAGCAAAUUAUAAACAUACCAUAAAUUUAUUUUAUUCUGGUUCUUCUGAACAGGGACAAUAUAUACACUCACUGUAUGUAAAACAUGCUAGAAGAAAUCAAUGAACUCAAACCACAUUUUUACAAUAAAUACAAUUUAUCCCCCCUCUCCUUUCCCCCCUUUUUUAACAGAAGUGCAGUAGGAUAAUAGGCCAUUAGGCCAAACCACCUAGAGAGUUUACAGAAUACGCUUGAAGAUUUUCAAAGAGGAUAUCCUCUUUAGGGUGGAGCAGGGACUGGAUAUCCCACACUGGAUCUCUUCCAAUUUCAUGACUGUAUAAUAACUCUCAGCUUGCAAGGAUUGGCAAUUUACAGCCUGCAAGAUUUUGUGUGAUCAGAGGUCUGAGAAGGACACACAGAAUGCAAGAGACACACAUUUAGUGCAUGAGAACAGAUGCAAACACUGAGCACAGGCUUUUCAUGGCUUUCUGUACUGUCUCAGCUAUUGGGAUGGGGAAAGUUACUUGUCCAAAAGUCUUUUCCAAGUCAAGUGUCCCUUAUGUAAAUUUCAUUUUUCCAGCCCAUUCAUUUGAAUGCAAAACAAACACAAUGCAAAUGGGGGAAAAUAAUCAAUUAUGUAUCAUUUGCAAACUGAAAGCAACAACAACAGUGAAUACCAAUUAUAUUCACUGUAUUUAUUUCCAUUCUGGACCUUGAUGAAUAAGCAAAAAUUGGCAAUUCCCAUUUCCAUUGGAAUUCUCUGAUAUCUCUAGUAUGAAGUCAGGCACUUACACAGAGGUGUGAGUUAUUUUAACUAGCAAGCUACCUGCUGAGUCAAAUUCAGAUUAAAUUUCUUCCCUAGUUAAUAUAAAUGACAGUUGGAUGACUUUCAAAGUCUACUUACUAUUCAUCAAGGAGCAUUUCAUACAACUGAAGCCCCUUUUUAGAAGCAAACCAUUCUGCUGGUAAGUGAGGGGGGAAAUGGAAGGUUCUGGAAGAGUGCAAAAUUGGUCCAUCUCUGAGACAAGCAUAAAUUUGGGCAGUGACGUCCAUUGCAUGAUACCAUGGUGUUGAAAAGGAGAGAACCAAUGCUGAAGACAUUUUCAAAAUGUGGUGGGCGACUGAAUCUUCUUCUGUACCCUUGAGACUUUUGUCUCUCCUUUCACACAGAUAUCAAAGAUGCUAUGGGAUCAUUGUUUUAACUGGGCCAGGAUGAUGUGGAACUGGCAGAAUAAUUUACUGGUUUGCUAGGCCAGCCCACAACUUCCCAAGCUUCAAAAAGCUUCUGUUCAGAACCUCCUUCAUAUAAAGCAAUCAACUGAGUGAUGAGAACCCACCAUUAUAUUUGCCUUUGAAUACAGUAGUUACAUUUAAAGGGGUAUUUCAAAUUGUGCAAUCACUACUCAUAGCAAGGAGAUACAUUGUGCACUAUAGCACAAGCAACAAAAUGUUUUUGAGAAUGAAAAACUUGGUUUGAAAUAGACACAUGAGUUAUUGGGGUUCAAAUAUCUAAAGGGCUGUCACAUGAAAGAUGGAGAAAGCUGGUUUUCUCCUACUCUGGAGGGUAGCACUCGAAUCAAUGGCUUCAAGUUACAAUAUUCCAAACUUUUUGACUGUAAGAGUGGAACAGUCCCUCAGCAAGUUGUGGACUCUCCUUCAUUGGUUGAUAAGCAGAGACUGCCAUGAAUGCUUUAGUUGAGAUUCCUGCAUUGCAAGGGUUUGGACUAGGUGACCCUCGGAGUCCAUUUCAGUUCUACAACUCUCUGACUCUACAGCUCUAAAUCAAAAACUUCCUGCCAAAAGCACACUCAAAAGGCUUUUGUGCACCGAGUAGGAUUGUUUAUUCCUUUCCUUUAUACAGGAAAUAUAAUCAGUAUUUUUGAAGCUGAAAAGUGUUUACUUAAUCUACAGCUAACACAAAAUAUGUCUGCUGUGGUAAAAGAAAAGAGUGUUGUGCGCCUUAACAGAAACAGCUCAUUCAACUUUAAUUGAAAACUAAAGAUAUAUAAACCUUACAAAUUCUAUUUCAUUACUUCUUUCUGUUCCUGGUCCAAACCAUUUGGGUUAUGAACAUCAGCCGAACAAAGGGGGGUGGGCAGAGAAAAUGCGGCAACUUGGUGGUAUCAGCCUUCCUUACUAGAGUAUUUGUAUUUUAAAGGUGUCCAAUGGGCGUUUUAAAGUCACUCAUCUUAUUUUCUGCACAUUUAGUCCUGAGUACUCAUUUCCACUCCAGCAAGGUAAGUGUCCUGUAUCUUAUUAUUAUCCAUCUUUUAGACUUUAAAAUUUAGAGUGCUCACUACAUUAAGUAGUUCUACUAGCUUCAAGUGGGAUGUGUCCCAAAAACAGAUAGACACCGUUUUUCCAGACUUUGAAAUGGAAAGAAGUCAAAAUUCCCAGAAGCUGGUCAACUGAGGUUCUAAAAAUAUGACAGCUCCUUUAAAACAGGCAAGUAGCACUGGGUAGUAGUAUCACAGUAAGUAGCAUUGUGGCAGGGCUGGCAGCUAAAUAUUGCAUAUUUGUCUCCUACCCCCUCAAAAAAUGGAAUAAGCAUGUUGGGCUCCUUUAAGAGGAAGGGAAGGAUAUAAAAAAUAAAACACAAAUGUGAAAUAUAUUCCAGCUCAGCCCACUUUUGCUGCAGGCAGCGACCUGUGCAUCAUUUGGGAUCUGGAGUAGUCCACCUGGAGGAAGGCCAACGCAGCUCAACUGGGAGACAACCUGAUAUAUUUGGAAUGCUGCCAUUAUUGCAACAUAUACAGUAUAAGGAAAGGUUUAUUAAUAUUUUGGUGGGUUUUCAAGCAAAAGUAUUGAAAUUAUUAUUAAUUCCGCAAUGAAAACUCAGGCACAAAGCCACACAAAACGCAAGUGUAGAUUUCACGGUGAAUUUUUCAGCUGCUGUGCAAGCCUGACUCUGCAGCAGAAAACUGAACAACAGUUCGGUCUUGCCCUCCCCCAUGCUUCAGGGGAGUUGUCCAUCUUUUACCCCCAAAAAUGCUCUGCAAACAUUUGUGUAUUUAUUCACAAAGCAAAACCUACCAAAAAUGCAAAACUGCUCUGGUAAUUGAGGGCAGGCAUCUUGGCACCAUCAUGGGAGCAUUCAAUCAGUACCAUGUGUGUUCCUAGACGUGGGAAUCACCAAUCCACAGUGCCUCUGUCUUCCCCAGGUUCAAGGACAGCACAAGCUUUUGUGGACUCAAGCCAGACGCAAGGAUGGCAGAUGCUUAAAGCAGAAACAUGUGGGUGUCAUUCCACAUGGGAGGCUGUUUCUGUGAGACGGUCUCCAACUCAUCUCACAUGCAAACACAGCCCCCGUCCACACACCUUAUUUUUCUGGAACAUGAGAGUCUUAUGCUGGUGCAGUUCAUUCAGACCAAACCAUUUAUUUAUUUGUACAUUUACAGAAAUUGCAUCCUGACCUUACGAGUUGCAGCAAGAGCUGUUCAACAAUAAAAUGGACUACAGUGGUACCUCUGGUUACAUACGCUUCAGGUUACAGACUCCACUAACCCAGAAAUAGUGCUUCAGGUUAAGAACUUUGCUUCAGGAUGAGAACAGAAAUCGGGCUCCGGCGGCGCGGCAGCAGCAGGAGGCCCCAUUAGCUAAAGUGGUGCUUCAGGUUAAGAACAGUUUCAGGUUAAGUACGGACCUCCGGAACGAAUUAAGUACUUAACCCGAGGUACCACUGUACCUCAUAAAGUGGUGGGCUCUCCUUCAUUGAAGGUUUUUAAACAGAGCUUUGGUGGCCAUCUGUCAGGAAUUAUCUGGGAUAGCUCAGUUGGUAGAGCAUGAGAAUCAUGGGUUUGAGCUCCAUGUUGGGCAAAAGAUUCCUGCAAUGCUGCAAGGGAUUGGACUUGAUGACUCUCGUGGUCCCUUCCAACUCCAUGAUUCUAUUAAGAUUCCUGCAUUGCAGGGGGUUGGACUAGAUGGCCCUCGUGGUCCCUUCCAACCCUACAUUUUUAUGAUUCUAAGUAUUUCUACUCCCGCAGUAACUACAGUUUGUAACAUGGAAUGACAAACUGCUUUGUUUGCGUGCUCUCCCCGCAAGCAGCUAGCCCACCACUGACAUAACAUACAACUCAGCCUUCAUCACCCAACAAUCUCUCUAGCAAAAUCCCCAGUUGCUUCAUAACAAUAAAGUAUCCAAUGCACACAGAAAAGAGUGAGGACAGUCUACCACCGGUCCAGCCUCCAUUUCUACAAUGCACAGAAUUCUUCCCAUCUUCACUUAGUAUAAUUGCUAACUAUGGAAACAUAUAAAAUGAUAAAACAGAACAGAACAAAACAAAAACACUGAAAUUGUUGCAGGGUAAUUGUCGGGCUCCAAAGUGACCGGCAAGUCAUUGAAUGAACAAAAUGUUUCCUUCUGCCUCUCCUCACGGGCAAAAUAAGAAGAUCCUAGGCCAAAGUGAAAAAGAAAAAAAACGCAAAGCCUUCAUAAAAGCAAACUGAUCCUGCUGGCUAGCUGUUGCAAACCCCUGGGCUCAUCAGCCUAAGCUACUGAUGUCACCUUACCUCUCUCCUCAGCCACUCAGCGGGAGCCUGUUGCUAUAUUUUUCUCCAGCGCAGCUAAAUAAUUCAUCAGGGCACGGUGCUUUGUGAACAGGCCAGAUUGCAGGCAUCAGGCCAACACCAAGGUCGCCAUGGAGACAUGCAAGCACCAGCCUCCUCCUAUCCUGCCCUGACAACGUGAGGCACGCAGACUAUAAUAGCACAGCCAUACAGGUUACCAAGAUGAAUGGAUAUUCUUCUUUUAAUCUAAAUCAGAUGUGCAAUAUGCAACAGGGUCUCCACUGCUUCCUUUCCAAGGACUUUGCACCCAGUCCAAACAAUUUGUGAAGCACUGUUUGUAUCCACACUGGAACUGUUUUGUGGAAGACUUAGGCAGCCAUCCUGACUUACAGUGGUACCUCGGGUUAAGAGCUUAAUUUGUUCCGGAGGUCUGUUCUUAACCUGAAACUGUUCUUAACCUGAAGCACCAUUUUAGCUAAUGGGGCCUCCCGCUGCCGCCACACCGCCGGAGCACAAUUUCUGUUCUCAUCCUGAAGCAAAGUUAUAAUAAUAAAAAGAAUUUAUUAUUUAUACCCCGCCCAUCUGGCUGGGCUUCCCCAGCCACUCUGGGCAGCUUCCCAAAAAAAAUAAAAUUAAAAUACUGUAAUACAUCAAACAUUAAAAGCUUCCCUAAACAGGGCUGCCUUCAGAUGUCUUCUAAAAGUCUGGUAGUUGUUGUUCUCUUUGACAUCUGAGGGGAGGGCGUUCCACAGGGAGGGCACCACUACCGAGAAGGCCCUCUGCCUGGUUCCCUGUAACUUGGCUUCUCGCAGUGAGGGAACCGCCAGAAGGCCCUCGGUGCUGGACCUCAGUGUCCGGGUAGAACGAUGGGGGUGGAGACGCUCCUUCAGAUAUACUGGACCAAGGCCGUUUAGGGCUUUAAAGGUCAGCACCAACACUUUGAAUUGUGCUCGGAAACGUUCUUAAUCCGAGGUACUAUUUCUGGGUUAGCGGAGUCUGUAACCUGAAGCGUCUGUAACCUGAAGCGUAUGUAACCCGAGGUACCACUGUACUUGGGAGCAAACUUCAUUGAAUUCAGCAGGGCUCAUUUCUGACUAGACACGUAUAGGACUGUACUGUUAACGGCUCUUUGGGAAAGGCCUUUUGGCACAGGGACCUCCAGAACAAAAUGGGUCAAACCAUCAUAAAGGACAGCAAAGCAGGGAAAGCAUUUAAAAUCCCUAAGCUAAAUAAAUAUACCUAGUACUGAUUAAAUACUAGGCACAAGUUUCACUAAUAAGAACAACAAAAGGGAAGAAAAUGUUACAGGAACUUCCAUAUAGAUUUUCAGCUUUCCUGAGGGAAAUAGCUGCAUGUUUUAAUCACCAAUUGCCUAGCCUGGUGGCUUCUUCUUUUCAUUUUUUAAAAACUUGAUGAGUUGGGUGCAUGCAGGGGACAGAGAAGAAAAUGGGAAGUCAACUGGGCUGCAACACAACCUAUGUAGCUGUAAAUAAACAAAAAGCACAAAACCACUGGGGAAGAUCAAUGGUGGAAUACAUGCUUUCCAUGCCAAAAGAUCUCAGAUUCAAUUCCUAACAAGGCUCAGAAAGAUUAUUGCCUGAAAUCCUGGACAGCCACUACCAAUAUUGAGCUAGAUGGACCAAUAGAUGGACUCAGUAUAAGGCAGCUUCCUGUAAGGUUACUAAAAGAAACGCCAUGGUGUGUUUGUAGCAGCACAACUGGACACUAUCAUCUGCCCCAGCUGCAACAAAACAUGUCACUCUCGUAUUGGUCUCUACAGCCACAGCAGACGCUGCAACUUCCAACAAUUUGACUUCACUCCCAAAAGUGCACUCCUCCAUUGUCUCCCUAGACAGACGGAUGCCAACGACAUCUGUUUUCAGUAUUCCAGGUGAAUGUCACCUACAUGCAUUACAAUGAAGCUGGAUAUGUUACUAAACUCAAUGAAGAAUCCUGAUUAAACCCAAGACUGAAAAGUGGCUGCAUUACUCUACAACCUAAUUCCUGCCUUAGUAUUAAUUAUAAUCUGGGUCAUAAGAGAUAAAUUUACACACUGUUAACAGCCCAGUGGAUUACCUUACAACCAAGCAUAUAUAUAACAGGAUUGCAGCCUAUGUGCACUACUUUUUGUAUUUAUUUCUAUCUUGCCUUUUCUCCUUACUGGGACUCUGGGAAGCUUAUAAGAUUGCACCUCACUGGACACAGCAGACUUGCAUCCCAGUAAAUACAGUACACUGAGCAUUGAGCUGCACAUGAAUUUUUGGUUUCAUGCAAGCAAGUAAUCAUGGAUAAACUUCUCUCCAUCAGAUCUUCAAUACUAUGCAUCCAAGUGACUUUAAUAAGACUAAUAUUAUUGCAGGUAUUUAAAACUUGGGCUUUACUUUCCAGGAGGAGAAAUUAUUUACAGCACUGAAAAUGGAAAUAGCCCCAGCAAAUCUUCUGAAAUUUGUACAUUCGCCCUUCAUUUUAUUCCCCCAGAGGUUAAGAAUGGAUAGCAUAUAGAAGAAUGGGUUUCCCUCCCCUUCAUAUCUUUUUAAGCACUGCUAAAAAUGCCUCUUCUGAAGUAGUCAUGGUUGAUUAAACUACAACUUAACUUUUUACCCUACAGUCUUUCUUCCCCUCAAGCGAGAUAUCAUUUUCUUUACAUGAAAUUGCUUUCCAGGCAUCUCUUGACAACCUCUACUGCCCUUAUAAAGAAAAACUCAAGUAUAUAGGCAGCGGCUGUCUUUAAGAAAUUAAGCCAAUAUUUCUGUACUUUUUUUCGAGAUGCUAAUAAGUAGUUUCAAUCACACUACCCUAUAGCACUAGUAAGCAGAUGACAGAAGCUGGGACCUUUGGUACAAAUGCACUGACCGCUGCACAGAGAUGGGAUCUCCCUGCAGCCUUAUUAUUAAGCACAAGUUCUUAAUUAUUUUCAGUCACUGAAAAUUAGAAUUGGCUCUCUGCACUCUACUAUUACAUUUUACCUACUGUAUCUAUGGUACAUACAUAAUGACAUCUGAUGCCAACAGUCAAUGCUGGCCAGUGGCAUUGACAAAACCCUUCUAGCUUUGCAUGAUACGCAAACUUCUCCUUUAGCCAUGGUAUAAGAAAGGGUCCAUCCAUCCCCAGAUUUGGACUCCUGGGCUGGAAAGCUCUUUUGUCUAAGAUCGUCCAUUUGUCCUUAUCCCAUUGCCGCUUCUAAUAAAUCAAUUGCUGGCAUUCCCAAAAAAGGCUUUAAGUAAGGCAUUUAGCCUCACAUCCCUCCCCAUGAUCAAUAAUAGAGAUAAUACACUGAAUUACCUCAUGGUAAGAUUUACAGCAUUUUACAAAACACUGUGAAAAUAAACAAAUCAGCAAGUUCUCUAUAAAUGCUAAGUGUUGUCAUAAUCAUCACUGUAACGCCUUCUAAUCAGAAGCUUUCUCCAAAUUCCUAAGCUCUUCAAAAUUACCAAAGUUUAAAAUAAGUUUUGAAAAAUUCAGUGUAAAAAAACCAGCAGUAUUAAUAUUUACGUCUGGUUGGCUUGUCUAACCGUAAGAGUUCUUAGCAGGUGUUAAAAAGGGUAUAUGCAAUGGGGAACCCUCAAUGUCCGUGGCAAAACAUAUAUGUGUGUUUGAUAAUAAGAGCCUACAGGAUCAGAGUCACACAACUCCUAUGAAAAAGGUAUUCUCACAUAUAAUAUUUAUUCUUGGGAAGCAGCGCUCAGGAGAAUCUUGAAACAGGGCAGCCAACUGAAGUUUUUCUCUUUAUUGUUUUAGUGUCAUUGACACAGAACGUUAUACCUCCAGCACUAAAAUUUGCCAAAACAAAUGGAAGCAUCAACAAACUCAACUGAUACAAAAUCUGUCUUAAAAAAUUCCUCCAAAGCUGCUGUUUGCAGCUUUUGAGGGUAGAUUUGAAAAAGUUAAGUAGCUGGAGUAAGGGAGUAAGGCUGCCGUGCUAUAUGAACUUACCUAGGAGUAAGCAGCAAUAAAUGCAGUGGGUAGAUAUGCAUAGAGUUGCACUGGGUAGAUAUGCAUAAGGUUGUGCAGAAAAUGAUCAUUCUCCCAGCACAAAGAUCCUGAUCUCAUCUUGGGGAGGGGUGGAAUAGAUGAUUAACUCUUUUUUAAAAAGCCCACUAUGAUAGUGCUCACUGAUCUCCAGCAUCACUUCAAGCUUGGCCCUCAGUGGAGGAUGUUCCAAUGGCCCUAUUAAGACUCUCAGUCUGAAAGCAAGACAGAAAUGUAAGUAAACAUAAAUAAAAUAUAAGGCACUACACGGUUAUUACUGGCAGAAGAUGGUUCUGUUCAAACCAUUUUUCUCUCAAGCAAAAUGAUGUCAGACCCUUAUUUCUCGAAAUGGGGAAAGACAACCUCACUUAAAACACCAUUAUUUCAGCAGCAUGAGUUUUCAUUAAACCAUCCUCGCGAGUUGUAGUCAAUGAUAGUGCAGGAACAAAGAGCACUACCUGGUCACCUGCAGGCCAAACCUAGACUCCGAAGGGGCAUUACUGACCCCUUAACUCUGCAUACUCAAAAUUCUCCCUCUACUUUUCCUUUCCAGGAGCAAACAUUUGGGGCAGUUGGAACAGGGCCAAGAAAGCAAAGGUUAAAUAGAAAACCACUAUAGUAUCAGCAAAAGGGAACCAGGACAUUGCCUCUUUGAGUGGGCAGAAGUCUGAGCAUUGGGAUAGGAGAGGAAUUUUAUUCAGUUUGGAUGUCAAGAUGAACCCACCUAAUUGUCACUUUCCAAAACAGUGCAAGAACUGAAACACAGCCAUCCUUAGAAAUUCACAUUUCUCCAAAUUUUGCAAUGCAUUUUUCCAGCCAGAUACUACUACAAAAAUGGAGUAAAGGGUUCAUAAACAUGCUAUAACAAGAUUUAAAAAUUGCAUUAUUUUGAGAAGAAACUGUUUUGCAAAAAUGUGGUAUUAGGCAAAAUUGUACACAAAUAUGUCUAUUAGGAGAAAUCUGGAUCAAAAUGCAGAUGAAUUUUCAUGGUAAAUUGGUGUGGAAAUGAGGAGAACUGAAUUUAAGAAUGAUAGAAUGAGAAACCAAAAUAGAGAGAUAUGCUUAUACCCAGCUGUGUAUGCCUUGAAAAUUCAGACAAGAGUUUUUAUUUGCUAGUUAUUAGCACUGACACAUUACACAUAUCUUUCAGGAUUUUUAAUAAUGCAGUAGGAAAAUAAGGAUGUAUAGUGAAGCAUUAGGAAUAAAAAGGCAAUGAAUGUAAUUACAAAUGGGAACAAAGGAUGGUGCAUAAAAUUUUAGCCCCAACCCUUCUGUCCUCAGUAUAACAAAAGAAAAUCAGAAACACUUUUAAAUGCCCUUGAUUGCAAAGCACUUAUCAAGUGCAGAAAAGACCAAGCAAGUUCAUGAAGAGAUUCAGACUUCAGAGGCAUAUUUACAUUUCUUGCACAUUACUGAUCUAAUGAACAAGAAAGCAACUGAACAUUCAUCUCAAUUUCAAAAAGACCGUUGAAUAUUUUUCCACACAACGUAUUUCCCUUUACAAGGUCAGACAGGAUGUGUGAGACUGACAAAAAUUGUUCACACAAGGUUAGAAUGAAGUUUACAGGAGGGAAAAGGUUGACCAAAACAGAAAUAACAGUCCUGCAAGGAUAGAAUAAGGCAUUAAUAAAUGUCAAGCAACAGGCCUGACUGGGUUUUAUUUCUGGGCUAUUUUAUUGCACCUCCCAGUUCCUGCUGGGGGUGGAAAUAAACCACAAUCUCUGCCUUAGUAUUAUGCCCAAACCAGAGGUCAUGAUUUAUUUUGCUCCAAUCAAGCAAGAUCAGUAAGCCAAGAACAAACUGUGACUACAAAUCAUAGCUAUUGAGAGCAGUACAUCUGAAAAGGAUCUAGGAGUCUUGGUUGACCACAAACUUGACAUGAGCCAACAGUGUGACGCGGCAGCUAAAAAAGCCAAUGCAAUUCUGGGCUGCAUCAAUAGGAGUAUAGCAUCUAGAUCAAGGGAAGUAAUAGUGCCACUGUAUUCUGCUCUGAUCAGACCUCACCUGGAGUACUGUGUCCAGUUCUGGGCACCACAGUUCAAGAAGGACACUGACAAACUGGAACGUGUCCAGAGGAGGGCAACCAAAAUGGUCAAAGGCCUGGAAACGAUGCCUUAUGAGGAACGGCUAAGGGAGCUGGGCAUGUUUAGCCUGGAGAAGAGGAGGUUAAGGGGUGAUAUGAUAGCCAUGUUCAAAUAUAUAAAAGGAUGUCACAUAGAGGAGGGAGAAAGGUUGUUUUCUGCUGCUCCAGAGAAGCGGACACGGAGCAAUGGAUCCAAACUACAAGAAAGAAGAUUCCACCUAAACAUUAGGAAGAACUUCCUGACAGUAAGAGCUGUUCGACAGUGGAAUUUGCUGCCAAGGAGUGUGGUGGAGUCUCCUUCUUUGGAGGUCUUUAAGCAGAGGCUUGACAACCAUAUGUCAGGAGUGCUCUGAUGGUGUUUCCUGCUUGGCAGGGGGUUGGACUCGAUGGCCCUUGUGGUCUCUUCCAACUCUAUGAUUCUAUGAUUCUAUUCAGAAGUAAAACAAGCCAUGAUCCUGGUUCAGAUGUAAUGUUAAUCCAGGGAUCAGAGUUUGUUUUCCACAAGCAUGAGCUGGGAAGGGUGGAAUAGAGCAAAACAGGAGUAAUUCAAUCACAUGUGGUAAGCCAUAGGUUAUGACAUGCAAAGGAAGUCAGCCAGAGCUCAGCUGCAAUCGUUCCUACCCAUAAGGAUCAUGUGGCAAUUCCCCACGCUGAGAUGUUAAGGGUUGAAUAUGCCCCAGGUACCUAGAUUUUGGAUGACCUAAGUUAUGGGCAAAUAUAUAGAAAUCAAAGGAGUUGUUGGCGUGCUCAAUGAGAAAAUAAAGCACAUCAUCUCUGCAGCAUACACCUAUUCUUGUUCCUACUGGCUGUUGAAAAGAGUGCUCUUCAGACUCAAACCUCUACUCCUCCCAUGGUGGUGUCAAAUACUAGCAUGCACCACAGGAUGGUAAGCUUUGAGUUUGUUGAUGCUUAGCUUUUGAAUUUCCCCCCACCCCCAGAAGUCUUGCAAAUUAUACCAUUGUAGUCUUUAAAAGUCAGCCCUCUGAAAAACAGCAUGCAACAGCACUCAAAGGAAGCCCUUUGGCCUUUCAAAGCAGCAACUUUUAAUAGCAGCAGGAAUAAUGCACAAGGAGAACAAAGCAAAAUAUUUUGAUGCAGACAACAGACUGGAGCAGAGAUGAGGCUGUCAUUGAGUGGCCAGGAAUUAAUAACUGUGCCUAAAAGGAUCCCUUAAUUUAAGUAUUUAUAUUAGCUUUAGUAAAGAACCUUUUUGAAUGUUUUAAUGCUAACCAUGGCUUAUUGCCUCUACCCUGGUUAAGAUCCCAAGUGUACCUCCAAAUCAGGGUUUAGUGUGUUAUGAUAAGUAUAUCAAGUACAGCGCUUCUGUAGACACACCAGUGAAAUCUGCUUGUCACUUUGCAAUCAGAGAGCUGGGAAAACUGCCAUACAGUGCAACCCUCAGCAUGUUUCCUCAGAAAUAAGUCCUACUGCAUUCAGUGGGACAUAAUUCCAGAUAACUGUGAUGACUAUCACUCAACAUCCAAAAAACCAAAGUGCAGCACCAACAAGUACAAAAUAACCCCUCUGUAGUGCCACAAAUCCAACUCAAUGGUGUAACAUUGGAAAAUGUCAAUCACUUCUCCUACCUAGGCAGUUAUCUUUCUAUAAGGGCUAACACUGAUGCCAAAAUCCAGCAUCGCCAGAGAGCCAGUAUGGUGUAGUGGUUAAGAGCGGUAGACUUGUAAUCUGGGGAACCGGGUUCGCAUCUCCGCUCCUCCACUUGCAGCUGCUGGGUGACCUUGGGCUAGUCACACUUCUUUGAAGUCUCUCAGCCCCACAGAGUGUUUGUUGUGGGGGAGGAAGGGAAAGGAGAAUGUUAGCCGCUUUGAGACUCCUUCGGGUAGUGAUAAAGCAGGAUAUCAAAUCCAAACUCUUCUUCUUCUUCUUCUUCUCUGCAAGUGCAGCUUUCUCCCAACUGUAGUGCAGAGUGUUUGAGGACUGGGACGUUCGCAGGGAAACCAAAAUGUUUGUUUACAAAGCUAUUGUACUACCAACCUUACUAUAUGCUUGUGAAACAUGGACCACUUAUAAUUGCUAUCUCCAACUCCUCAAAAGAUUCCAUCAACAGUGUCUCCAAAAAUUUUUACACAUCACUUGGGAAGACAGGCUAACUAAUAUCAGUGUACUGGAAGAAGCAAAGAUCACCAAUGUUGAAGCAAUGAUUCCUCAACAUCAACUUUGUUGGACUGGUCAUGUUGUGCGGAUGCCUGAUGAUUGUCUUCCAAAGCAACUACUUUAUUCCGAACUUAAAAAUGGAAAACGUACUGCUGGUGGUCAACAAAAGAGGUUUAAAGACUGUCUCAAGGCAAAUCUAAAAAAGUAGUCUAAACAUUGACAACUGGGAAACACUGGCCUGUGAGUGCUCCAGUUGGAGAACAGCCUUUACCAAAGGUGUCAUGAGCUUUGAAGACACUCGAACUCAGGACGCAAGGGAGAAACGUGCUAGGAGGAAGGCAUGCUUGGCAAAUCCACACCGUGAUCAACUCCCACCCGGACACCAAUGUUCCCACUGUGGAAGGAAGUGUGCAUCCAGAAUUGGCCUCCACUUACGGAUUCAUUGUUAAAACCAUGUUUAUGGAAGACAAUCUUGCUCGGCUAUGAGUGAUCGCCAAAGAAGAAUAAUUCUAGAUAACUGUGAUGAGUAUUGCAGAGAGAAUCAGCAUUUGUUUUUCAGGCUAAUAGCAAAAAUUAUAUACUGCUGCCUCAACCAGAGUUGUUCUUCACAAUCAGGGUUCUAAUAUCCUGGGAUUCAUUCCAUGGUUUGUUAGCAACUUGAAUGGCUUUAAGUACAUAGGGCAUCUUGUUUCAGUUGAAAGAAAAAAAUAAAAACAAUGACUGAGCCCGUAUACCCUGAGGAGUGCUAUUAGUCGUCCCCUGAAUUACAGAUGCACAACGGACCUCAAUUAGAAGCUGGGCCUUUGGUGUUCUUGGUCAGUGAAAGUUGGUCCAACAGGGCAAAUGGGGAACUGCCCACCAACUUCAGUCUGACCUCAGCCAGUCCCCAUCUGCCUACCUUCUUACUUACAUCCAGUCCAGGGAGUGGCCCUGGCUGCCAGUUUCCUCCUCCUCCUUAGUCUCAGUUUUGCCCUUGUAGAACUCAGCAGGGAGGAGGAUGGGGGCAGAAGUAGAAUGUGAUGACUCCAUCUGUCUUUGUCUCUGACUCCAUCUGCUGUUGGGUUCCAUGCCUUUUGCCCCACUAGUCCCAAUGGACACCAGCCAUCACUGUCACCAGUCCUAUACCACGGAAAACUCUUCUAGCAGAGAUUUGACAGGCAUCCUCAUUACUAACUUUCAGAUUUGUCUUGAAGACCUUUUCAUGCCAACAGGCCUAAUUUUCCGAAGAUGAGCCUGACAUUUUUACAAUUAUUUUGUAUUGAUGUUAUGGUGUUUUAUGUUCAGUUCUAUCUGCGUUCAUUGCCAUACGUCACCGUGAUAUUUUACGAGUGGGCAGUUUAAAAUAUUUUAAUAAAUGAAAUAGAUAAAAUAAAUGGGCCUCCUUCUUGACACUGAUCCUAAAUAAUCCUGGCAAAUAUGCUGACAAUUUAUUAGAAACCAAACACUCACAUAGGAUACCAAACUAUUCCUGAUAUAUAGCAGAAUUCCAGCUCACCAAACAUAACCACACUUGGGGAAAACAAUAGUUGUAUAAAUGUGUAACUGGAUAUAGCAUUGCAACCAGUUUUUUAAGCAAAAAAAACCAGCUGCUUUGGAUACAGGUAGCUAAUAUUAGAAAUAGCAAAUGCAUGGUGUCUCUGUCUUCCAUGCCAUCUCUCCCUCUCCCACCAAAAUAAAAGUUGGGAAUACAUUAUAAAGGUCAACUGGAGAUUGGACGCCUGAGGGAAACAGUAGGGACUGAAGAAUGGAACAGAAUGUGAAUGAGGGAAGGAAAUUCAGUUUCUGCUUGCCACAGUCCACAUCCUAUUCCUGGAACAGCCUAAACAAGGGGAGUAACCCACUAUGCACCCAUUGAAGAAUUGAGAAACCUGAUGAUCAUCAGCUAUGGUCCCAAUUACCACAAUCCAUGUUGAGAUACACCAAGGAAUGGCUGUGUUCUAAUGAGAUGGUCAGAAAGAAUCUCAUGCUAAAUGGGAGCCUUCAGUUCUACAUUUAAAGGUCAGUGGUGCAAUCCAGUGAGAAAUUCUCCUGCACAACCUCCACUGACACAAAUGGCCUUUUAUUCUAUGAAGGUUUGUGCCGGAUGACCUCUCUGUGAAUAGCCUCUCAGCUAAUGACCUGUGAGGACAAGAAGAAUUUCCCCCAGUUAGAUCAACACUGCUUUUCGACUCUGCCUUCUCCAUCUUUCAGCCUUUCCUGCACUGCUUCUAGAACACAUUCCUUAUUACAGUGAUGCCUAUGACCUGCUACUUCAUGUUUUCAGGGACUGAAAAAUCUGGAUAUAAGAGACAGGAAUCUACUAAACUGAAUCUUUAUGUACAGUAUUAAAGUAUAAUAGACCUCGGAUGCUCUGUCAGUUCCUCUGCUCUUCUAAAAAGAGUCUCAAAUAGUCCCCAAGCUAAAAAGUUAUUAGUUCUUAUUACAACUGAAAAAAUUAUUAAUUAGUCAGUAGAGAAACAUUUGUCAAAAUAUUCAGAAAACAGAUCUACUUGGUUUUAUUGUGGGUGCUGCUACUUUGCUAAUGAAGCUCAAAGCAAUUAAAACCUUACAAUUGUCCCCCUUAAAAGCUUCAUCGUAAUAGCCCAAAUCUCCAGCGAGUACCUUCCUUGUACUGAUGGAGGACUCAAAGGAAGAUCAAAGGAAAUAUAGAAAGUGCUUUCUGCUGCUGAAUCCCCCCUCCCCUUUACCAAAAAUUAUUAGACGUUGCUUCUGCAUGAAGGGAGAAGACUGGUAUAAAAAUACUGAAGACUUAAUCCAAAGAAGCUGGAUUUCCCUGGAAUUCAUCUAGAAUCAGUGGUUUAGCAUCCUUCAAAAUGGAAUGGAAAGAAGAUGGGAAAGAGUCAAAGAAUGAGUCAGAAACAUGCAGAACAAAAGUCCCAUCUUCAAGAACUCAGAGUUAGGCUCUGCUGAGACGGCACAAAAAUACCGUGCCCGCCAAAUUCAGGAUAGAUCUGUGGAUUUGGUUUUACUCAGGACUGACCUGACCACAUCUGAUGCACCACUCAACUAUUCCACAAUCCUUUUGAUAUGCAGUAAGGCUGCAACUUACGUGAGGGUUAUGUUCCAGGAAUAGCACCUAAGGCAAAAGUUACCUAUAGUCAAAACACAUUGGCUGCAAUAGUAUGCCGGCUGUUGGCCGUAUUAACAAUAAACAAAUAAAACAAACAUUGGGUGCAAUGGUGGGUGGGAUGGUGACAGUCUUUUUUUUUCUGCGACACCUCCUCCCUUUCCAUCCCCUUUUUUAUUUUUCACUUUUUUCCUUGCCAAGUGUGUAAAACCCAAUGUGUGCAAGUUAAAAUGUGCACAAGUUGUGGACUUACUGUAUUCUCCAACCCUCUCGGCUGCUCUUUUCAGAGCCUAGUAACCAAUGAGGGGUUCUCAACUAUGAAGAACACCAAACAGUUUUUCAUUUUGUACCUAAAAAUUAGAUCUGACAAAAACUGUACAAUUGAAAAGAUCUUGCUCAAACAACUGAAGCGGCAAUCCUAUGCAGACUUUCCUGGGAGUAAGAGCUACUGAGCACUUCUCAGUAAAUAUCCAUAGCGUUGUGUUGUGAGCUAGGGAUGGAUGAGAAAGUCACUUCAGUUUUCAAGGCAAACAUUCUAAUCUAAAGCAAUGCACAAACCCAAACACAGCCAUAUUUUGGAAUUCUCUUUUCUCUUAAUUGCAAUACUGUUCUCCUACUAAGUAAUGUCUACAAAAUGCAUAUACUAGGGCAAAGUGUAUAAUAUUAUAGAUAAUUGCUUUGCAAAAAUACAGACAUUGGGCAAAACUGCAUACAAAAUGUGUAUAUUAGGACAAAUUCACACAAAAAUGCUGAUGAAUUGUCAUGAUGACUUUUUAAAAAAGCAAAUCCAGAAAUGUGAACUGAAGGAAAAUGAGAAACCAAAUUUGACAGAUUUUCUAUUCCUACUGAGAACCUUCCCAUUUUAUGUAGCAUGAAAUGGGUGCACUGUAGAUAUGAAUAAUUACAGAAGGGCUUUGGUUUUUGCUGUGUGUGAAACAGCAGUGAACUAAGUUUCCUAUUUGCUUUUUUACCUUUAUUUCCUUUCAAGACCAAUAUCAGAACUGCAGGCGCUUCACGAAUGCCCCCUUUCCUCCUCCUCCUACAUGGCUUCAGACCAGAAACCAAAAGCAACCUACCCAUACCGGUCUAAAUCGGGACAGAUAUAUAUACAGAUAGAUAUAUGAAAUCCGUGCUAGAAAACAGCUCACAAGCAAGUCCUUUAGAAAAACCAGCAUUGCCUUUUCCCCUGAGCAAGAGCACAAUGGUUCAGACUUCUCGUGGGAAUCAAAUGGUAACAUGUGGUUUAGCGACACAACUACUGUAGCAGUUAAAAAGAAAGAAACAAUUUUGUACUUUAACAGUAAUUCUCGUGUCAAAAUCAGUUCCAAACUCCUCUCACUUGCAGUGGCAGCAAGCAGAUUUUGCCAAGUGCCUCUUCUCCACUGAAACCCUCAGAAACCUUGAGAAUGAAAAAAAGAUUUCAAAUCUUUGAAGGGCCCAUCUGUUUUUGGAUUGCAUAGGAAGCUCUCUUAUGCUGCGUCAGACUGUUGGGGUUCAGUCUAGGUCAGCACUGUCUAUACUGACAGGUAGUGACCCUUCACAAAUGGUGUUUUUCGUUUUUGUUUUUUGCCAAUCCCAGCCCUAGAUAGAGUUGCUAGGGAUUUAACUUGGGACUUUCUGUACAUAAAGACUGAGCUCCAACUCUGAGCCAAAGCUCUUCCCCAAUGCUUGGAGGAAUACUUGACUAUAUGGAUGAAGAAAUUAAGUCUUAAGGUAUACAUACACCUGUCAUAUUAUCCAUCACUAAAACUCAGCCAAGGUCUGGAAACAAACAAAGAAAUGAUUUGGCGUAAACACAGAAAUCAUUACUACAUAAUUAGUGAAGUAGCAGUUCUAAAUGUUACUACUAGCAUUAAUGCUAAAUGUGAAUUCUUUGAAGAUGGGAAUCCUUAAAUACCAUCACCAGUAUGUUAAAAUAUGCUUACAACGAAUGACAAUAAGCAGCAGUGUGGUGUGAAUGGUUGCCAAGCAACCAAAUAAGUGAAAUAAACACCAUCAAAAUAGCAUACAACCUCCGUUCAAAAGAUAAAGCUCUUGGCACAAUUAUUUCUUAUGAGCCACCCAGUGAACAUAUGUUAUUGGGGGUGGGGGCUGUACAGUAUUUUUUAAUGUAAAUUUUCCUAAAGUAAUGUUGUCUGGAGAUGUUAUCAAAGGUCUACAUUUUUGCAAAAAGAUAGUUGCAGACCCACAUGCUGUGAGCCCCCAACCCCAGACCAUGCAUGUAUCUGAAUAGCCUCUCGUGACAAUGAUCUUUGUUUCAAAUUAGACCACAACUGUACUGAUUACAGACGGCUUAGGCUUAGGCACUGGGCGUAACCUGGUCAGGGCCGUCUUACCCCUAGGCGCUAGAGGUGCAGGGCACCCGGGUGCCGGGCUCUCAGGGGCGCCAGGCCGAGAGUCCAGGGCCCAAGAGUUGGGUCUAGAGAAGAGGCCGCCCAUCGGUUGGAGUGUCGCAGUGGGCUCUUCUGCUGCGGGUGGCUCUGCACCACGAGUUCAGGGGCAACUGAGCCAGCGAGAUGCUGAGGCAGCCGGCCAGCUCUGCCCUCCCGCAUACCUGGGACUGGGCAACCUGGGGGGGGGGGAUGCCGGGCAGAUCUUUGCAUCCCGGCGCCGCAUAUGCUUGAGACAGCCCUGAACCUGGUUCAUCCAGCCUCCCUGCUGGAAGAUUUCCAUGAGGAUUUCCGUGAGGAAGUCUGCCUGCUGGAAGAUUUCCAUGAGUCUGAGUCAAUGGCAAGGAAGUACUAUGACAUACAUCAAAUUGGUAAGACACCCCAAACUUGCCUUUGGAGGAGUGCUAUGGCCCUAGCCCCAACUGGGCAUCCAGAUAGGAGUGUCCCCUCCAGGAUCCCUUUAAUGGGAUACCCCAUUCUCUUCAAGGGGCAGCCAGAGGCUUACAACCUCCCCUCCAACUGUGACUUAUUUGGCCUUAUAUGCCAAAGUUGUUAUGAGGAAGGCCAAACCCCCAGGACAGCCAACAGACCUGAAGAACAACUUACCUCCUGGCCCCAAAUAUGAUGACGAUCACAGGGUCCAGGUCGGUUCCUUCAUCUCACUCAGCAGUGUCAACAAGUAUAUAGAUAAGGUUGAUCCAGUUGAUAUCAUAUACUUAGGCUUUCAAAACACUUUUGACAAGAUACCUAUUAGGGUUCUUUAAGGUUGUCAACAAGCAUAUCAACAUAAGUGAUUCGGUUGACAUAGCAUACUUGGAAUUUCAAAAAGCUUUCAACAAAUUAUCUCACCAAAGUUUGAGUAGUCUGAGCAGUCAUGGAAUAAGAGACAUUGCAAAAGGAAACACAGAGUAGGAAUAGGUGAACAGUUCUCCAAAUGGAGAGCUGUGAGGAAGUGGAGUUCCCCAAUGAUCUGUAUAGGACCUAUAUUUUUUAACUGGUUCAGAAAUGAGUUACAGUUAGGGGUGAGCAGUGAUGUGGCCAAGUUUGCUGGUGGUGCUAGAUUGCUCAGAGUCCUUAAAACAAUGAGACUGUGAAGAACUCCAAAAGGAUCUCUCAAAUCAAGUGAAUGGGCAGUAAAAUGGCAAGUGCAAUUCAAUGCAGGCAAGUGAAAAAGUAUCCACAUUGCAGCCAAAAAUCGUUUCACAUACAUGCUUAUGGGGUCUGAACAAAGAAGAGACUGACCAGGAAUAAGACCUUGGGGUCCUAGUGGAUAGCAUAAUGAGUGUUUCAACCCAAAGUGAGGCAGUUGUGAAAAGGGCAAAUUCCAUGCUAGGGAUCAUUAGGAAAGGACGUGAAAAUAAAAUUGCCAAUAACAUAACACUAUUAUACAAAGAAUGUUGAGACUAGACUUGUAAUACUGUGUUCAGUUCCAGCCAUCUCCCCUCAAAAAGACUAUUGUAGAGAUGGGGGAAAAAGGGCAACCAAAAUGAUCAAUGAGAUAGCACAAGUCCCUUAGGAGAAAAGUUUGGGGCUUUUUACUUUAGAGAAAAGCAAAUAAGAGGAGACACGAUAGAAGACACAUAAAAUUUUGUAUGGUGUGGGAAAGUGGUCAGAGAAAAGCUCCUUCCUUCUUUUAUACCAGUACAAUUCAUGGACAGCCAACAAAGAAAGCUAAAUGUUGGACAGUUCAGGACAGAGAAAAGAAAGUACUUCUUUACACUGUGCAACUACACUGUGCAAACUUGACUAGAUCAUGGAUAGCGAGAGUUGAGCCCCUGGUCAAGAAGAACAAUGUUGCAGGACCAGAAUCAAGAAACCAUUUCCAAUCAUUUUGGAAACCAGCUUCAACUUCAAAAUUUGAGAAUAGGUCCAAUAAUGAGCACAGUUCCUUCUAACAGGCAUUACUACCAUCUCAGGGUGGAAUGCAUGAAGAAGAGCAAUAUGAAGACAGUUAAUAUGCUCCAAAAUUCAUAAGAAACAGGAUAUUCUUCACUUCUUCUUUUGAGUUUCCUGGGAUGGUUUUUAAUAAGCUCUCAUUAGAAUACUUCAGCAUCCCAACGUCCUAAUAAUAACACACCAAAAAGUGAAGAAGGGUGUUGCUAACCCAAUUUCUCCAUACUUAUCCCUAACAGAAAUAGUGGCUCAAAAGCGCACACAUAGCUUUCAGACUUUUACUUGGAAUUAAGUCCCAUUUAGUUCAGUGAGACUUACUUCCAGCUAAAUGUGCUUUAACAUACUUUACUUGGAAAAAACUUCAAUUUUAAAAUUGACACAGAUAAUUUCUUGGUAAAUAUGCAUAGGGAUCAGGGUGUUAGAUAAAUGCAGAAACCUAGAAAGGUCAUGUGUAGCAAUUCAGUAACAGAAGACCAUUAAUUGUGAAGUCUGUUAGCAGUGAAAAGCAAGGAAGUUUGCAGCCACUGUUUGCCACGGGGAAGCAAAUUCUACAUUUUUGACAGCAUUUCUCAGAGGUUUUGAUUCCACUGUGUUAUGUUCCAUAAUAAGCAAUUAAACUGCCAUGAUUAUUAAAAGGGGAAGUUUAAAGUCACUUAAGGAACUGCUUGUAGAAAAGCAAGGCUUGCUUUGAAAAUCUCACUGGAUUGCUCCGAAGUAUUUACCAAUGAUGUAUAUGCAAGGCGGAACAACAGAAAUAACAUUGUGGUGGGAAAUGGAAGCAAAGCUCUCAAUCCUAACCAUGUUUAAUUAAAAGUAGGUGUCACUGCAUACACAGAAAGUUAAGGAUGUGACCUCUCAGCAACUACCGGAUUUUCAGUUAAUAUUGACUCCUAUAGGGGUUGACACCAGCACAUCUAAUUAUAAUGAUAUAGAUUUAUGAGGAUUCUAUGGAAUUUUGACUUUCAUGCAACUGUGAUAAACCGGGGAGCAAACACUGGGCUAGAAAAUAGCAACACAUCUGAUCAACUCUGAUAAGAAUAACCUCCAGACAACUAGGCUUUGAAAUUUUAUGAAAUUUGGGGGACGGGGGCUAUUUCUUAAUUUCAAAAAUGAAUGAUAAGUCAAGGUGACAGAUGGGCUAAUAACUUUUGUAGAUUUGCAAGGCUCUGGAAUUAAACUUCCCAUCAUGUAUUUUUAACUUGAUAAAUGUGUAAUCCAAGCCUCACCAAGAAGUUGGCUGAGAGUUUAUGUGCUGCUCUGCUGGCAGAGAAGGCAGGAUGAUGGUGGAAUGCCACUUAUAUCACUGCAAGCCCACAUGUCAGUAAAAAAACUCCACCAGCACAGAUGUUCCUCUGGAUGAGUAGCGGAAUAAUAAGAUAUGGAAGGGAAUAGGAGAGGUGGGUGUUGACACAUUACAUCCAAAGUCCGUUCACUUCCUUGGCAUUCCCACAAAAAUGGCACGCCUCUCACUGUAGCCAACAGGUUGUAAGAAAAGCAAAACGGCAGUAACUUGACAUGGCAGUUUCUCUGCCAGUAGUUCUCUUCUCCCACUGCUGGAAAUGUGCAGUAGCCAAACCCUGCCCAUGCUCCUAAAGUCUCUUAUUUAUUAUUAGGGAUUACAAGCAAGUUCAGGUUGCCAAAUCUACAGAAGAACAUGAAGUACUGAUCUAUGGACACUGCAGUCCAAGUCAUUGCCUGCCCCCAUGUUUCACGGCACUGCAAUUUGUUAUUGCACCAUAUAUCAUGCAUGUUAACAGCAGCAUCCGCAUUUUCUAAUGGACCCACAACUCCUUUCUGUAGCAAAAGAAGAGCAAACAUGAUUUUGCCACACAACCCACCAGCCUCAGAGCACACAGGGGAACCAUGCUGGGAGAACCAUGACUAGGCUUAUUCUUCUUCCUCUUUUGUCCUUGCAUUAUCUCCUAUUCUAAAAAUGUGCAACAAGUGCCAUCUUCAAGAGGUUUUUAUUUUAUUUUAUGCGAACCAGUUCAAGGUUUCCAUCAAGGAAGAGAUAUAUUAAAUAAAUAACUAGGUAUCAUCAAAUAAGUAGAAUAAUGUGGUAUUUCCACCCUCUCUAAAGCUGGUUAGAAGAACACGAGAGUCUUCUUCUCAUUUAAUAAUCUCCCUUCCUCAACCUGGCUAUUAUGCCACUGUUAGAGAGUGGUCUGCCUCCCAAUGCUCUGGCUGGCAUCAGUCAGGUAGUUGACUUUGACCUAUAUCCUCCCUGUUCACUACAUCCUUCUGAUGAGGCAAGUUCUUCCUUGCAGCAGUCAGUGGAGUGGGGUUGCUUAUCUGGCUUCCCAACAUGGAAGUUGCUGCCCGUAACUAAGCAGGAGAGGGGUGAGGCAGCAGGGAGGUUGGCAUAGCACACGCUCAGCAGCAGAGCCAAUCCAAUGCUACUGUGCCAUGCCAACUUUCCCCUCUCAGUCUACUGGCAGCAACCUCAGCACUGGGAAGCCACCCACACUGCCACACUGGUAGCUACUCCUUCCUUGCCGAUUUCAUGCUACUAUGAAUUACUUUUUAUGUUGCCAUAGUACUCUAGAUUUGCUCUGCAGCAGCAGACUAACACAAUCUACCCUGUAAAAUUGACUCUUAAGCCCAAUCGUUGAACAAACUCGAGUGUAACAAACAUUCAAGGAUGACUUGACUCUUUGCGAUGGCGUUAACCAUCCAUUCAACCAACCAAAUCAGGACACAGAGUAUUCAAGAGUAACAAUUAAGCAUGAUGCCCCCAGUUCAAGAGCCUGCUUUCACACAUAUUGUUGUGUGCACCCAAACCAAAUCCUCAUUCAUUUCAGAGACAGCAGAUUUCUGCACACAAUCAAAUGAACAGAUGAAUCUAAAGCUCUUAGAUCAAUGGCACAGCCCUACAUAACAUGCAGAUUAAUUAGUUUAUCAUUUAAAAUGAUAAAUUGCGGUCAAGGCCAAGACUGCCAAUUCUGUAUACCAAGUUCUGAACUGCCAGUGUUUAUCGCUUUACUGAACAGGAUUUCACAUUGUCUAUUGCAUAGCCUUUUUAUGUGACUAACAAUACAGAAGUAUGUGUCACAACCAGGGGUGGACCUAACUGCUCCGGCACCCGAAGUGGCAGGGGCGGGACGAACUGCCCAUGGGGGCGCCGUGGUGAUCCGCCCAUGAGGGUGCCACGGUGAGCUGCCCAUGGAGUCCGCCUGGCGGACACAAGCCCCACGCUGCCAUUUUGGGCAUUGUGGGGCCCUGAGCACCGUGUCACUCCCAGGAGAGAUGUGUGGCUUGGGCACACUGCAGGCCAGACCCCGUGGUAAGUGCCCCCCCCCACAGUGUGUCAUUUUGUCACCCCCUCAGGGGUGACACCCAGGGUGGGCCACACACCCCGCACCCCCUUCCUAUGCCCCUGGUCACAACCACAUCACUGAGGACUACCCCCUUAACAAUGUCAACAAUUACUUGAUGAUACUGAAUACUGACAUUUUUAGAGCUCUCACCUAGCAGAAUUUGAGACUGCAACUCCAACAAGACAUACAAAGAAAGGCAUAUACACAUACACAUAGUAAUCUGAGCUCCAGUAAUUCUAUAAAAAUAUCACUAAAAUACGAGAUGGAAACCAGAAGAAUCAGCCAUUUCCAGAUCAGGUAUGGAGAGUAUAUGUUUGGAAGCCUCCUACUAAAACCAAGUAAUUGUGUCAUGUUAUACCCGUCUACUCAAAGGUAAGGCACACUGAGUUCAAUAGUGCUUGAUCCAAUGUAAGUAUAGAACUGCAGCCUAAGGGUUAUAGCCAAUGUUAGUUCUACUCAGAGUAGACCCAUUGAAAAUAAUCACCAUGACUUCAAUCACUAACUUCAAUCAGUCUUGUUGGCAUUCAUCUGCCUCAAGAGACAAUGGGGUGCGCCUCCAGGGGUGAAAUCAAAUUGCUGUGUUAACAACACCUAAAUGACCUCCCUGGGGCACAAGCCUGGGCAGUGUGUAUGGAGGUUCUGGGCUGCCCAGAUGACAAGACCCCCCUCUCAGCCUCACUGAUGUGGUCCAAAGGAAAGCAUAGCCAUAUGUUUGGCACCAGACGGCUGCAGGAGUUGCCUGAAGGAGGAGCACAAGUGGCCACCCAACUGUCUGAGGGACUCCAUUCUGUAGGGUUUACUCUCUUAGCAUUUUCAUCUCCCGAAGAUACCCCGCAAGGCAAUGGAGGUUUGGGAGCAAAGUUUUCCUUCUCCUAGAUGGACUACCUUCCCAGGUUGAAGAGCCCCAUCUGCCCCUCGCUUCCCACUACAGCAUGUGCAGAAACUACCUUCAGUCGGUCUACUCUCGCUUCCCACUACAGCAUGUGCAGAAACUACCUUCAGUCGGUCUACUCUGAUUAAAACUUAGCUGGGUAGAACCCAGUGUUUACAAAAACAGAUAUUCACCAUAAACCAUGUCUGUAUGUGCAACAGGUGGUGAGUGUGUGUGUACGCGCCCUCCUUUCAGUAUUUGUUUUAAUGCUACAAGAAUGACCAAACAACAAUAUAAAUAACACAGAUCCAUGUUGAAGUGGCCCUAGUGAAAUUAAAUUCCAUUUCCUAUGCUACCAACCAUGUGAGCUUAGCCUCCAUAAAUCCAUUACAAUGGACUCUGGUCUACAGCAGCCCCCUCACUUCUAUGUUUGUUUAAAUUGCUCCUGGAACAGAAUUUGCUGUGCUCAAGUAGGGAUGGGUUCUCCGUGAUUUAUUGUCCUGUGCAAGUGUUUUAUGGGUCUGGUGCUGACACAGAGAAAUCCAUGGCACAGAGUCACCCAAUCGCUGCCAAGUCCUUAGCCUCACGUUCCCUCUGCAUUGUGGCUCCGGCUACUCCGGGGUGUGUUUUUUUUUACAAAAACAAAUGGCACUUGAAAAGCUCUCAGCCUUACUGAGAGAUAAAUGUAAAUUAAUUUUCCUUCAGCCUGGUAGCAGAGACCAUGCUGAUCUCAAGGAGGCAGAAGACGAUAAGGCAGGACACCGCUCUUUGCUCUCAAGAGAUUUAUUCCAGAACCAGAGAAAUCCCAGCCACCUGCUCCCCAGACAAACCAAGUGUGCUAGCCUCCAGGAAUGGCAAAGAUCCUUCUAUGCCUGGAUUAUUCCACUUUAGCUUUUGAAAUGGCCUACAGAACAGAGCAGUGGUGGCUAAUGUCUACUAGGAGGGCAUGGCUGCUAACUGUAGGUAGAGCCAGAAGUAAGAACUGAAUGCACACCCUCUCCACACCUCUCUUUUUCAGGUGGCCAGAGGCAAAAAAGAAAAAGAAAAAGGAGAGGGUCCUUUGUUGAACAAAACCGAACUCUUGAAUUUCACAGAUUCAGGUAGGUAGCUGUGUUGGUCUGACACAGUCGAGAUAUAUAUAUAUAGUGUCCAGUAGCAGCUUAGAGACCAACUAAGUUUGUUCUAGGUAUAAGCUUUCGUGUGUAUCUGAAGAAGCAUGCAUGCACAUGAAAGCUUAUACCUAGAACAAAAUUAGUUCGUCUCUAAGGUGCUACUGGACAAUUUUAUAUACAGUAUGUUUAGAUAUAGAUAGAUAGAUAGAUAGAUAGAUAGAUUGAAUUUCACACUUUCACACAUGACCUUCCAAUUAUACACUGGCUCUGAAGCACGACUAUGAAACAUUGUAUCAGGAAGCGGGAAAACACUAAACCCACUUCUCCAACUUUUCUUCAUUCAUAGUUUUCCCUCCUUACUUCACUGCUCCAUGUAAGUUUAGUUUCUCCCCCUUGCUACUUACUGGUGUGUUCCUAGAUUCCCUAAACUAUCCUUUCACUCCUCAUGUCCUAGCACCAUCUGCUGCUGGCCUGCGUCCUGCAGAGUAGGCAGCUGGCACAGCAACUAGCUGUGGCAGGAGGAAAUGCUUCUGGAGCUGGAAAGCCUACCGGACUCCCUGCAUGUGGCACUAUCUAGGCGUGAUGCUAUUGGGUGGCUUUUUCCCCUUCCCCUUGGCAGUCUCCUCCACUUCUCAUUGGAAGAAUGAGCGUAAAGAGGGGGAUAAAGGAUGUUCUAGAGAGCAGAGUGAGUUUGGCUAAGUGGCACUCCUGCCACAGUCAGCUCCAAGAGCCAUAACCAGAAUUAGGCCAAAGGGUGUCAGGCAUUGCUCACACCUUUCAGCCUAGCCCUGUGACAAGACAUCUGGGGAAAGAGUUGGCAAUACAGGGUUGUGGAAGGAAGCCAAAAUGAAAUAUAGCCAAGACGGACUUGCCAGGAUAGCCCUGAAAUAAUAGAUGAAUGUGACCAGGUUUGGAAAAUUCAGUCAUAGACAAGUAUCCUUAGAAGAGAAAGACAAAUUAUAUUAUUGACAUACACAGAAAAUGUGAGUCUUGUGUGGUCAGACUAAAGAGAGUCUCCUCUUGUGGCUAAAAAGGGGGGGGACACAUCCAGAGAAAGGCUUGAGAUCCUGAGAGCCAGAAGAACAGGAGUUUGUGUGGAAGAAAAUUUCAAAUGUGCAUGAGUAAGAGACACUUUGGGUCUGAAGAAGCACAGGGGUCAGCAAAGGAUUGAGCUGCAGGUGUGUAAUCAGUAAGACGGAUCAAGUCUGAUACAGGAAUGGGAGUUGUUAUGGUUCGUGUGGUCUCUUUCAACUCCUGAACCAGCAGCAGUGGGUGAGCAAGAUGAAAGGAGGCCAUGCAUAAGGAUGAUAACAUAAGGGACAAACUGGGACUGCUUUGACAGACAGAUGGACAGACAUUAUGGUGCGAAGCAUAUGAGAAAAGGACAAGAGCUGAGAAAAUGCAGCACACUUAAUAAUCAACCACACUUAGGCUGCGACUCUAUACACACGUUAAGUGAAGGCAAGCCCCACCGAACUCAAUAGGCAUUACUGCUGAGUAGACAUAUACAGGGUUUGUGCUGCAAAAGCCAGAUCCAGUGUCUAUACAUUGGGCUGAGGCUAAAAACUGGGGGAGUAGUAGGGUGUGGAUCCCAGCUGAAGUCUAGCCGUGAACCCAGAACAGAUCCCAUCCAGAUGCUGUUCACCUUCUCACAUUUUAACUAACUUCACAAAGUUCCUCUCCACCUCUUAACAACACCCGCCUCCCUUCACCGCCCCGUUUGCAGCUGCCUGAGGGGACAUCCGUUUAGCCAUUACAGCAGCCCCUGGAGCAAAAGUCCACAGGAAUGUUUCAAAGUGACAAAAGAAACCUUGUCCUGUUCAAUGAAUGCCUUUUCCCUCUCCACUUUCAUUUAAACAACAACGCCCUGAUCUUAGCAAUAUAAAUUCAUGCCCCCUCCCCAAGUUAAACCCCCAUUCAGACUGUUCUUGCGUCUUAAUGUCCAGUGGCUACUUUUAACCUACCACCCGUCACGUACGGAUGCAUGCGCGUUUUGGAGAGGUCCACUUCACCACCACCCCGAUCUCUUUUUAAAGUAGGGGAGGGAGAGUACUGCCAGGGCGCAAUGGUGAAACCCCCGGAGCCCAGCAUCGUGGCUUUCCGCCGUCCUGGGCAUCAAGGGAUCCUGAGACCAAGAGGCGGCUCGCCAGAAACGGGAAACUCUGUUGGCUGCAGGAAGGAAAAGCGUCCUGGCUGCGCUCGCAGAAGCGACUGCUGGGGAGGUUUGGGAUUUCUCCUACACCCUAUUAUUUUUUAAUUUUAUUUAUUUAUUUCUGCACGUUGAAUCAAUGCAAGAAGCAACCCAGACAAGAGAGGAAACACACCACAGAGAGACAUAGAUGUGCAUAGAUCUUACCUCUACAUUGAAAUACUGCUCCGCUCUGCACCCAGUAGCCCAUAAAAUCCAAAGCAAGGCUUGCAAGAAAAACACCCUGGAAUGAUGCACGAAAUCCCCCCGGCUUGCAGUGCUGAAGGCGAGUAAGAUCAUAGUGAACUGUGCUUCAAUGGAGAAGGCAGAGACGGCGGGCGAGCGGGAGAGAGAGAGAGAGCGCGCGCUCCUUGCCUUCGCUGCCUUCCUCCUCCUUCUCCACCUCCUUCUCCCUCUUCUCUCUCUCUCCCCUUCCGAACAGCCAAAACAAAAACACAACACGCACACUCGGGUGGGUUUCUCUCUCUCUCUCUCUCUCAAAUGGGAGAAGAGGGGAGGGGGAGAGAUUCCCCCCGCGCUGUCGAGGAGGAACAGCUCGACGCAGGUUCACCUCCAGAGGCAGCAGCAGGAGGAGGAGGAGGAGGAGGAGGGGAGAGGAGACCCUUCAGUCCAGGACGCGGCGCGGCGGCAUCGAGCUCGGUCAGCUCUUCCACAUCCUCCUCCUCCUCGCUCGUCCCGUCCGGGAGGGAACGCGGCGUCCAAGUGCAGCUGCGGCUCCGGCGAGGCGCCUCGUUUGCACAGCAACCGCCUGCCUCCGCCUCCGCCUCCGCCUCCUCGGGCUGCGGCCCCUCCUCCGGCUCGCCAAGGCCUCCUCGGCUGCCUGGCCGCCCGUGCUCCGCUUCCCCGGCUGCGCUUAUGCCUCUCGACUCGCCCCGCCACUCCAGAAACGUUCAUCCGUCAUCUACAUAACUCCUCCUCCACCACCUCCUCCUCCUCCUCCUCUUCUUCCUCGCGCGGACCUGAGAGGGGACCGCCCUCCCCUGGCUCCUCGGGGGGAAAGGAGGGGAGGAGGGGUCCGCCGGCGCCUGCGUGGAUAUCUGCCGCCUCGGCUCCGGCCAAGGCCAGCCCUGGACGGGGUUUGGUGGGGAGAGGCAGGGAGGAGGUUCCUUGUAGGGCUGGGUGGAGGAAUGAAUGGGAUCGCAAAGGAAAUGGGCCGCUGAAGAGGGGGAGGGGGUUUGGAAGAAACACCCACUCCCCAGAGUGAGACGCCUUUGUGCUUCUGUCCACACAAUGGGAGUUAAAGAGAUGUCCGCUAUUUUCCUUUUCCUUUUUUUUGCGUGUAAAAAAAAUAAUGGAAUCUUCUUCUGAUUGAGUCGCAAAGUCACACCUUUGUUUAGGCUCUUCUCUUUUUGUCACACAAGCACGGCAGGUAAGGUCUCUUAACACCCCGCCCCCCAAUAAUAUGUAUAAAUAUUCCAACAACAACAUCCCUGUUUUGGAUUUCGGGAAGCAGAGUUUGAGGACGACAACGUUGUCAGGACUAAGGGACGAGGGAGUUAGGAAGGUGGUGGAAUCAUCUCUUAAAGAAGCAAAGAGGGGAAGAUGAAAGGGCGUUAGUUGCCUUGAUCUUAGCAGAGACAAAAGGCGGGGGUUGCGCUCAGCGGCGUUAAACUCCCCUUGACUUUAUUUCUCAGUAAACGCUCAGGUUGCUACAGGCAGGGAAUGGGGACGUGUUAACAAGGUUUUAGGUAGGAAACAAGGGUGACGGUUGUAAAGAAAACAAUGAUUCACACAGCUUUGGAGCAGAAGCAAAGGGUUAAAUCUUUCACUGUGUAGCAAUGGGGGGGGGAAACUGCCUUAAGGUUGUAGAACUGCCUUUCUUGGAAGUUUGCAAGGGAAGGCUGGACAGACGCUUUGAAUACAUGAUAUCCUACUUUGCAUAUGAGGGUUGGACUGGGAUGAUUCAUUGGUUCACCUCUUGCUCCCUGAUGGUUACCUGGAUGGAAUAAGGAGUGUCUUGAGUGUCUUUCACAUACUGUAAAGUGAGGCUGUUCCAUUUUGUUUCAUUGGAAUGUGAUGAUACAAGGAACAGGCACACUUCUCCACACUGCUUACGAAUUGAUCUGCUGACUUCCCCUGGCCACCCUCUUCCCUAGUAAAGGUAAAGGGACUCCUGACCAUUAGGUCCAGUCGUGACCGACUCUGGGGUUGUGGCGCUCAUCUUGCUUUAUUGGUUGAGGGAGCCGGCGUACAGCUUCCGGGUCAUGUGGCCAGCAUGACUAAGUCGCUUCUGGCGAACUAGAGCAGUGCACGGAAACGCCAUUUACCUUCCCGCCAGAGCAGUACCUAUUUAUCUACUUGCACCUUGAUGUGCUUUUGAACUGCUAGGUUGGCAGGAGCAGGGACCGAGCAACGGGAGCUCACCCCAUCACGGGGAUUUGAACCGCCGACCUUCUGAUCGGCAAGUCCUAGGCUCUGUGGUUUAACCCACAGCGCCACCCGCGUCCCUUACCUCUUCCCUAGAUGCUUGCAAAUUCCACUGAAUGCGCAUAGGGUUCAUUUUCAUGGAUACUGGGGACAUUGAGCUGUGGGCUUUGGAGCUGCCAUAAAACAUGCAAUUCUCACAUCCUCUUAGUGGACUAAGAAUCUGGUCCAUGAUGUGGGAUGGUCCUAUGAGAGCUCAGCCUCACAGAGAGUAUAUAUGCUUUUUAAAAAAAUUAUUUUGAAAGAGACUAGGUCUUGGAUGAUGAUAUGAACUUAGCGGUGAUACGAACUGGUAAAACAGUGAGUGAAUUUAACCUAUUGAUUUGUCAGACCCACCGAAACCUUGGGUUGUUAUCCUUAGUUUCUAGUAUAUCAUCCAUAAAGGUCAAUUUCUGUUUGCCAGUACAGUACAACUGUCAAUCUUUUAUUAUCUCUAAUAUUAAUUAAUGAUGAAUUCUAGAAUAUAGCAUUUAACAGAUAUUUCAGAUGCACAAGUGCUUGUCGCAAAAUGAUUGGCAGUCAAAUCCUCAGCCAGUCCUGUGUAUCAAAAUUUACUGAAAUAAGCCAAUGAAGAUUCCAGAUUCAGUCUGACAUCAAGUGUCUUAUACGCGACUGGGUGAAAUAAAACUGUGAACAAAGUAGUAAUAAAAAACUGCUUGCAUCUGUGUACCACAGAGCAAUGGCCUCUCUUGCAGAAUAUGUCCCUGGGAUCUAGUAUACGUAUCCCAAGGUACAUGUCCAUAUCUGUUAUACAUUUUAAGGGACAUUUUACAAGCCAUUUUAAGGGCACUUUAUAGAAUUGGAACCUUUUCCCUAUACAAAUUAUUAGAGGCCCCCUGGCCUCAUUCAUCUCUUUUUCCAUUUUUUAAAGGGAAAAUGGCACAGGUGAUAUAACUUGAGAACAUGCACAUGGAGUGUUUUAGAACCAGAAGUUCUAAAUUUUUAACAAACCCUUUUCCUGGUAGUAAGUCAUUCACUUUACUUGAUAGUACCUGUGCCCAUGGCAAAGAGCAACAAAGUAAUAUGUCAGCAGCACAAGUAUUUCAGCUUUAUUGACCCAUCUGUAGAAAACAAUCAGUUCUUCAUAUUUUGUAUCAGUAGGAUCGGAUGCUGGAGGCCUAAAGUCUGUGUAACCUUGUUGCUUUACAUGUGUUCAGCCGAGUGCUCUCUUCCCCACCAAGAUAUUUUGUUGCUAUGGCAAUCAAAAAUAUUUCCGUUACGCUCAGUUCACACACUAAGUCAGUCCCACAUAUUAUUUCAAAGGUGAUAAAAUGGAAGUUAGUGAUCUGGGGACACCAUCAAAAGAGAUUUGUGGGUUUUUAAACAAAAAUAAAAUAAAAUUUCACAUUUUACCAAAAAAUAAUUCUCAUUUUUUACACACAAUUGUGCAUUUCCUGCUUCUCAUUUUUUAAAAAAAUGAAGCCUUUAAUGAUAUCACUAUCUUGAAUAGAUAUGUCUGGCCUAUAUAAAGUUAUAGAAUUGUUAGGUUCUUCCACACUAGAGGGAGAUAUGCAUGUCUUUCAUAUUUCAUAUUUAAACUGAGGUUGUAUCUACUACAACGUCUGCUGAGUUUUGAGUGAUUUUGUUUUUUUCCAUUUUGCAUGAAAAGAUAACAUUACACAUAUUUUCAGUGAAAAUGAUCACAACUUGAAGCAGAUUUAGCCUCCUUCAUUUGGUUAUAUCUAGAGAACACACUAAAUGUCCACUAUGGAAACGAAAUGUUCCGUUCCAUGAAAUGAUCCAAAAUGCACCAGACUGAAGUUUGUAUGGAUGUCAUGACUGAGAAUGCUGCUUUCUUAGGCAGGAUCCCUUGGAGAAGAAACAUGUGUAAUCAGGUCCAAUUCAGAAUCAAUGAUAAGACAAAGUCAAAAAGCGGAUCAUCUGUAGUUUAUGAUAAUAUUGUUAUAGGUUUGGAGUGGAUGAUAUUGGUGUGGUCCUUCCAGCCCUGUAAUUCUGGAUCCAGUGAUGUUUAGAAUCUAGUAGAAUAAACUAUGGAACAAGUCAGACCAAUCUCUUUAUAAUGACCUUAGCUGGCAAGUUAAGUACUGCCAUUUACAUGUCCAAAAAGGUUGCCUUCUUGCUAUUUUGACAAAUAGGUGGGUCUUUUAACAGCUCACCUGGGAGUGAAUUUUUGCUGAUGCUAGAAACUGAAGACACGGAGGCUUGUUUUGCUCUGUGCUGGAACCAAAACUAUUACUUGGAGAUCUCCCUAUAACCUAAUGGGGGAGGCAAGAUCUGUUGGGAUGUUAAUGUUGUGAGCCCUUCCAUGCUCUGUUCAGUUUGCAUAUAUGUAUAAAUAAAACAUAUAUCCUAAAGGCACCACAAUCUCCAUUGACCUUCAUGCCAAGGAAAUCGGGCCUUGCAUAGGUGCAGGAACCCACAAAGCUUCUCAACACUCAGAGAUUGGGAUGUGUGCAACAAAAUUGAUAUAAUUAUUCCAGGAAGUCAAAUGGAAAUGUGGGAUGGCCCAGUCGGGAUGCAGGAACAGAAGGUGAAAGGAAGCAAUGUUUGGGAUCAUUCAUCAAAAUCAUGCAACAUGGAAUGAGGGGAGUGACCAAGAUAGGUCCUAGCUAUUGCUCUCGUGAUCAAAGCUGGAUCUAGAAAAACAACUAUUCUGUACUGCUCAUGUCUAGCAUUUUAAAUUCACAAAGAGAAGGUCGGACAUUAGCAGCAGGGAGAGGGGAAGUCAUGAUGGAAGAGUGAAACAUAGUGAUACUCAUGUUCACUGGGUGUGUCCAGUACAAUGCGGCCCAGGGAGUCACUUAGGAGAUAAAAAAACAAGGCCUGGUAUGGUGUACACAUAGUAGCUUUUGCAACCUUACCGUAAUAUUUAGGUCACAAAAAGGCAACAUGCUUUCCAGGCUGCUGGAUCAGUUUCCAAAUAAAGACCAGGGAUAAGGAAUCUGCUCCCUUGAAAUCUUGUUGGACUCCAACUCCCAUCAUUCCUGGCCAUUGAUCAUACUGUACUAGCUGGGGCUGAUGGGAGUUGGAGUCUUGCAACAAUUGGAGGGCCACAGGUUCCCUAUCCCUGGUGUAUGCCAUCAGACGCAGUAGUAAGCAGUUUCUGAGUCAGCUGUUUCUUACCCUUUUGGCACUGACAUUUUUAUUCCUUCAAGCAGAUCAGAUAGCCAUUCUUGGAAGAAGUCAUCUGAACUAUUUGGCAAGCAAUCCAGUUUUGAAAGGAAAGAAAUAAAUGCUAUGGAAAGUAUAUUAAAGACUAUUCUGCCCUAGCUGCACACUAGACUUUCUGCAUAAUUGCACAGGAGCUGUAAUUGUGAGCCCUCUGAACAGUCAAAUACUGGUCUGUUCAAAGUUGCUACCAGGGAACAGAGGUGGGAUUUACAAUGCAAAAUGCAGGGAAUAGGUGCUAAUGUAAUGGUGAGUCAGAUGGGAGAGGCAAGGUCAUGUAGCCUUGUCGAUAUGGAAACAGCAAUACUGAUUGCAUACGUCAAGUGACGGUAUAGCAGCUCAGUGAGGACAGAAGAAAGGUGAUGCUAUUCUGAGAAAAAUAGGAUGAGGUAACAGAACCAGGAAAGAAGCCGGAAGUUUAAAAAUCAGCAUGAUGUGAUUCCAGGAUGGAACAGGUCAUGAGAUCACUUAUGAGAAAGGCUUUUGAGAACCAUGUUUUUCAAAAGGAUAUUUUGUUGAUGCAUAUUUGAAAUGAUGCAUUUGGUGGGCGGGUGGAAAGAAGAUUAAUGACAGGAAUUCUGCCAUUUGUUGUGUUCUCUAUGUCCCUGGUUAGCAAAGUGCAGUGUCUUAUUUUGCCUCAUCCACUUAGCUGGAAUAGGAGUAUCUAAAUUCUUUGCAGAAAUGGAUCGCCAAUGGAUUAUUGCCCUUCUAAAGGAUAUAAACAACUUAUGGACAUUUUAAAUCAACAGAGGGGAGAAAAAACCCUAGUGAGUUGUGUUUUGUCUUCUAAUGAAUGGCCAAGACUAUGGACUGCAUAUACAUUUAUUUAUUACUUUAUUACAUUAGCACCCCAGCUUUCCUUCAAGGAGCUCAAGGAAGUCUACUUCCCUCCCCAUUUUACCAUAACAACCCUGUGGGAUAGGUUAGGCAGAGAGUUUGUGAUCAGCCCAAGGUCUUCCAGUGAGCUCCACGGCCAACUGGAGAUUUGAAUCUGGACCUGCUUAGUUCUAUCCAAUACUCUAACCACUACAUCACACUUCGCCAUUUUCAAUUAUUCCUUUAUCAGCUUUUAUUCCUUUAUCACUGCAGUAUUUUAGGUUACAUUCAGGUUACAUUCAACAACAUGGUCAGGAACUUAGAGAACAAACUUCAUGAUUGAGCUGACUGCAGAUAUUAAUUCUUGCUUUCCCAAUCCUCUUGACUAAAGAAAGGGAUGGUGAAUCUGUUUCCCUCCAGAUGUUGUUAGACUCCAGCUCCCUUCAGCUGCAUCCAUCAUGGUCAGUGGCCAGGCAUGAUGGGGACUGCAGUCCAUCAACAUCUGGAGGGCCACAAGUUCCCUAUUCCUGGCUUUAAAAAUAUGGCCAUGUCAAAACUGACAGGCAACAUAUUAGGCACAAUGAUGUCAAGAUUGGCAAAUUGCCUGAUGUACAAAUAAAUAAAAGACAAACCAUGGUCAUUGCUAAAAUGUUGGACUACAAAUCUAAUGUGAGAGCCUUUCCUGAAGUUGGCAAAUAAGACGUAUAGCAAAAAUUCAUUAUAGGGCUGUCAUGUCCAAAUACAAAAUUAUGCCACUAAUUCUGUAGAUUUCAUCAUUCUGUUUAUUGAGACAUAUAUCUGUCAUUACCUGAGAGUCCAGGAUUGGGAAAGACACUGAGUCAGAGGCUAUAGUGUUACCAAAUAAGGAAUCAAACUGACUUCCUGGCUCUAAGCCUGGUGUUGUUGAUGAGGGAACCACUGAAUCUGAAGCUGGCAGGCAGGAGGCCAGUGAACCAGAUGCCACAGCACCAGAGUCUGUGGAACUGCCAGAAUCCUCUCAGUCACCGUCCCCUGAGCCUGAAGAACAGUGCCACCCACGGUAUUUUUCUAGUCCAUUGUCAUUGGGAGCCCAGGAGGCUAUUAAGGCUUGGGUGUUGCCACUUACAGAGACUCUAUGCCUCCAGAGGGGACAGAGGCUAGGAGAGGUAGAUUUGGACUAGAGACUCCAAAAGGCCUCAGUUCACUUCCAGUCCUUUUUGGAGCAAGUUGCUCAGUAGGAACUCUCCAUGGUGCUGCAGCAAGUAACCUGCCUUGCCCCAUGGUCUUCUGUGCAGGACCAGAGCAAGCCAGUAGCUGUACCUUCAAAGCUCAGGGAGGUUAGCUGAAUGCUUUUACACCUGUUCGCUGGAUCUUCAACAAAAAUGCUUUUGUGUGACUGCAAGCUCUGUUUUGCCACUGUGAACUCCUAAGAAGAAAAUGUACAUGAAACUUUUGCUCGUUCAGCAACUCUGCCACCCUAGGUGCCCAGCAUGGUUCUUUGCCAGCUGGGAACAAAAAGGGUUGGAAUUUUUCAUAGGAUGUGGUUUUCCAUUUUUGCUUCCUUCUAGUGUAAAUCUUUGACUGCUAAAUAUUACUUGCACAGAUAACCAAAUACUGUGAGCUGAAUGUAUUUAAAUUAUUCUUUGUUCACAUAUAGCUUGUUUUGAUGAUGAUGAUGAUGAUUUAAAUUCAUACCUUGCCCUUCCUCCCAAAGUAGCCCAAAACAGCAAAUACACAAAUGCAGAAAAAGUCUAAACAAUACUCAUUACUAGCAGUUUUUGAAUGAUUUGAAUCUUUUUCUGAUAUACCUCUUGAUUUUUCAAGCUUUGCAAAUCUUCUCAUAGGUGUGUAGCAAACAAAACAAUUUAAGAGCUCAGCAAGAUGACUGAGCGGGUGGCACACCUGGAGGAUGUGGACCAUGUGGAUCCCUUCCAAAUGGGAUUCAGGCCUCAUCAUUGGACUGAAACUGCUUUGGUUGAUGAUCUCCAGCAGGCUAGGGGCAGAGGUGAAAGCUGUUUCCUAGUUCUAUUGGACCGGUCAGCAGCCUUUUAUACCACCAACCAUGACAUCCUUCUGGACCGUCUAGAGCAGGCAUAGGCAAACUUGGCCCACCAGAUGUUUUGGGACUACAACUCCCAUCAUCCCUAGCUAACAGGACCAGUGGUCAGGGAUGAUGGGAGUUGUAGUCCCAAAACAUCUGGUGGGCCAAGUUUGCCUCUGCCUGGUCUAGAGGAGCUGGGAGCAGUGCGCUCUAUAUGGGGCUACCUUUGAAGAUGACUCGGAAACUACAACUAAUUCAGAAUGUGGCAGCUAGACUGGUGACUGGGAAUGGCCACCAGGACCAUAUAUAUAUAUAUAUAUAUAUAUAUAUAUAUAUAUAUAUAAAUAAUAUUUAUUAGUGGUUUCAGAAUUAUAAGAAAAAAAAGAAACAUUAAAAAAACAACACUAUAAUACAUAAAAAGAAAAGAAAAAACACAAAAACCAAUACAACAAUACAACAAAAAGAUAAAAAGAAAAAAGAAAAAAGAAAACAACACAGAUCCCAAAUUACAUAUCUAAAACUUCCAUUUGCUUGUUUCAUUGACUUCCUCACACCUCCCUUUUUGUAUUCUAGUUUAAUUAGUUAUUUCAGCAAAUUCUUUCCAUCUUUCUCAAUUUUUGUUAAAAAAUUUAUCCUAACCUAAUUUAACCUAAUAAUUAGCUCAACAAAUCCUUUCCAUCUUUCCCCAUAUUCUAUUAUUCAAAUUACCUUAAUUUAUUUAACCUUAUCUUACCCUAAAAUACCUUAAAGCUUGAAUCUUAGUUAUCAAAUAUACAUUACUCCUGAUAUCAUUUCUGCUAAAGUCAUAUAGUUUCAUUCCAACAUUUUCCCUAAUAUUCAUUAAUUUUUAGCCAAUUCCCUAAAUAGAAAGUUUUCUUUAUAAAUUUUCUUCCAAUCUUCAUCCAACGUCCCUUCUUCCUGGUCUCGGAUCGUGUCAGUCCUUACUGUCCAUUCCAUCUAGUCCAUCAACCUGGAAGCCUUAUGUCCGAGGCCCUUAAGUCUCUUCCAUGUCCCUUCUGCAAUUCUUCUUCUUCUUGUUUAUACUUGCCCUUUUCCUUGUCUUUUGUUGGUCUCUUUCUUAGUUUCUUUCCUUUCUCAUUGAGGAGUAGGCCUCGGGGGAUUCCAAGCCAAAAUUGUCUCCAUCUCCCUUCAUCAAGCCCGCCCAUUCCCCACAGUCCCACUCCCCACAGUCCUCGAUAUAGUCCAAAAGUAUUUAAAAGCAUAUUCCAAGGUCUCUCCAACGUUAGGAACCUCCUCAGCUCCAGACUCCCCCUGGCCCACUCCAACUUCAAUCUUCAAUGACAGCGGCUCAUGCUCCUGUAGGGCCUCGGGACUCUCCAUUUGUAUUAUUUGGGGUGCAACCGCAUCCUCCUCCAUUAUCUUCUGCACUUGCCCAGUCAGUACAGAUUCAUGAGUUGGUCCCUGAAUAAUUUCUGUAUCAAUAUUCCCUGUUUGCCCACAGUUAUUAACCGCAACAGUCAAAUCCAUUUUCUCAUUCAUCAAGUCCAUCUUCUCAUGCAUCUGUUCCAGCAAGGCACUUGUCUUGCAUAAGGCAAGCACCCAGUCUUCCUUCCAGCUCAUCUUUAGUCAAGGUCAGAAAAGCCUGUUCCCACGGUCUUAAUCUCACAUCUGUUGAGCCCUCAAAUGUACUGCAGCAACAAUUUGACAAGCUCCCUCUAGAGGAGGCAAUUUCUAUUUGUAUCCAUUUUUUUUAGGCAAGUCCAACAAAGGAAAAUUACUUUCGUUUUUCAGAUAUUUUUCAGAUAUUUUGUUUCUUUAAGAUGCAAAGGCAACAUUGGAAUCAGCUUGUUUCUCUUCUUUAGCUAUCUGUCAAAAUAUUCCAUUCACAGUCAAUGAACCUCUCCAACAAUUUCUGUCUCUGACACCCCGUUCCCAGGUUAGAGACGGUGGAAACUUAUCCUUCUUCACUCCCUCUCCUGCUAGGGUUGAACAAAGUUCCCCCCCCCCUUUUCUCCUGCUUCCAAGGGGGUUUCAGUAAUUCUAAAUGAAGGAAAUUUAGACUUUUUUUUGACAGCUUUCCAGGCUUUAGCUUACAAAGUUUUUGCUUUAGUCUAUAUACAAAAAGCGGAAGGCGGACUUCCUGUUUUGAACCUUCCCGCUUCGAUACCAAAUUAAGAAAUUUCUUGAUCCAAUUUUCCGUUUCUACUCACGGGUACUUGUUUUAAAUCCAAUUGUCCACAGGAAAAAGUCAGCGCUCUCCGGCAAUGGCUAUGCGGCUUCACUCCGUGAAAGUAGCAGUCAGUUCGCAGCACCGCGCUUCUCACCCCACUUCGCUCCGGAGCCCCUAAAUGGGAUUCCCUGCGAGUAGGGGGGCGCUCCUGGUGCCCUGCCGAACCCCACGUUCCCAGGCUUCCUCUGCCUGGGAUUUCUAGCGGGUCCCCACCUUCGCCGCGGCGGGAAGACCCAGUUUCCACGGAGCCCGUUCCUCCAGACGGAGGAGCUCCGCCAUUCACCGAUGGCGCUGACCCGGAAGUCCUGCCGCCAGGACCAUAUAACACUGGUCCUUAAGGUUCUUCACUGGCUCCCAGUACGUUUCCAAGCACAAUUCAAAGUGUUGGUGCUGACCUUUAAAGCCCUAAAUGGCCUUGGCCCAGUGUACCUGAAGAAGCGUCUCCACCCGCAUCACUCAGCCCAGACACUGAGGUCCUCCUCUGAGAGUCUUCUGAUAGUUCCCUCACUGUGAGAAGUGAAGUUACAAGGAACCAGGCAGAGGGGCUGCUCAGUAGUGGCCCCCUUCUUGUGGAAUGCCCUCCCUUCAGAUGUCAAGGAAAUAAAUAACUAUCUGACUUUUAGAAGACCUCUGAAUGCAACUCUGUUUGGCGAAGUUUUUAAUGUUUGAUGUUUUUAGAAAUGUUGCAAGCUGCCCAGAGUGGACAGGGAAUAAAAAUCAUCAUCAUCAUCAUCAUCAUCAUCAUCAUUAUGGCUGAACAAAAUAUGGCAAUAUGCAGGUUUCAAACAGUACAGCACAUGCCUCUGGAUGCUUACUGAUAGGUAAAUGGGGCUAAUUGCCUUCAAAAAUGACAUACAAUUGCAGUCUAAGUUAUAAAGUGUAAGUAGCUUAUACAAUGAUACACAAACAUUGGUGUGCAGUUUCUCAGAAAGUGGGUGAAGUCUCUCCUACCUUCUCAGCCCCCUUAACUUUGAGAAGGGGCAAGGCAUAACUGGUAGCAAAGAUAGCUCACAAAAGACAGACGAGCCCUUGCCAGUCACAUACAAUAUUUACUGCAAAUUAUUUCCCCAGGAACACCAUUUGUCAUUUCCUAUGUGCCCAUUUCCUGUUUGGGAGCAUGGGAUUUUCAUUUCCCCCUGCCUCCCGAAUUGAAUGAUCAUGCCCAGAGCAUAAAGACUUGGGAAGCUUUUGUUAAGUGUCCUGCCUAUAUGGUUCCCUAAUAAUUUGUUUGAUUAUAAAACCAACUGUAGCAAACAAGGCAUGAAUCUCCUCUUGCUUUUAAUGCAUUUUGUGAUCUUGUAAUUUUGUUAGUAGAGCAGCUGCUCUUGCAGAUGUGCAUCCCAUACAUGUAAAAACAUCCCUAGAUUGGGGCACAUAUUUCUGGCUUCCCUCUGUAAUUCAUUUAAUAUUUUUUUACUUCUGAACGACUGUGCCUCAUAUGCAAGAUUUGUUCCCUAUCCCCAAAACAGUCCUGGCAACUUUGACAUGCCAACUAAUUUGGAAAACUUAACCAAGCAUUUGAGACUCGGUAGAACUUGAAUAAUGGCUGGGGAUGAUUGAGUUUGAUUAAUACACGCACAGCAGCAUUCAAGUGACAAUCACACACUUGGUUUAAUUGCAUGGUUUGAGACUUAUAAAAUCUCAUUAGGUUUGCUCAGCUGCUGUGUCACUACGGGGUUGAUUCCGAACUCCAGCACACAGUAGGCCUCAUUCAUUCUGAUCCUGUAGAAAAGGUAUUUAUACCUUCAAGUGCAUUGUGCUAUAUUAUGAUCACAGAUACAAUCCAUUAAGAAGAAAGCCCCAUGAAAUGUCAAAGGAAUGAUGUUUUCGAGUGAAUAUAGUGCAGUGUGUGUUUCGAAGAACCAUAUUAUUCUUUAUUUCAGGAUAACAGUGCAACUGCAUAUAGAUGAACCCACUAGAGGGCAAUAACACUGCUAAUCUCAUUGAUGUUUCUGCCUCACUCUUUUACUGUAAAAGUAACACAAACAAAGCCAGCUCUUUUCCUAGUUGGGAGUUUGUUUGAUUUUUAAGAUUUUAUGAAUCCAGCACCUGGAAGCACCCAAGGCAACUUAACGUCAUUAAAGCGAAAGAGAUUAAUAUUAGCUUUAGAAUACAGUAAAAUUAAAAUGGAUAUAAAAAUCUCACAAGGAGCUCAGGAACUGCACCUGACAUAAUGCCAAGUCUUCCAGUAUUUUUGGCUCUACGGUACGCAGCUGAAACAAACACAGCUGAAACAAGCAACCUAUGGACAGCAAGGCUUGGGAACCACCUACAUUUCAGCUCAGAACAGCACAGAAACUGAUUGAUUGGAUUUCUAGUGUGUCCAUCGCACAAUACUAGGCUGGGUCACAUAAUAGCAGACAACAGAGGAGACCCAGUGGCAAAAAAGGGUUGUGUGCAUGGGGAUGGUAAGUAGUAGGACUGUUUGUUUGUUUGCUUGUUUGUUUGUGUGCUUGUUUACAAGGUGAAGAACCUCUGGCCCAUCAGACUAUGCUGGGCAAAGCACACCCACCUGCCAGGCACUGGGCAUAAUAUGACAUCAGACAAAGAGAUCUUUUAUCUCUGAUAUAAGCACCAAGUACUAAGAUCAGAGAUAAUGUAUUUCUGAUCUUAGUGCCAAGCAACACAAGCACCAUUCCUGAAAGCAAAAGCUUACCUCUGGUCUUAGUGCUAUGGGAUGAUGUUGAUGAUUUAUUAGUCACUUUUCCCCUAGAAAUUUGAAACCAGAAUGACUUUAGAAACAAGCAAAAAGAAAGAAAGAAUUGCUCACUAUCAAUUAAAAAGAGCAGAUUAUGUGGUGGUGCCCAGAAUCUGGUGUGAUGUGUUGUUGAACUGAUUGGAAACAAUGACUACAGCAGGCAUAGGCAAACUCGGCCCUCCACAUGUUUUGGGACCACAACUCCCAUCAUCCCUAGCUAACAGGACCAGUGGUCAGGGAUGAUGGGAGUUGUAGUCCCAAAACAUCUGGAGGGCCGAGUUUGCCUAUGCCUGGACUACAGCCCUAUCAAACUCAACAGAUUUGUAAGUGGACAAUUGCUAUGAAGGUUGAAAACUUCAAAAAAAAAUGAAACUAAGAACAUAAGAAGAACCCUGUUGGAUGGGUAUCCAGUCUAGAAUCCUGAUGUCACAGUGGCCAAGUAGAUGCAAAGAAGGUGGCAAAGAGGGAACACCUUUCUGUUACAUUGGGAACUAAGCUGAUGCUCUUGUUCUCCAGUCCAGUUAGCUGAAGUUGUGUAGCUGGGGAAGAAUGUGAAUGGGGAUGGACAGCUGGAGGUAUAUGCUGCAGGAAGCAAGAAACUGAAAAAUGGAUGAAUGGUAUUGACAUCCAAUUGUACAUGCAAUUGUGACUAUUCUCCAUCCACAUGGCAUUAUUUCCUAGUGCCAGAUUACCAAAUAAGAGUAGGCACCGUCCUAUGGGCCCCACACCUUUUAGGGACCCCAUGACAACAGAUCAAAAUAAUAUUGAUUUGGUAAAAUAAAAAACAUAUUAGGGGAUAAUUUGCAAGGGCCCCCCUAGGCAGUUGCCUAGGGGCGUCCACAAGGUUUAAUCUGGCACUGUUGCUUCCAGUGGGAUCUCUAUUUUGAUGUGCACUUGAAUAUAUUUUUCUGCCACUAUUCUGUGACCACCUGCAGUUCAUGCUGGUAAGCAGAAAGUAUGAGUAAAUUUGGGGAAAAGAAAGCUCUGAGUGGGUUUUCAGAUCCUUCAGUCUUAUGGCUCUAAUGGAGUACCCACACCUUUAAUUGUUGUGUAGAAGAGGGAAUUUCAGUAGGUGCAGCCUGUUGAGAAGUCUCCCCCUGGUCACUUGCUUAAUUUAGUGAGAUGGGGACAAAAGGGUGAGCUUCUGGGAAAUGAUGUUGGGCCCCAGGCAUCUAGUACUGGAUGUUGCCACAAGGACCUAAUGGUUUCCAGCAUCUUUUGGAUGUUUCUGCCACCAAAUUUGGAAAAGGAGGAGCUCAUGAGAGGGUCUCAGGCUUCUGAGUUGAAAUGUAUCCAGGAUGUAAACUACAAGAAGCUGAUGUCCAAACACAUUUCCCUUUUGUGAUCCCAUCAGUAUCUUUCAGGAUGGAUGGAUGGAUGGAAGGCCUUCCUUUACAAUAAAUAUUUACAAAAUCUUUACAUUGGCCCUCCCUUGUAAUAAAUCUUUACAGAUUUUUGAGAGAUCAUGUAAUUAGGGCUUAAUUUAACCGCAACAUAAAAUUGUGUUGGGACUAUAUUCUUGCACUCCAAUUAUUUAAAGGAAUAGAGUGUUGAACAUUAUGGUGAUGUGUCACUUAUCAGUGAAUCUGAUGAUUUGCUUCAGGAGCUGGAAAGAUGAGAAGUUAAAUGAUGUCCUAAUUUGGAUGGUGCCCAAAUUCUAUCCUGAACAGCAUAUCAUAACAAACAGAACAGCUGGACAGGAAGAGGCUGCAUUUGUAACACUAUAUGUUGCCAGUGUAUUAGGGAAAAAAGACAGUUGAAAUAAAUAUCUGAAAGAAUAUGUAAUUCAUUGUUUGUGAGACCAGGCGGGGGGAGGGAGCAAUUAGUUUAGGAAUGAAGAAUCUCGUAUAAAUGAGUUUGUUCAAAAGCUCAUUGCAGUCAAGGAAGCAUCACAAUUCUGACGAAUUAAGGCAUAAUUUGUCCUGGGUGUUAAGCCUCAUAUUUUGUAGUAAAUAAUAUGUCAGAACUACAAGCACUAGUAGUUUGUGGUGUUUACUUGUUCCUAGGUAAAUGCACACCAUCUUGCCAUCUGAAAUCAUUUAUAACAUACAAGGGUUGUUCAUGUCAGGAUUACUUGUACAGGAAACAUACCAGGCAGGUUAUGAUAGGCUCUGUACCCAGUAUUCAGAACAAAGAAAAAUGUAUUUAGACAGACAAAAGUCCUAGUCAGACAUUAAAAGGACACAUGGGAGAAUAAAGGGUAUUUUUUUUCUUGGGGUGGGGUGAACAUGCACCAAUAAUCCUAAUUUCCUGUCUCUUCUGGCUCCAUGCCUGACCAUAUUCAGUGGGCCACUCUGAAGGAAGGUUCUUGGUAUGUUUGGCUGCUGAGCUGAACACACUUAAAAUCUUCCCCACUUCCCCAAUUUCACAGGGGUCCAGAUUGUGGGAAGGUUUCUAAGCACUCAGCACACUCAGCUGAAAGUGAAAAGAAAUUCAGUUCAGACUUUUGGUACAUGAAUCCUGCCCUGACCAGCUUGGUACGAGAUGGUAGGAGAUGAUGCUUGUAAGAUCUCCAAAUAAAAGGAUUGGCUGUUGUGUUCAAACUUCUAGGGCCCUGGAAUUCUUUAGGGUUGUUGUUCCUUAUUUUUAAAAAGACUGAUCAGCAGCACUGAACAUCAGCAUAUAAAACCCAUAAUAUGAAAAAUCUGCCAUUGCCUGAAGUGAGGUGACCGGAAUCCAGACAUGAAAUGUAAAUUUUGGAAAAAAUAACUUGUAAGGCUCUUUGGAAUCUUACCAUUUCUGGGUUCAUUUUCCCUAUGACAAAAUGUGCUUUUAGAGUUGCUUCUAACUGAAUUCUCUCUGCUAUUCUAAAUUCCAAACUCUGAACUUUGGGAAUAUUUUUCUGCUGUAAGAAAACAAACAACUACAUAAAGCAUAUUUGUGUGUGGUCUCACCAGCUGUGGCACCUCCACACAGUCACAUAUCAGAAGCGAUGUCCAGAAGAAAUGUCUUUGCAAGUGCAAAGUUCAUUCAUACAAUGCAGCCUUGCAACCCGCUUGCUCCCCCAACCUAGAACAGCUAGACCUCAGUUGGGAAGGAUGCUGUCAAGACAUCAAAAAAUAUCCUCUGAUAUUAGGGAUGGAAGAGAAAUUCACUUCAGUUGUCAUCUCAAUGUAGCGCUGCCAUAUUUCAAACACAUAAAAUCUGGACAUACAAGUUGUAGAGCUUUUUUGGGAAAAGUUGUUGAGCUAUUUUAAAGGGAAAUCACAGUUCUUCAUUUCCUCCCACGCCCCCCAAAAGUGUGCAAAAUUUACAUAUUUACAUAUUAGGGGAAGGUGUGCAUAAAAAUCCAUAGACUGGGGAAAAUAACAUCUUCUUGUAUCUUAUUAAGCUGAAGUGCUUCCAAAAAUGAGUACAUUUGCAGACAAAAUGGUGAAUAUUAGGAGAAAUCCUCCACACAAUGCUGGCAUUUUGUAAAAAAUGUUUCUAAAAGAUUCACAAGCUGAUGCAGAACUGAAUUUAAGAUUAGGAAAAGGUAAACUGAGAGAAGCCAGAGUUGCCAUGUCUAUCUCCAUCUUUAACUGAUGUAAUUGAACCAUGAUUCACAGUGUUUGCUUUUAAAGUAGUUAUAAUAUCCAUGCUCUAAUAAUAUGCUCUUCAUGCUGGUUCAACUCUUCCCUUGCAAUUGAAGCUUGUCAAGUCAAGCAUGCACCCAGCUCUCACUGAUUCAUUGCACACUGACCCAGCAACCACAGAUAACAGUAACAUUUCCAGCCAAUUAGAACUUGAGACGCAUGAGAGUGGUGACCUUGGGUCAAAAGGUUCUGUAUCCUGUUACUAUCCUUUAGGUGCACUUUUACUCAGGGUGCAAAAUACGUAAUGUAUAGUGAAGUGUUGUGCUUUCAAUUAGAGUGCAGUAUAAAUGAAAAGAAGAGACCCCUUAAAUCAGGCAUCCCCAAACUCACCCUCCAGAUGUUUUGGGACUACAAUUCCCAUCAUCCCUGACCACUGGUCCUGUUAGCUAGGGAUGUUGGGAGUUGUAGUCCCAAAACAUCUGGAGGGCCGAGUUUGGGGAUGCCUGCCUUAAAUGUUUCAGUAAUUGUGUUUUCAAGUUUUCAAUACCUCACUUAUAAAAGCAGUCAUAAAUGCUCAUGGCGAGAGUGCAAAUUCAUCAGCAUAGUUUUGGAUUCUGCCCUACGGAUAAAUAACAGUGAUGCAUAAGACUGGCGUUCAGGCAUUUCUUCCUAAAAACUGACAGCCCAGGCCUAAAUACAUUUAUUUCUCAGGCUUGCUGUUGGUAAGAAUAGGAAAUGAUUCAUGAAGAACCUUCUCCUUAAUCCCCACUGAGAUGGCCAAACUGCCCAUUCGAGUGAUUUGGGUUCUCGUGAAAGCCUUUCAUGGCUAUUUCGUAUGUGGCACUUUUCUUGCAUUCCUGUGCGGUGUUACAGUGGUACCUCGGGUUAAGUACUUAAUUCGUUCCAGAGGUCCGUUCUUAACCUGAAACUGUUCUUAACCUGAAGCACCACUUUAGCUAAUGGGGCCUCCCGCUGCCGCUGCGCUGCCGCUGCACGAUUUCUGUUCUCAUCCUGAAGCAAAGUUCUUAACCCGAGGUAAUAUUUCUGGGUUAGCAGAGUCUGUAACCUGAAGUGUAUGUAACCUGAAGCAUAUGUAACCCAAGGUACCACUGUAUUUGAAAAGAUCUGGGUGAUGCUCUUGAAAUAGCAGCAGAGGACAAUGGGACACCAAAGGUUCUGUAGUGUGUUGCCACCACUAACCUACAACCCCCUAUGUUCAACUUUACCCAAUCCCAACUACCUAUGCCUCCACAAGCAAUGGGGGAAUUGUGAGUUAAAUUGGUUCCAUAUGCCUGGAGAGAAUAUAUAUAACGAUAUUGUUCCAAAAAUUAUUUCAUAUUAGCAGCACUAAGCUGUAGUUAUUAAACAUAGCAUUUGAAUGAAAGACUGGAGAGAAAAGGUGUCUCGGCUUUGCAUUUAGGUUAUAUAUCAUAUGAUGAUCUGUCUCUAAAUUUGCCUUUAAACUCAAUUUGUUUAGUUCUCCAGAGACUGAAAUUGGCCCAGUGAAGUUAACAAAUGGAUGGCAGUGAAGUGAAGUCUAGAAUAUCUCUGUAUAUUGUUCUGGCUUGCUGACUUUAGUUCCGCUCCUGGCUUCAAGGAGUCUACCUCUUUGUAUGAUUCCUUGUUCAAAGGCUGGAAAUACAAGUGUAUUUGAUUCCCAGCCAUGUCUUCCAUAUUCAUGAUAUCCCAGAGUAGUCAGGGAGUAUCUAAAGGUGGCAAUUAUUUAUAUGGGGGAAAGCAGAGAAAUGACAUAGGUUAGCUGGAGCUGUUCUUAGGCAGACGAAACACUCGUUUCCCUACAGUAUCUGUUUAGUUGGGUGAAACAAGAGUAUCUGGAAGCAUAUAAAACAGUUAGGGUUAUGAGCAACCUUGGAUGGAAAAGACAAGAGCACUCAACUAAUGCUAAAGGUUGUAUAAUGGAAAUGGCACUACAUUGUGCAGGAUUCACAGCUAAGCAGGUUCAGGGUCAUCUCACACAUAACAGAGACUCAAAUCAAGCUUUCCGUUGAUUGGACAGUCACUGUACAUGUGCCUGCUGCUAAUCACAGCUCCUAGAUUAGCAUUCCUGUAUUACACAUGUGGAAGAACAAUUGUCCCAUUUACACUUUACAUUUCUUGGUGUUGUUGUUGUUUAGUCGUUUAGUCGUGUCCGACUCUUCGUGACCCCAUGGACCAGAGCACGCCAGGCAUUCCUGUCUUCCACUGCCUCCCGCAGUUUGGUCAGACUCAUGUUAGUAGCUUCGAGAACACUGUCCAACCAUCUCGUCCUCUGUCGUCCCCUUCUCCUUGUGCCCUCCAUCUUUCCCAACAUCAGAGUCUUUUCCAGGGAGUCUUCUCUUCUCAUGAGGUGGCCAAAGUAUUGGAGCCUCAGCUUCAGGAUCUGUCCUUCCAGUGAGCACUCAGGGCUGAUUUCCUUAAGAAUGGAUACGUUUGAUCUUUUUGUAGUCCAUGGGACUCUCAAGAGUCUCCUCCAGCACCAUAAUUCAAAAGCAUCAAUUCUUCGGCAAUCUGCCUUCUUUAUGGUCCAGCUCUCACUUCCAUAUUUCUUGCUGUACACUGUCUUAAAACAUCUCUGGGUAUCCUUUUUUGAAAUAGUUGUCACAGCAGCCACGAAAUUAAAAGACGCCUGCUUCUUGGGAGAAGGGCAAUGACAGGCCUAGACAUCAUCUUGAGAAGUAGAGACGUCACCUUGCCAACAAAGGUUCGUAUAGUUAAAGCUAUGGUUUUCCCAGUAGUGAUGUAUGGAAGUGAGAGCUGGACCAUAAAGAAGUGUCCUCCAGAUAUUUUGGACUCCAACUUCCAUCAACUCCAUGUAGCAUGGACCAAUGGUUAGGGAUGAUGGGAGUUGCAGUUCAGCAACACCUGGAAGGACCAUAUUGGCUACCCAUAUGUUUGUGUUUCAUUCCUUGUAUUUUAAUACAUUUCUUAUUGUAUUGUGACUUUAAAUUGUCAUAAGCUGUCCCAAGGGGUGGUAGUAUGUGUAUAUGUGUGAAUGUGUGUGCACAUGUGCAUUGCAGGACAAAAUUUUUAUAUAAAUUGUGCAGUGCAACCCUAUGAAGGUUUUACCUAGAAGUAAUUCCCACAGCAUUCAAUGAGGCUUAUUUCCAAGCAAAUGUGGAUUGGUUUGCAACCUCAGAUCCCUUUCCUCCUUCCUCCAAGCAACCGAUCAGCAUUGUCAAAGCAAAUUGCACAUAGACCUGCAGAGCCGGCUUUCAUGAACAAUCAUUUGGCUAUCAAGCCCCUAAUAUCCUUGGCUUGCUGACUCUGGAGUUCAGCCAGGAUACAGUUUUGUACUAUUUCUGACUUUCCCCUUGCAGCUGAAAAACACACUCAGCAGCAACGCUAGGAGGUUUCACUUUAAAUUUAAUUUAUAUGGUGAGGAUUUAAGCUGGCUUUUACUCUUAUCUCCACCUCCUGGCUCCCAAGGAGGAACUUCAAUAGGAUAAACAGAGAGGCAGAAACUUAAUGGGAAAUAGACAGCAUGGAUUUAGAAGGGCAAUAUCAUCCUUAACCUUCUUGACUCUCUCAAAGAGGUUACAGCAAAGGGUGGCUGUGGCCGUGCAUAUUUCAUCGUUUAUCAGUAUUUUCAGGAAUCUUUUACUCAAAAUGGCAUGAGCUGUGCCUCCUGCAGUAAAAAGGCACCAUAAAGGAUACCAAAGGAAUGUAUAGGGAAGGACAUUUUAAUAUUGCAGCACCAGUAAUGUAUUUCACUGAACCUUAUGUGGGUGUUCCUGAUAGUUUGCAAUAAUAAACAUGCUGUUCAAAGCAUAUGCACCCAUUUUUAACAGUCCACUGGAUAUUUACCAGACAUCCAAUGGUCUGCAUACUUGGAAAAAUGGCUGCGGAUGCUUUGGGCUGUGAGGUUAUUUUUUAUAAUAGAAAAUCCAGAAAAAUAAUAUUUCAACAGUUUGCUUAGUGGUGUAUACUGUACAUAAGACCAAGAGAGAACUCUGCAGAUGUGAAUGAAGUCUGUGGCCAGAUUAGAUCUAGCUCAUUUAUUAGCCAAGUGAUAAUGAAGCAGUGAUAAACAGGAGUGCUGUGCAUGUGCCCCAUGCUCCAAUUUGGUGCCUCAAUCUAACCUGGGAUGACCCACACUUGAUUCAGACUCUGAACCAAGUCAGGUUUCUUGCACAGCCCUAGGCUCAAUAAGGAUCGUAAAGCCUAAUUAAACAUGGGACUCACUGGGGAAGAGAAUUGGGAGGAGGAAGGGGGAUGUAGGCUGAGAAAUGCCUGCAUUUCCUUCUGUUCCCUGCUCAGCUACAUGUUUAAUCUGGGUUUGAAACCUGAGUAAAAUAUGUGGUUGGCACCAAGGAGAAGAGUGGAAAGGGCACAUGUCUCAAUCUUCCUGUUAGGAUAGUUCCAUUCCACCUUAAAGGGUCAGGCAUGAUUGUUGUGUAUCACAUGCCUGUUUACUUCCAGUUCUCGCUGGGAACUUCCGUUUGUAUAUAGCUUUUGUUUUCUGGCUGUUUUCCUGGACACGGAGGCAAGGAGUCAUGUUUUUCCUUUGUUCUGAACUACGUUGAAUAAAGCUGUAAUUAUGCUCUCCUGUCAGCAUCUUUCGUUGUGGAGACUCUGCUGAAAGGGUGUGCACGGGUCUUGGAAUGUCUCUGAGGCUCGUGUCGCUAAUUGACUGAUGCUGUUCCACGGGAGACCGGUGAUCAUCCGGAGACGACUGGUAGCCUGCCUGAUGCCUCCGUCUCCCUGGCAGUAUCCCAACACUUCCCCCUCUCCUUUCUGUCAGCCAUACUUAGAGGGGUGUGGAAACCAGUCUACCGUACAAAAGUAAGAGUCAUGCUAUUUGCUCUGUACAUUAUUUCCUCUGACCCCACCCACAAAUGACAUGUGGCCCCCAGACUAUUGCCUAGAAAGGAGCGUGGCCCCCAGACUGAAAAAGGUUCCCCACCCCUGCUGAAGUACAUUUAAUCUCUGCCCAAAAUAUGCCAGUCCUAAAGAUCUUGAUUUGAUCUUGGUUGCUUCGUGCUGCCGUUGACCCAAUUCAGCCUCUGCAUCUGCAACUGAAGAAUAAAGGAAGAGAAUGAAAUGCAGACAUUUAUUGCCACGAGGCAAACACAUGGCGAGACUGAGUUCAUCCCAGAUCUACUUUGAGACCUAGUGAGCAACGGAAUUGAACAUGAACUUAACGCUGAGUUUCUGUGACUCAGUUGACUUAUUGCAAGUCACGGUGAAAGUCACAGGAUGUUUGCAGCACAGUCGGAUAAACUCCUGAAAUUGAUUGGACAAAGAUCGAGCAUUUGAAGAGAGCAGAAAGAAUGUGCCAAACCCUUUCUUCAUAUCUAUAUGGGGGCUUCUGUAAUUGGCUGCAGUUAGACUCUUCUUCUUUGUCCUUAUUUGGCAUGGUAUAGGAUCAAGGUGAGAACCAUUGACUUCAGUGGGAAUAAGAACACAAGAAGAUGCUGCUGGAUUAGCCAAUGGCCCAUCUAGUUCAGCAUCUCACAGUGACCAACCAAAUCCUGUGGGACACCUGUGGACAGGCCCUGAGCACAACACUCUGCCCACCUGUGAUUCCCAGCAGCUGACAUUCAGAGGCAUGCUGCCUCGAUUGGAGGCAGAACAUAUUUUAACCCAUGCCACAUUUUUAUAUGAGUACAGUGGUACCUCGGGUUACAGACGCUUCAGGUUACAGACUCUGCUAACCCAGAAAUAGUACCUCAGGUUAAGAACUUUGCUUCAGGAUGAGAACAGAAAUUGGGUGGCAGUGGGAGGCCCCUUUAGCUAAAGUGGUGCUUCAGGUUAAGAACAGUUUCAGGUUAAGAAUGGACCUCCAGAACGAAUUAAGUUCUUAACCUGAGGUACCACUGUAAUGUUAUGCCACUUAGGUAGGAAUGAGCUCUGAUGGAGCGUAUAGUUACUCCCAAGCUUAGCAAUUUCUCAGCCACAUUUCUGCUCUGCCCAGGUAUUUUUCUAGACUCUAGACUUAGUGGUCAUAUGGAGGUAAUUUGUAUUACUUUUGGAUUUAAUGGUCUUACAGUAUUUCCCUUUAAUAGACAACAGUGUGCAUUAAAUGUGUAUUAUUCAAACUGGGAUGCCAACUCAGUUUUAUGCUGCCCCAAAGCCCAGCCCUGCCCUUGUCAGGGUCCACCAGUGGUAGCUUCCACUGGUUCAAAGUUACAUCUGUGCUGGUGUAGAUACUGUACGUCCGUGCAUUUUCAAGCAUAGCACAACAUAGGGGGACAUAGGAAUGAUCCCAUCCCUGCCCUGUGCACAUACAUAGCUUAGGAAUCUGACUGCACUGCUAGAAACUUUAGAAUGAUUCCCAAAGUGUUCCUUAGCAAUCUCCUACUUGUUAGAUAAUGCAAAAGAAUUGAAACAUGCCAGAAUCCUCAACAAGGCAAAGGAGCAGCCCCUGAAAUACCAAAGAGUUAAUGCUUGAUCAAACAAACCCUUUCUCCCUUUCAAAAGCCACAUUGCAAAACAAAAAUCCCAGUCUAUAUUCCAUUGUACAGCAAUAAAUAGAUUAGAGCUAUGUGCAUGUGAUGUUGUUUGUAGGCUGGACAUCAACAUAAUAGGCUUAGGAAGCAAGAGCCAGACCAGCAGUAGUUCCAGGAACACAGCGUGAGAUUGAUUGAAGUGAGCUUUGUACCAUCUGUAGUUAGGAUAUGCCCGAUUGAUUCAUGCAUCUGCAAAAAGGAGUAAUAAAUAUAAUGUUAGAAAUAAAGAAGUCUCCACAGGAAUGUUGAGAUGGAAGGCAUGUGUCUUGCUUGAGUGUUCAGGGGACUGAAAGGAAAGGAAAGCACUUGUAGGAAAAGAAAUGUAUCCUAUGCAGAUAAAUUAUGGGGGCAGAUUCUUGUGUUCUCUUUUAUGCACGGAUAUUGAUUACAUAUGCUGGGCUCUCUUAUAUCUUGCCUUCCAUUUUGUCUUUGUUGUGUCCCCAGUGAAGUGGUCAGGUGAAGCUUAGGUCUGCAUUUGGAUUGAGGUUAGAUGCCUUGUAGAAAGCCCUUAAAAAAGGUAAAGGACCCCUGACAGUUACCGGUAAGUCCAGUCGCAGACGACUCUGGGGUCGCUUUACAGGCCAAGGGCGUUUGUCUGCAGACAGUUUUUCCGGGUCAUGUGGCUAGCAUGACCAAGCCAUUUCUGGCACAACGGAACAUCAAAACAGCACACGGAAACACCGUUUAUCUUCCUGCCGGAGCGGUACCUAUUUAUCUACUUGCACUUUUUUUUGGUGUACUUUCGAACUGCUAGGUUGGCAGGAGCUGGGACCGAGCAACAGGAGCUCACCCCAUUGCUGGGAUUUGAACCGCUGACCUUCUGAUCGGCAAGCCCAAGAGGCUCAUUGGUAUAGACCACAGCGCCACCCGCGUCCCGCAAGAAAGCCCUUAACCCAACUUAAUAUUUUGUUGUUGUUUUUCAAAAUCAUCCAGUUAUUCAGAGCAUGUUUGGAUCAACUUCCUUUUAAAGGAAUGAUGGCUUUUAAGGUGGUCACGGGAAGGAGCUAGAGCUAAUGAAGGGAGCAAUCCACCAAUCUCUGCUGUGUGGGCGAAGGGUGGACCACACCCUUUGGAGUGAGGCCUUUCAGGGAGUGGUAGCUGGCAAAGGGUGGAGCCUUUGCUCCCUAUACACUGCUCAAAAACUCCCCCUUCCCCACCAUUGCAUUUAGGCUUGGGGUAGGGUGGGGAAGAUACAGUUUAUUCCUAUGCAACCUUUCUUCCCCCCCUGCCUAAUUGUCAUAGGAGGGAAGAGGAAGGGAAGGUGGGGGGGGAGAAGGAAGGGAAUGAAGAGAGGGAUGGGAAAAACAGGGAGGAAGAGAGAAAGGGAGGCAUCAUAGAGAUACAAGAAGAAAGCAGGGGGGAGAGAGAGAAGGGAAGGAGGCAGAGAAAGGGAGUGGCAGAACAGAAUUGGUUGUCCCUACACUACUAAUUUAUUUAUUUCACAAGAUUUAUAUACUGCUCGAUUGCAUAUAAAAUAUAUAUACAAAGAAAGCCGAAGUGAUUAACGAAAAUAAUGCAACGAUGAGAUUAUCAGAAAUAAUUCAAAAUAAUUAAAAUCAACAAUCGGCUAACCAACAACUCCAGAUCAAAAAACAUGCCAGCACUCUGCAUGUCUGAAUAGCCUUGAGUGAACCAAAAAUGCUUUUAGCAGGCACUGAAAAGAGUCCACUGACAGUGCCUGCCUGGUCACUUUCUAACAAAUGUGGGAUGAAUAUUAUGGGGCACCUGUGGCUUUGGCCCAUGUAUACAUGGUAUUGGUCCUGUUCACCCCGGUAUGCAUCCCCCACAAGAUUCCUGUUUUGGAAUACAUUUUUUAAAAAAGGUUCCCAGCCUCUGUCCUAACCCAGUUUGCAAUGUGAUUAUUUCUACAUGCUUUUAAUCAACUUUUAAAAAAAUUAUUGGGAAUUGCAGUUGGUAUCUUUUUAAACAGAGACAAUGUCAGGCCACUCACUUCCUACAUGUGAAAUAAUAAUAACUACUCAUUAAUGCAGAUGGAAUAUGCAGCUGCCUUGUUUUGCUAACAUCACACCCACAUUGUAAGGCUAUUAUGCAAUAAAAUGUGACUAAGGAAUAGCAAAAAGUUCUGAAAAAAUGGGAAGGGGAAAUGGAUUCCAUUAUCAUCUCCCACCAACCCAUUAAUCACUUUCCUCCUUUUUGGUAAUUUCUACAUUCCUUUGCAAGGGUAGAAAGUGAAUAAGAAGAGGUAGCAUGUUCUCUGUUGCUAAGGCAACCUGGCUGGCACUCCCUGGCACUCCCAUCCUCAAAAGAACCAUGUGACCCUGAUAGGACUCGAACUCACAACCUUUGAAUCACUUCACUACGCUAGAAAUCCAGUGUGCUAUCCAUUUUGCCACAGAGUCGCGCAAUGUAUAAUUUGGUUGGAGAAGCAUGCCACAAAAUUCAAAGAAGCGUGCAUCUUAAAGGACUGCCAUGUUUUGGUUCCCGUAUUGGUUUGGCCACCUCAUGAGAAGAGAAGACUCCCUGGAAAAGACCCUGAUGCUGGGAAAGAUGGAGGGCACAAGGAGAAGGGGAUGACAGAGGACAAGAUGGUUGGACAGUGUUCUCGAAGCUACCAGCAUGAGCUUGACCAAACUGCAGGAGGCAGUGGAAGACAGGAAUGCCUGGUGUGCUCUGGUCCAUGGGGUCACGAAGAGUCGGACAUGACUAAACGACUAAACAACAACCAAUUGGCUUGGGAAGUGUGCAUUUGUUAGGGUGAGCCAAGAAUAAUUUCUCCCCUGCCUUUUGAUGUAUCCAGUGCUUAUGCAAGCAUUUGGAAAGCUUGUAAAGCCAAUCUUCCUCUUCCUCUAGCCUUGCUUGCGCAAGCUUCCACAACCUGAUUUCGGUCAGUUCUCUGCUCCCAUUGCAUCACACUGCAACACAGCCCAAUAUUUUGGGGGGACUGGGCAGUGAGACGAAGAGAAAGAUGAAUUGUAUGGCCUGCCUUCUGCUCAUGCAACCAUGGGAUGCUACCCAUUCUUACUGCAAAAAAUAAAUACCCUCUCAACUUCACCACUAUAAUGAUAAUCUUUUUAUUGACUACCUGACUGCUGUUCAGGAGGGUGCUCUUAACCUAGCAACUUGAAAAUAAUUCUGCCACAUUCUUCUCUUGCCUUCUUUCAUUCAAUUUCUUAUGGCUUAAGAAGCUUGACAAAAGAUAAGUGUGCUUCCAUAUGACUCAGGCAUUAAUAUUCACUCCUACAGACAUGAUUAUCUCUGCCCAUGUAUGACUUUGGAGAAGCAUUUUUCAUUUCGACCAAUGCAAUUUAGGGGUCUCAUUUUCUAAAUUUCAUGGUUAAGUUCUUCCCUGAGCUGCAAGGGGAAAUUUGUAUUGUCUCUGAGGCUGAACUGGCUCACCAUCUAAACAAAGCAAAAAUGCAUUGUUAAUUGUUGGUUUAAUGCCCUUAAAUAUUUUUGAGAUAACAAUGAAGGCUCCCUUCAUCCCUGCUUCCAGCAAUGUGUCAAUCACUUCCACGAGGUAUGUGUCAGUUUGCAUUUCUUAGUGCAGAAAGUAUUGAUCUGAUGUGUGGGAAUCUUUCCUAUUCUAAUUAAUUCAAGAGGGUUCUGGAAGCUUCUCUCUGUGUGUGAAAGAAACAAGCAGAAGGUUUGUGAUGUUUGGGUUAUACCUUUAGAGAAGCUGAGUACAGCUGGUUUAAAUUGGUUCUGUUAUCUCUUCUUCAACGUCAUGCUGACUAUAAUAAUAGGCUAGAAGGAUCCUGGAUCUCUCUUUUUCUGUCUCUUUUUCCUUCUGGUGUGGUGUUCUGUAUACUGUAUAGUGUUAAGGUUUAGUCUUAUUAUAAGUUAUAGUAAAUUUAAGUUAAGUCUGCUGCAACUGGAUUUCUUAUGGACAGUGCCAAACCUGAAUCUAUUGGAUUUGUGACCAUUAUGCUCAUUUGCCUUCAGUAGCUGUAAAGCUCUGCUGCAUGAAAUAGAAUUGCCUCUGGUCUAUUUUGGAGGGAAUCGUGCAACGUGUUUAAGUUGUUACUCUGCUAACUAUACAUUGGAAACUACUUGGGAUCAAUAUUGAGUAGAAUUCCAUAACACCCCAUGCAGCAUGGGUGCAUAUCUGAAUUAUGGGUCUCUAUGGGUAGAUUUCCCACCUGCAUGGGUCUUUCCCACCUGAAGUAUGAAAGUGAAAGUGAAGAAAGCCCAGGUCACAGUAAGUGCUGAAGUCUCCAACUGGAUGGUUAAAAACCCUUUUCUUAUUUACACUGCCUAAGCAAAUAAGUUAGGCUAGUGUGUGGAUAUGUUUUGAAUAACAAUAUACUUCUAUAACAGUUUUCUUUUUAAUUCUAAAAAAGAAAAUACUUCCUUGGGGAUUCAUUAAUUAGAUCAUAAUCAGAUGAAAAUGUAACUGCAGAAGAUUUGUGGUUUUGUUUCCAUCUGCCCCCAGGAAUAUUCUAAUAUUUUAGAAUAAUGCUGUUCUGCUUUGUUAAAAUCCACAUACUGCAGUAACACUUUGCAAGAACUACAUCUAAUGCAGAAUAAUUUGAUUUGUCUACUGUGCUGUGAUUACCAUAUUAAGGGGGGAUUGCUCCAAAAUUUUGUGAAUAAUAGGAUAGGCACUGGGAAAUGAAUACAGCUAUUACAGUUUUUCUGGCGGCUGCUUCCUGGUAUCAGGACAGAGCUCAUGCAAGAUUUCCUUACACAAUGGGUCCCCUUCCAAACCCAUAAGGCUCUGAAUUUUUAGAGUGCAAGAAUUAGUCAAGAGGACUAUAAACUUGUCAUUUUCCUAUAAAGAAAUAUGUUGUUUUACCAGAGCAAAACAUGCCUACCCUGUAUUAUACAGUUUCUAAUUGUAGCAAAUUCAAAAUCAGUUUGGAGAGAGACCUCACAUUUCUUGAGCAUGACAUAAUUUAUUUUAAAAGAAAAACACCUUCGUAUCCUCCAGAUAAAUGGAACCACUCUUUUACUAGAUUAAUGGCUAUCUGUUUUGAUAAAAGCAAGAGCUCCUAGAUAACAUCUUACAAUUCUUAUUUUAUACUUUUUCUAUUUUCUCAUUUAUGACUCUCAAAAACAUUUCAGUUAUUAAUCUGCAACUAUCAUUUUAGGUGUAAAUGGUUCCAUUUUAUGAUGUAUGUUAUUCAGGGAAACGGUGACAAAUUGAUUCCCCCUUACCUCACACAUGAAAAAGCUUCCCUUAGUCAUCAGUCUAUGUGUCUUGAUUAACUAGGAAAAUAAUGAGCAGUGACAAGACUCAGCGCGCCACAUUUCAUUCUUAAAAAUCCCAGGUCAUAAGCCUUGACAGAGUAAAUGGCUGCGCUAUGAAUUAGAUAUGAGGAGCUUUAAGAGGUACAGACAUGAUAUCCACUGGACUCUGUUCUUUAGUCAGCACUCUCUAUAUUUCUUGCAGCAUGUUCUUUAAAUCUGUAUGAAAAGAUGGCUUCUUAUGUUGCUUCUUGUAACCAGGAACCUUUUUCUGAGUACAAAAUGCGUGUGGUGGGCAUGAUUCACUCAAAGCCAGACAUAUUUAUAUAGCACUGACUUCAGUACUUAAGCAAAGACUUAAUUCUCUCCUGCUGAAAUCACCGGGACUUAUAAAUGCUUCACAAGGGUGGUUUAUAUGCCCUAUAUAUUUUUCUUUUACAUACUGUUCUACUCCUUGUUUCCAUCCCAGAUAUUCUGGCCAAAAUUGAAGAUCCUGUGAACAUCCUAAAAAAAAAAAAUUACGUAGAGAUCUCCUACCAUUUUGCAAACAUUGAAAAUUAGUUUAUAUGACAUUGCGGUCAUAUGGGUAGCAAAUCACUUCAAAAUAUUAUUUUAUUUGGUGGCAUCUAUAAGCAAGCAAGACCUUUCCCCUGAUUUCCUUCAUCAUACCAUGUAAAUUGUGUUUUUAUACCUCAUUUAGAAUAUUAAAAUUGUGUCCAUCUCCAACAUUUCUCUGAUGAAAAUAGGGAUGUCCUAUUUAACAACAACAACAAUUUUAUUAUGUAUACCUCACCCAUCUGUCUGGGUUGCCCCCAAGCCACUGAGCAGCUUCCAACAUUUAUAAAAAAAUAUAAUAAAACAGUAAACAUUUAAAAAAUCUUCCCUAUACAGAGCUGCCUUCAGAUGUCUUUUAAAGGUUGUAUAAUUACUUAUCUCCUUGGCUUGGGGGUAACAUAACACCAUAUCCUCCAACAUUUAUCUGAUGAAAAUAGGAACAUCUUAAAGAAAAGCAGGGGAUUCCAGGAUCAAAAAAUCUGUGUCUGUCCCUGGAGAAUAGGGACACUUGGAGGGUCUGCAUCUCAUUCAUGCUUGAUUCUUUAUUUUCCGUUUGACUUUAUUAUCAAAAGCUUAUUGUGUUGAACUUUACAAUUCUUUGUUUUGAUGUUUGUUUUCUUCUUCAUGUGUAUUGCCUGGUUUCUGUUGUUCAAUAAAAUCAAAUGAAAUGAAAAAUAUUUGUAACGACACCAUGAAAAUAUCCUCUCUGUGUGGUGAUCUACUGCAGAUAGGAGGAGGAGGAGGAGGAGGAGGGGUUUGGAUGUGAUAUCCUGCUUUAUUACUACCCUAAGGAGUCUCAAAGCAGCUAGCAAUCUCCUUUCCCUUCCUCCCCCACAACAAACACUCUGUGAGGUGUGUGGGGCUGAGAGACAUCAGAGAAGUGUGACUGGCCCAAGGUCACCCAGCAGCUGCAUGUGGAGGAGUGGGGACACGAACCCGGUUCACCAGAUUGCAAGUCUACCGCUCUUAACCACUCCACCACAUUGGCUUGUCACAUGGCAGUCUAUUACAAACCCGGACCAGGAGUUAUCUUCACCUGCUAAACAGCAUCCUGAAAGGGAAUUGACCUCACUGGCAGCUGAUCAGCUUUCAGGGACAUGGAGGAGAAGGCUCUGAUGGAAACCAGUUGGCUUCAGCCUUCCAGCAGCAGUCAGAUGUUGGAAACAACACUUGUAGUUCCUGGCCCUACCUUGCUGCUUCCUGUUCAUCUUGACCCUUGAUCGUUUGAUUCCCUGACCCCUGGACCAUCCCACCACAUGGAAUUCUGUUCACCUGACCCUAGGGCUGGAGCUGAAUUUGGAUGCUGACUUUGCUCUAUGGGCAAGUGCAGCUCAGAGAUUAUUCUGGUUAACUGGUCUCCUACUCCACUGUGCUCUGCAUGUUGUUGCUCAGCAGCGAGACAACAACAGGUCAGGGAAGAUGGGAAUUGUAGUCCAACAUCAUGAGGAAGGCACCAUCUUGGCUACACACAGGACUUGUUUGAAGGGCAAGCCUACUUCAUUGCACGGACCGAUUCUGGAUGCUUCCAACUUACGAGAUGACUUAUAGUUCAGCAACACCUGGAGGGUCACACCUGUUCUGUGGACUAAUUGACAUACACACACCUGCAAUUCCACAUCUUACUUUAGAUAGAGCUGAAGCGGCGCUAAAGAGAAUGAAAACCCUCCCAGCUUAGCAUUUUCCAUAUGAUACCUAUUUUACUGAGACAGCUGUUGCAAUCUUAUUAGUCUCCACCAAUAGGCAGACAUAUUUUUCAAUUUCUAUUCAUUUCAUUUCCCAGAAAUCCAGGAUAUAGUUCAGGGGCUGCCAACCUGCCCCCCUCCAUAUGUUGCUGGACUGUAACUCCCAUCACCCUAACUGUUGGGCAUGCCACUUGGGGCUGAAGGAUGUUGUAGUCCAACAACAACUGACAAGCACCACAUUGUUUAUCCCUGAUAUAAUUAAUUGAAAGCAAUGUGACUUGAAUUUGUGCAUUUAUGUGCUAAGAGUGGCCUCUGCACACUUUUUAAAAUGUUUUUUCACUGCAAGCUUUUACACAAAUUGUUUUAAAGUCUGUGUUAAACAGAAGUCCAUUAGUAAUAAAACAGUUUUAGAUAUAACAUGUAAAAGGCUUCCCAUAUUUUCAGUUUAGUUUUAUUUUGGAUUUGCUAAUAUCGUUUGAGAAAGACAGCUGAGCACUCAGGCCUGUGGCACUUUAUCUCCUGCUAAUUCCUUAGAGAAAAUUUAUGAGGUUUAUAGAAUGCAUCAGUAGAAGAAAAGAUGCUUUGUGUUACACAACGUUGUGCUUCUUCCAGGUUUAAUGUAAAACAACUGUAGCAAUAAAAAGGGAGAGUGCAUUUCUUCUGUGUUUCAGAACAAACCAGGGGUGCCCUUUGCCUUGCCAAAUAGUGCCUGCUCCUGUACAAAUUAAUGAAAACAAACUGAAUUCCAAUCAUUCAGAGAGAGAGAGAGAGAGAGAUGGUAUUACAUUAAGCUCUCUGUGCUAUUGUAUAUUCUUAAGAAAAUACACAAAUUAAAACCCAGGAUUCCUGGGGUGCAUAUUUUUUCAAAGCCUUUCAAUGAGACCAUUCUACAUAAAGGAACAAACUUGUUUGUGAAUCCCACACAUAAGGCUCAUCUUCCAGCACAGAGUGAGUCCUUUAACAAGGGGAUGGGUUACAAACGUAUGCACCCCUCCCCACCAUAAUGCCGAUUGUUCGUUGUUCACCUCCACCAUAAAUUCAGAUCAAGUCCACACCCUCCAACAUUUCUCCAGUGAAAAUAGGGAUGUCCUAUUUCAUAAUAUAAUGAUUAUUUUAUGAUUUAUACAUUAAACAUUUUAAAACUUCCCUAUACAGGGCAGCCUUCAGGUGUCUUCUAAAAGUUGUAUAGUUACUUAUCUCCUUGGCUUGGGGUCACAUAACUCCAUACCCUCCAACAUUUCUCCGAUAAAAAUAGGAAUGUCCCACCAUACCGUCCAACUUUUCUCCAAUGAAACUAAGGACAUCCUACCAUAUUCUUCAACAUUUCCUUGUUGUGCAAGUGGAACAAUAGUGUUGAAUACAACUCUGUAUCUGGAACAGUAUGACAAGGAGGACACAGCAUCCUUUGACAGCCACAGUGCCACAUUUAAGUUAAAAUCUGUUUGGCAGGUAUCUAAGAAGCCAUCUUAUCUCACAAGCCUGGAGCAGUACUCCUCAUCAACCUUUCCAAAGGUAUCCAAGCAAUUUAUCCUCGACUAAUCCAGAGGCCUCAAAGCUCAAAUACAGUACGAUAAAACUCUUAGAUAAAACGUUUUUUUCAUAAAAAUGAACAGCUUGUCUUAUUUUCAAAGUGACCAUAUGGAAUAAUCCACAAAUAACUUGUUGGGGGGAGGGGACACUACUUCCCAGUCUGAAAGUGUGGUUUUUAGAAAGUACACUACUGGUCUGUGUAGUAAAACCAUAGACUGUUAGGUAACUACUGUUUGAUUUUUGUUUUUUUUUUAUUACCAUUUUAUACCACCUUAUCUUCUAAGGACCUCAAGGUGAUGUGCAUGGCUCCUCUCCCAAUUUCAUCCCCACCACAACCCUGUGAGGCGUAUAUUCGGUUUUUCCAUAACUCCUGACAUUUUUUCUUGGCACCAAACCGUAUUUGCCAGGUUCUGCCUUGACUCUGUAUUCCUGAUCCAUCCAGGGACUCUGGGUCCCUGGUUCAUUCAAUUUCUUCAAAUUCUGUUCUCGGCUCCCUUAAAAGCCAUCACAGAUCUUCCUAUUCUUCUCUGGUUCUGUCUGGAAUAGAGCAGGAGGGUGAACACUAAGGGCAAUUCUAUUUGAGAUGUCAUGAAAAGGCACAUUAUGCACUGGAAUUAGUAAGUGGGCAUUGAUGUGCAGUUGUAUCAGAACCUGAUUUACGUCUGUUUGAAAAACCUGUAUAAAGUCCCAAACUGCAGGUUUCCCUUUUCUGCAGACCCCAGCCUCUGAUAUAGGCAACAAUCUCAAAAGGUGAAAACGUAAUGUAAUCUCCCUGACAAUUGAAAUAUUGAUCUCCUUGCCCAAAAGAGUGCUAAUUAGAAUAAUAGGUUUUGUUAUACAAAACCUGCCUGCUAAGAUCUGAAGGGUAAGCUGAGCCAUCCAGCAGAUGUUUGGCCAUUUGAUUCACUGACAAGUGUUUACAGAUGUUUUGAGUGCCGUAGAAUCAGCAAGAAUGAAAGCUGGAGUUCUGGUAACCAGAGAGAGACCAACUGACCUCAGUCUCAUUUUUAAUCUAAACCUGGAGUGCAACAAUGAUACCGUGAGUAGGACAGUGGGUCAUAAAUGAUUGAAUUUUAGGUUGACCAUCUGGGGCUGAGCUCCACCACAAAUUUAAAGCACAUUGAAAACACAUAACUUCUUCCAAAGAAUCUUAGGUUUAAACUGUGUUGCAGUUUGUUUUAAGAAGUGCUUGAAAAGGCCUGUAGUUGCUAUGUGUGGGAAUGUUGAGGAUAGUAGGAGAGGAUAUAUUGAUUUAAUAUUAUCCUUCUUCACUCAUGCUAGUGAGCUGGUAACAGAGUACAUUCCCCUAUAUAUUUCAGGAAAUUAGUUGGUAGAUUUGUUAGAAUCUCCUAAAUUAAGCAAUCCAGUCUGGCUUGUCCAGAUUGGAUUUGUUCCUGGUAAAUCCCCUUUGUUCCUUCUUAAAAAAUAAAUAAAUACACAACAGUCUUCUUUUAAAAGUAAUAAGAUGUUUACUUACAUUCAGUUCACAGUAUGAUCCUGAAGGCAGGCUUUAGCUUGAAGUUACAGAAGAGAGUGUGGGUUCAUCCCAUAUGGGGACUGAGCCCAUGUGCUGCUGGCUGAAAGCCAGCAGACAGCCAAAGAACAUCAAGAUGGAAUAAAGCAAAGAAAGAGUGAGAGGAAGAGAGCUGUGUGACUAGCUCCUUUAUAGGGUCUGCCAGGGUCACGCCCACCUAUUUGGUCACACACAGAGGGAGGGUGCUCCAGACCAGGUGUGACAGGAAGUCCUCCUGGCUGGACUAACAUUUCCCUGCGUGUCCACUCUGGGCAAACAGGAAAUGUUAUACUUGACUGCUUAUGUUACAUCCCACACCAUUGGUAUAUCAAGGAAGAAAGUGGCUGAAAUAUUUUCAGUGGGGAUAGGUCCAUCAGUUUAAGGGCUAAUCCAGCAAUCAUAAUCAAGGGGUGGACUGGGAAGAAUUGCUGAAUAGAUUUGAUUCAGAACCUAUGGGAGUUGAAUAACAAGCAAGGAUGUAAUGUGGCAUCAGGUGUAAAGCUCUAAAUGAUGUGGCCUUGUUACCUGAAAUAUUGCCUCCUCUGGGGCUUGAGAUCUUCACCAGAGAUCAUUAACCAGGUUCUCCCACUUAAAGAAACAAAGUGAGUGGUUACUAAGAAAACGGUCCUUUUUAGUGAUGGUGUCUCAAUUAGAAAAUGCCUACCCCAACAAGACUCACAUGGUGCUUACAUUAAGAUCCUUUUCAUACCAGCUGAUGAGCUUUUAUUCUCCAAGCAUUAUGUUCUUGUCCUUAUUUCUACUGGGUUUAAAAUGCUGUUAUACCACUUGUGCCAGUUUUUAGGCAGGAAAGUGACUGGUUUUCUUUCCAAAUGUUUUCAAUGUUUUAAUGAAUGUUUUAAGAUUUUAAGUGCACACUGUUCAAAUUUAGCGUGAACCUCCCAAAGGAUGUUGUUGAUUGGACAGUCAACCACUGUUCUGAAUAAAUAAUUAACAACUUGGCAAAAAAUAAUAAUAAUAUGCAGAGCUAAAAUGAAGGCUAAAGAAAGAUGAGCCAGAGUAAUGGGAAUAGAACAUGGAAGACUAGAAAGAGGGAAAGUGCAAGCACAAAAUUAGAAGCUUGGAUCUUUGUCAAUUGAAACUCAAACUAUUACAUGCUAAUGCUUUAUAGGGGAAGGGGGGAAUAUACCACUUUAUUUGAGGGAGGCAAGUGAUACUAGGGGUUUAGAAGAGCAUGAAGGGACAUAGGUUUACCUAUAUUCUCAACCAUCCAGAGAAGCAACAGUUGCCCAGAAAAGGCAACAGUGGAGGAUAUGAAGGGUUGACAAAGCCUGAGUCUAAGUGUCCUGUUGUAUGGGACAAACAUCAAGGUGACUUGUAAAGUAGUCUUAGCUCAAAUGCUGAGGUGUCUAUUGGAUCUGUUAGCUUGUAAGGCCUGGAAAGUCUCAGUCUGAGAUUCUGGAUGUGCCCAGGAACAUAGGAAACCACAUUAUGCUGAGUCUGCCUACUGGUUCAUGGAAUUCACUGUUGUCUACACUUGUUUGGCAGUGGCUCUCUAAGGUUUUAGACAGGGUUUUGUCAUCUGCUUCUGGAUUUUCCCCUAAUUUGAAAAGGAAAAUAAUUAAUUUAGCUGGCUUGGAGUGUUUACCCUAAUUAUGGGCAUGAAUGCAAUGUUUUGGGCACAAGUAUGAGACGAUGUGGUACUUGACUGUCAGUCUCUAUGGUGACUGUAAUGCUGAGUGACUUACCAAUGACAAGAUGUUUUGAUGGGUGGAAAGUCAUGGCAUGAAUCCCAGAAAAAGGAAUGACAUAUAGGGGUGAAGACAGACAGCUAGACAUUCUAAAGUUUGGUGGAAGUGGGUUGAAUAUCCAUCUGCAGCAUUCUGAAAGCUUUGAUUUUAGAGUACAGAACGUGUUUUCAAACAACUUACUUCUGCAGAGGGCAGCGCUGGCCUGCUUAAAUGGCCGGGGAGCAGACCAAAGUGAAGACUGCUGGUGCACGGUCUGCUCCCUGGCCCUGCCCCACCCCAGACCACCAUGGAUUGGCCAGAAUUCAAAACUGGGGCUGUCAAGAACCCAGGAUGCUCUGCAGCAGCCAGGGAGAGGGGCCAACAGCCACAAACAAAAUGGCGUGACUCCAACAGGAUGGGGGAACUGCUGCAUCGGGUCAAGUGACCAUUUUCAAGCAACUUACUUCAACUUCAUAGAAUGGAUGUCUAUAUUCACCCCAAGAACGUGAUGACAAAAUCCAAUCAUUUUAAUCCAGUGACAUUUUAAUGAUGGUGUAACGCUAUGUGUGGCCAUUGAGCUCUCCAUUCUCAUUGAUUUGUUAAUGGAAAAUUGCUUGGCCCCAAAGUUAUAGACCUAGAGGGGGAAAGCAAUUGUUUCUUCCUGCCUUAAAAUCACCAACACUUUCCAUAUUUCAAUGUACAGGUAACAAAUUUGAAGAAGAAACAAUAACAUGUGCUAGAGCUUAUAGAGAGAAGUAAAGCAAAUGGGAUCUAUAUCAAAUGAGUACCUUGAGUCAACAGGAAAGGUCAAAGCAGAGUUCCAUGGAGAUUCAAAGUAUUAUUUAGAUAUGACAUGCUCCCAGAAUGUUAAAUGUUGGUUUCAAAAGGAAUUUGUCAUUCCUGUUUGUUUGUUUGUUUGUUUUAAUUAUGAUUCUCAGAAGCAGAUAUUUGGCAUUCAUCAUUAUAUCAUGGAUUAUGUUGUUAGUUCCUUUUUUUAUUCCUUAUUAUUUGACAAUUGCUAACUUCUCAGUUAACUCAAGUGACAUCUGCUGUUACCACUUUUGCUGGAAAACAAUACAACUGUUGUGAGCGCAACACAGCCAGUCCAUUUCAGUGAAAAACAAUUCACCUGAUCAAAGGAUUUGGCAUCAAGUUUAAGAGAGUUGGUUUAGAAUUGUAUUGGCCUGACCCAUCAAGACUCAUUGGCUGCAAACUCACAUUCUUUUCAGUGAGACUUGCCAAUAAAUAUCAGUGCAAAGUGAGUAGCAGAGUUGACAGAUCAUUUUCAGGAGACAAUGGACUGUUGGGGUUGACCUGAUGAACGUCCAAGUAAAAGUCCCCCAAAGAACCAGGAGAACAGAAGUAGCUGUGAGGGUUGGAUGUGAUGGGUCAGAAAAGGGGAAGUGUGACAGAGCAGACUGGCAGAAAUUCUCCCAUAAUUUAAUUUUGGGUAGUUUUAUUGCUUGGAAUUUGAAACACAAGCUGUUAGCUUGGUCACAAAAUGUUUUGAAUGAAAUAUGGCUGAUGCUUUUAAAAUGGUGAGCUGCUGUUAGCUACAAUAAAAACAAACAGGACCGAUGUGUUGGUUGCUUUAAUUUUGUUUUCGCAACAUGGUUUGGCUCAGAAAAGUAGCAGUUGCAACCGUUUCAUAUUGUCAUGACCACCUUUAAGAUUCAGUGGUGUGGUGUGUGUUUUUUAACAAAACCUGGGGUUUUAUUCAACACAGUGCUAAAGUGAAUAUUCCAUCAGUGCAAGAAUUUCCCCUUGUGCAAUGGAACAUUUCCCCCCUCUCUCCCCCCUACAUGCCUCAUAAAUCUGUUCUGGGUUUUCCUCCUCCAGAUCAGAUUUGGGGAUAGAGGAGGAAAGCAGGAAAAUCCCAUUACACCAGUGCUCAUCCUUAGUUGAAGACCACCCAUAAUGUCUAGAGGAACCUUCCCCACUGUUUUGCCCCCCAGAUGCUACUGGAUACAACUUUUAUUAUCCUUGAUUAUUAGCCAUGGUGGCUGGCUCUGAUAGGAAUUGUAGCCCUUACAAGUAGAGAACACCAGGAUGAUGGAGGCUUGUCUAGAGUUUGAUAAAUAUGGACAUAUCAGGUUCAAAACCUGAUUAGCCUUCAAUCUCCCCAAGUGACCAUAGUCAAUUCAACCACUCUCAGACCAAUUUAUUGCAGCUGUCAGUUGGAGUGAGGAUGCAAGAUCAGUUAACAUUAAUGUUUCCGUAUGAUGAGAUGUGCAAGAUACACGCAGAGAAAAACUCCAAAAUUCACAGUUCAGCAAUAUCUUUAUUGGACGAAUCAACAUGUAGGAACUGGCAGCAAGGUCUAUCAGCUGUUCCUUCUCUCUCCCCUGACGAGUCUAGACACUUCUAGCUGUAAGAUGGCAAUGAUGCAAAGUAUGGGGGGGGAUAUCUUUUGAGAGGCCAGAACCUUGCUCUGAUGGGGUUGGGCCCCUGAAAGUGUGACAAUAAGACAUUUUCAAGUUGGAGGAAGUAAUGCACAAUUCCAGGCACACUGAAGCUAACUGUGGUGAUGAGUUAAGUUUAUUUUAGUGCAUGAUAACUGGACUUUCCAUGAGAAUAGAUAAGUGGAAAUACAAGCUGAGCGAUGGAGAUAAUUAACGGCAAUAAUGUUUACCCUUCCUUUCAUGAAAAUGGGGUUGCUACUACAAAACUACACCAACAGAGAAACGCUUGCUGAUUUCGUUGUCUUCAUUAGUCGCAUGCAAACUGUCUCUUAUAGUCCAUAUAAAAUGAAAUGUAUAUGUUAAUGGGCACAGUUUCUCACUCCCUCCCCUUAACUCGAAAUGCAUGGCAAAAAAAAAAGUCAGCUACAUCUCAAGAAAUUAUUUUCGGGAUAAUGGCAUUAUGCUCAGAGGGUGAAAAAAAGCCACCAGUGGUGUAUGAGCGCCCAGAGAAAUGGUAUGAAUAAUUUAGGGAUCAAUUAGCUCCCCAUCUGUUAGGAACUUUCCUAAUUCUUCACUGACAGCAUGUUUCUUCAUUGCAGACAGCAAUAAUUUCUAUAUUAUUUAUGAAAGACAACAUGCAGCCUUGGCUUUCAUCACAUGGGCUGGCCUCAUUAAUCAGCUCUGACGAUAUGAUGUAGUUAAAAGGCUUGGCAGCUCAAACUAAUGAAAUUUUAUAUAAGUUAAUUUACCCAGAUUGGACUGUAUGUGUUUGUGAGUAUCGAUUCAUAUGUGUAACAUUUAUGCUUGACUUACGAAAACUGCCUCUUGCUGUAAUUGGCAUCUACCAAUUGAAGGAUGAGUCAGCAUAUACUGGGCAAAGCCUCAGACUUGGCUCCCAUUUUGGGCACUGGAAAAACACUAUCCCUUGGCUCCUCUGGGACAAAAUGGAUCCCUUCAUCUGCAUGAAAUAAGCAGCAGUCCCUGGAGCAACUGAGUCAGCAGAGGGGGAAGGUGUUAAACAGCAAAGAAGCUUUGUACAAGAACUUUAUUUUUAGGGCAGGGAUAAUAUAAGUGAGACUUGCAUCCCUUCCAUAAGCACGGCUCCUCUAUUAUCCCUGUUGAGAGGGAACAAUCCUUAUAACUAUGUUUCCUUGCUUUCCCCACUGCUGAAUCAACAGCAAAAAGGAAGUCUUGCAUCUUCCAUGCUUGAAGCAGGAUGAUUCUUCUAAGGGGGACCAUUGCUAUCAGAAUAAUAGAAGGGUUGGAAAAGAUUCCAAAGAUCAUCUAGUCCAAUCCCAUGCAAUUCAGGAAACUUUUGCCAGAAAGGAACUUUAGUAAGGGACCUCGUGGCAAAGAUCUUCACCUCUGCCAUGUUUGGGUGUUGUUGUUGUUUUGAAAAGGUAGUUGUUGUGGUGCAGGUCUAUGCCUCAACAACUACAGGAAGGUAUAAGGUGAAUAUGCCCAUUGAGCAUAGAUGCUUGCUAACUUGUAGCCCGAUCCUGAGACUUAAAGUAAAAAUCAUCACAUCACAAUGAAAUGAUUUUAUGCUGGAGAGUGUUGAGGUACACCUGUGUCAGAUAUGCCAGUGCAUGACACUCUAAUUAUAAAGUCAUGCAAAGUGGACUGGUUUCUCUGGCAUCUGGUAGAAUCCACUACAUAAAGAGCCCUUCUGUACUUCACAGCCAGUACUUGGAGGUGGCAUCUGAGGAUACUUUGUAGGCUUCUUUUGCAGAUGACUACAGUCCUUAGGAAUGACUGGAAUAAAUUUUCCUGUUGAAUAAUCAGCUACAAGCUCACCAUCUGAAAAUCAUCACCAAUGGUUCAUCAAUAAUAUCAUCAUCUUUACAGGAAAUCAGUUACCUGUAAUUUUGGGUGGUGGGGUUUUUCAGUCCUCUAGCCUGUCUGCCUCUAGCUUCCAGUUAUUCCUUAUUGAAGAUAAACUGCAGAAUAUUGAAUUUUAGUAGCAGCAGGUAUUUUGGAACACAAUGGUUCAUUUGCUAUGCAAUGUUUCCUCCUGUGACAAUUAAUUAAUUCAUUAUUUAAUUAAUUAAUUAAUAUGCUGCUUAAUGCUAGAUAGGCUUCCAAGCAGUUAUCCUGGUUUACCAUGGGCUGACCUAGCUGCAUGGACUUACUGAUUUUAGAUCAAGGAUCAGUGUUAGUAUGUGAAGUGGAGAACCCAUAGCCCUCCAGAGGUUUUUAGACUUCAGCUCCCAUCAUCCCUGAUCAUUGACCAUCUGGAGGCCCACAAGUUCCCCACUCCUAGUAUAAAGUUUAGAGUACAUUGGGACCCAGUUACUUGAGUAAGAGAAAGCUGCUAUAUGAUCAAUGAAGUGAUGACACUUCACAGAGUGAGUUCACACAUGCAUGUUUAUCACUGUGCAUCAUCAAGUGAUAGGUUGCAUUUGUGAAACAGACUGAACACUGAAGUGUUCUAUCAUCUGACACCACUGGGUUGUAUCCAGCACUGCUGUUCCACUCACACAGUUGACUUGCACAAUAGAACUCCCUCUAUCUUUCCUCUCCCCUGUGUGCAUCCUUAAAAUCUGCUCUAGGGGGCUGGAGGACCCUCCAGAGCAGAAUUUUGGGGUUCAUGGGGAAAGGAGAGCAAGAGGAAGUCCCACUGGAUACCAAUUUUUAAUCGUGAUGACUGUCAAGUGAUGAGGCACUCAGAUCUGUCUCAAGACAUCUUGCUGCCCAAGAUGAAAUGCAAGAUUGUCCCACCACCACCCUUUCCAUAAAUAGAAGCCAACUUGAUUGGUUGUUGAAUCAAUACUAUAGAAUCACAAUGAGACAAUGCAACGGAGGACAGAAGGGAUACAGUGCAGGUUGUCUGAGGCGGCCACCUCACUCUGCCUUAGAUACUUAGGUUUGUUUAAAUCAUGUUUAAACUAUUUAAGAAAACAGAUAUUAUCUUUCUAUUCUUCCUAUUUGUUACUAAUUUUAAGAUGUAGUUAUACUAUGUAAAUAACAGGCAUUCCCAUCCAAGGGCUGGCAAAUACUUGAGGCAGCAGGUGGUCAGAUAAUGUAGUAGCACAAAGUGAUAAUUUUAUACGUAGCCACCUGUCUCACCACACGAGGAGCCCAGACUGAGAAGGAGCACAUUUGCAGAGACUGGCCUGAGUCUGCCUCCCUGAUGUCACCUGACUCCCAUGAGGACUCUGGGGUCAGUAUCCAGGUUUCAACUGCCUGAGAAAACUGCUUUGAAGACUAAUGACAAAAGACUGAAUGUCACAUGAAUUCAUGCAUGCAUAAAUGUCUUCAGUCAUGUUUGCGGUAAGUGACAGUGUUUUUCUUCUGUGGUGGUGAUUAUGCAAACUUAAAUUCUAUGACUGUUCACUGAGAGACACAAUAAGUACUGCUUUUAUUUGCUGUGAUUAGCAUUGUCAGAUUGCAACUUGGAGAACAUGCAUUUAUCUUUCAGUGAAGGAAGAUGUGGUGGCAGGGCACAUUAUUUGGAUGGAGAACCACAUUACAAAAAUUGGAGGAUUGCAGUAUUUGAAGGCUGGCCAUCAUUUGUUUGCUUAUUGUUUUAGAAAUUGGGAAAAUUCACGUUUAAAUGUGCACUCAGUUUAAAAAAUCCCCAUCCCUCCCCAUGACCCUUUGUCUACUGUCUUUCUGUUGUUUGAAUUACUGCAAACAUAUAGCAAUGCCAACUACUACAAGAAGGGAAGAAGGACAGAUAGCAACAGCCAUGGCUCCCUUUAUUGCCUUUCCUUUAUUGGUGCAUUUAAAAGUACAUGUACAUUCUCCCAGGUCCAACCUGGCAAAGCCUAUCACACUUUGGGUAGAAGUCAAUAUUGUGCUCCUCAAAUCAUUCCAUCUGCACAAAUAUUCUGUACACCAGGGCCAAUUUUGGGGGCAUGGUGGGUGUGCAGGGGGAGGCAAACCCAGUUGUGCAAAUGGAGGUCCUUGUGCAGGUCUGCUGUUGAUGGGAAUCCUGCCCUGAACAUGAAAAAUGAAAGCCUGGAAAUGAAUUUAUUUCACUCUCUCAAAACGUUCCAAGUAGGAAAACAUAAAUAUUUGUGAGUAUUUUCCAUUGGAACUUCAACUUCAAUAAAAAUAAGAUAAAUCUGUCUCCUGUUAUAUGAAUUUCUAAGUGGUAUACCUAUGCUAUCUUUUUCUAGAAUCCAUUUUACCAGAAUCGUUGGGAGCUAGUAGAAGAACUGUCAUAAAACUGUUUGUAAUGCAGCUACGUGCAAAAGAAAAGAAACGUAUGAUGCAAAAGAAAUUAUAUCGGCCUCCCCUGAAAAGGCAGGUACAUUCUGGACAUUGGAAUCAAUGAAAAGACUUGAGCAAUUGCUUGUUGCUCCUCCAUUGAUAAUCCCAGCAAUGUUCUUUAUAGUUUGAAGAGCAAGACUACAUUGUACAUCACAGUUCAUAGUUGCAAGGUUACAUCUUCCACAGAUUCUCAUUGGUUAAGUUGAUUUAUCAAUUUUAUUGUUUGCUCUAGCAUUAUAUUUCAUUUACUUGUGCUUUCUAAAGCAGUUUGUUACACCUUCGGUCAGCAGUUUUCUAUUAAAGUGCUUUAAAGAUAAAUUCAACGAAGGACAUAAAAAAAGGAACCUUUUUCCUACACCUGUUCCAUAUUACAAAGAAGACUUCUAGUUUGCACCAGGAAUGUUAACCACAGUGAUCCUAAUUUUACAGCUGAUUAUCCCCUAAGUAUUUAUAUUAAAAUAUGGAUUAAUCACACAAAAGAAGAGAAUAUUAUGUAAAAUGUUUGUCACAGCUAAAAUGAGCCCUUUAGUUUUAAUAUUUUAUUAGUGUUUUUCUUUUGAUAAUUUGCAUUCCAGAUGUUGGAUCCAGCAACCUAUUAAACUAAAGGAUUUGAGCACGUCUGUAAACUACCAUUAUAUGAAGCUAUUAUUUAUGCUAUUGUUUUCAGAAGUACAAUUCCCACAAUUCUUUUGGGGGCAGUUAUGACAGCUAAAUUAGUAUAAAACUCAUACAUUUGUUUUGUGGUUAAUAUCCCCCUUAUUACCAGCACUGCUUCAUUUCUUCUCCUAACUUUAGCCUACCCAUAACUUGACUUGUCUGAUGUUUGGAUAGCGUGGAAUUUAGAAGAGCAUUUAUUACCUUCUUAUAAUAACAGCUCUGGAGAUUAUGAGGAGAGGUCUAUAUCUGGGAGGGGCUCCUGACAAAGGGGUUGCUAACAUUAGAUCUACCUCAGGAUCGCGUGUUUUCUGUGUAAGCAGUCUUGGUCUGUUCAUCAAGGACUACUGAUUCCCCAUUUGUUAUAGGGGGUGCCACAGGAACUUUGCUCUUCUGUUCAGAGGAGCUUUCAUCAGGGCUGAAGUCCAGGACCCAGAGCAGCCUGAUGCAGAAAGAAAAUGCUUUAAUUUCCUUUUGGCGCAUUGUACCUGAAGGAGCGUCUACAUCCCCAUCGUUCAGCCCAGACACUGAGGUCCAGCGCCGAUGGCCUUCUGGCAGUCCCCUCACUGCGAGAAGUGAAGUUACAGGGAACCAGGCAGAGGGCCUUCUCGGUAGUGGUGCCCGCCCUGUGGAAUGCCCUCCCACUAGAUGUCAAGGACAUAAACAACUACCUGACUUUUAGAAGACAUCUGAAGGCAGCCCUGUUUAGGGAAGUUUUUAAUAUCUGAUGUUUUAUUGUAUUUUUAAUAUUUUGUUGGAAGCUGCCCAGAGUGGCUGGGGAAACCCAGCCAGAUGGGUGGGGUAAAAAUAAUAAAUUAUCCCCCUUCUUCUUCAUCAUCUUCUGGAUUAAGAUGGCAUCUAUUUCUUUAGCUGCAAAGAUGAAGCUCCUCUAUUUCUGAAUUAAAUAUUCAGCGUUUACUGUGAUGGGUCUGCACAUGCUUACCCAAUAAUUCAUGAAAAAUAGGUGACUCCUUUUUGCACUGGUACAUCAGCAACAUAGUGAAGGAUAUUAUCCUUCCCAUCAGGAGCUGCCUUGAUGACUUUGGGGAUUUCAGCAGAUGCUACUUGAGGUAGCUGUUCCAUUUCACAGUCACUUGUAGGGGUCUCCCAGGCCCAUCACACAAGAUUUUACAGACAAGUCCUGAUGAAAGGUGACUAAGGAGAUUAGACAUGUACAUCUUCAGAGACACAUCUUGGGUUUAUGGCUAAAUGAAUAGUUUAAAAGAAAAUUUGCAAACAUUAAUCCUGCCAGACUCUAUUUAUUCACUGUGGAGUCAAAGGCUUACUGUAAGGGAAAUUAAGUGAGACAGAAAGAGGGGCUGAUAUCAGGCACUGAAAGGGCAGGAAGAGGAAUGGCUUUGUUCUAUGGGGUCUACAUGGUCCAACUAACAUGGUAAUUUCGUUUUUUAUUCAUUUGAUAUUGUAUAUACCCCACCCUUCCUCUAAACUGGAGCACAUGGUGGAUCACAUAAGAAAGCAUGUGUGCUGGUACAGGGGGAAGGUUACCGUGGGGCAAGGUCCAGGACCUGAGUUGAGGGUCGGCAGACAGUCCUCCUUGGGCGAAGCAGGGUCCACAGCGAGAAGCCGGGCAAGGACAGGAACUCUGGGGGAACAGGACUGGAUGCUGGCUGAAACAGCUCUUCAACGACGUUGCUCCCGCAACCUGGGACUGGGCUGACUGGCCUUUAUCUUCUCUGAGGCCAGGGGCGGUCCCGGCCCCCAGGAGACCCGCCUCUCCUGGCCUUAAGGCGAGCACUCCUCCUGGGAGAAACCAGUUCGCCUCUCUGCCCUGAGCCUCUGCAGUUCAGGAGAGGCUGAAGGGUUACUGGACCCAGGGGGAGACUCACCUGUAGGCACUGAGUCCUCAACCACCUCCGGAGCCAGAGUGGAUUCACCUGGUGUCUGCUCCUGAGGAUCCGGCACAGGUGCAGGCGCUUCAGCAUCAAGGCCUUGCCCCAGUUCAGCCGGCCCUGGAGGCGGGGACUCCUGUGCAGGCUGGGAUUCCUCCGGUUCAGCCUCUGAAUCGGAUUCCCAGGCCAUCACAGCAUGAAACAGCCAUCUCCCUGAAGCAAGUCCCACUGAUUCCAACAGGAGCAAUUGUGUACCCCACUUUCUAUUCAGCCAAUCCAACAGAAUAUUAAAAUACAAUAACCUAUUAAACAUUAAAAGCUUCCCUAAACAAGGCAGCCUUCAGAUGUCUUCUAAAAGUCUGGUAGUUGUUUUUCUCUAUGACAUCUGGUGGGAGGGCGUUCCACAGGGCAGGUACCACUACCGAGAAGGCCCUCUGCCUGGUUCCCUGUAACUUGGCUUCUCACAGCGAGGGAACUGCCAGAAGGCCCUCAGCGCUGGACCUCAGUGUCCGGACAGAACAAUGGGGGUGGAGACGCUCCUUCAGGUAUACUGGACCAAGGCCGUUUAGGGCUUUAAAGGUCAGCACCAACACUUUGAAUUGUGUUCAGAAACGUACUGGGAGCCAGUGUAGGUCUUUCAAGAUGGCAAAUAAAAGAUUAGCUGUGCUCAUCUGGUGUUCCUUUCUCUUAUCAACCUCCACCUAGUGGCGGAGGACGCUGCUCGGGUGCCUGGGGUGGUGUGCCCAGAGGCGGGGCGAGCAACCCAUAUGGGUGUGGUGCACCGUGGGGCCUCUGGAGUCUGCCUGCCUCCUCCCACUCAGCCACCCCACAGCUGGGGGGGAGGCAAUGGCUGGGCCAUUUGGGCAGCGCAAAGCCUGUGUGCCCAAGCCACCGUGUCUCUCCCAGGAGAGACGCAUGACUCGGGCACGCUGCAGGUCCUGUGGUGAGUGCUGCCCGGCAUUUUGUCACACCCCCCCUCAGUGGUGACACCCGGGGCGAACCGCACCCACCACACCCCUCUUCCUCCGGUCCUGCCUCCACCAGUACAAAUACUACAGUAUAUUGAAUGGGCUCCAUUGUUGUAUUUCAGAGAACAGAGUUUGUGGAACAAGACUUGGGGUUUUCCCUAUCCACCAGUGGCAGUUAACAGGAAAAUAGGUGAGGGGGUUGAGAAAAGAACCAUGGAUGAUAAAGAACCACGGCACUAAGUGAAGCCUAUGAAUGAGGUAAUAUUGCAAAGUGACAAUUGCUCCUAUAAGAUUCAGAAAGCUGCUCCCGUCUGAUCAGAAACUUGCUGACUGUAGUGUUCUACCAAACAAAAUUGAUGGUUUCGAUUUACAAUUUACAUGGCUGCCCGUGAUUCACAAGUGUCAUCCCCAGAGCUUCAAGCAACUAUAUAUUAAUAAUCUUCCUAUGCUAUAUUUUAGUAUUUUAUUCUAUACAGCUGAAUGCAGUGGAUAAAUGACCUCCUGUUCUAAAGAAUAAUGUAACACAAUGAAAUAGUGUUGAUUCCCUGUUAAUCAAUUGAGUGAUGUCUUUGACGCAUCUCAGUUGGUAUCUGCUGAGUUUGACAGUAGCGGGGCAGCAUAAUAAAGCCAUAUGCUUGGGUAUUGCAUAUUUUAUACCCAGAAGCCUGCAGAUAUAUUUUCCUCAUGUUACCAAACUUAUAGGCGCCUGUUUAGUGUCUUGUCAGGGCACAGAACUGGGGGGGGGGGGGAUGAGCAUUUCCUUAAUUUUUUGCCUUCAGUUUCUGUUUGUCUAAUAAACCAUCACUCUAACUUAUUUUUGGAAUAUAAUUUUUAGCUAUAGGAAAGGGUAAUGCGAAUCCACCCCUUGGGUGUAGUGCCAUAUGCAGAGAAAUCAAAUCAGGGGUAUCUGGCAAUGACAAACAUGCUUGGAAAAGACACUUGACAAAAAAACUAUAUCUACACAUGGCAGUUUUCCUGCACAAGUGCCAAAAAAUGGAAUGUGGGCAUAUGUGUGAAAAUCACUUGAAUGCUCCUGUCUUUUUGCAUGUAUACCUGUUUACCCCACUCAAAAGCUUGAUCCAGCAAAGAUACUAGAUUACAAGUCUUUGCUUGGGCUCCAGCAUAUGUAGAUGGAUGAACAUAUUUAAUGUGCAAGCAAGAAUGACAUCUUUAACUCUUAAUAUAACUCUCUUGUGUAAAUUGGCUUUAUGUGUCUUGCAGAAAGAUAAAGCAUGCACUGGUUCUCAAGGUUGAACUAUGGCCACUUUCACACAAUACAUUUAAAGACUAUGAUAUCAAUUUAAGCAGUCGUGGUUUCGCCAAAAGAAUCUUGGAAGCUAGUCAUUAUAGGCAACGAGAGUUGUUAGAAGACCCCCCUAUUCCCCUCACAGAGCUAUAAUUUGCAGAGUUCCUUGGGAAGAGGGAUUGAUAAACCAUUCUGGAAAUCAUAAUUCUGCAAAGGGAAUGGGGAGUCUCCUAACAACUCUCAGCACUCUUAAAAAGCUACAACUCCCAGAAUCCUUUGGGGGAAAGUCACAACUAUUCAAAGGGGUAUCGUAGUGCUUUAAGUGUGUGAUGUGAAAGUUUCCCAUCUCUCUACGUUUCAAUCCCCACCAUCACCUUUAUUUCUGGUACCUUUAGAACAGGGGUCAGCAAACUUUUUCAGCAGGGGGCUGGUCCACUGUCCCUCAGACCUUGGGGGGGCGGACUAUAUUUUUUUUUGGGGGGGGGGAUGAAUGAAUUCCUAUGCCCCGCAAAUAACCCAGAGAUGCAUUUUAAAUAAAAGCACACAUUCUACUCAUGUAAAAACACCACACAGGCCCCACAAAUAACCCACAGAUGCAUUUUAAAUAAAAAUACACAUUCUAUUCAUGUAAAAACACACUGAUUCCGGACCGUCCACAGGCUUGAUUUAGAAGGUGAUUGGGCUGGAUCCGCCCCCUGAGCCUUAGUUUACCUACCCAUGCUUUAGAAUGACUGUUUUCUUUUUUUAGCACAGUCUGAAUGUACAGUGCAAUUCUGUACAUGCCUACUCUAAAGUAAACUGCACUUAGUUCAGUGGGAAUUACCUGGAGAUAUGAUUGUGCAGGAUUGCAGUUUAAAUUACUAAACACUGGUUUGGCACACUGAAGGCAAUCCUGAAAAAAUCAUAAGCGAUUGCUUGCAUAUAAUCUGAGCAUCUAAGAUCACUGCCUGUGUCUUCAAAAGGUUCCAUGUGCAUUUCUUACAGAUUUCCUCUUCCAUACAAGAAGAAGAAAAAUGCUGCCAGGAACAGAAGUGCAAUGCAGUCUGAGUUUCCCAGACACCAGGACAGCUACACAUUGCUAAUCUAUACGAAAUUGGUGCUGAAUGAAAACUCUUGCCAC